AUGAUUACCCUGCAACAAGCUCUACACAACCCUUUCCUUCCGGGGAGACACAGGAAACGAUGGGCUUUCCCCCCACCCUCCCCUGUCUUCAUCCUGCCUACCUGCCCCCCAGACAAAGAGGAGAAUGGAUCAGGCUCCACAGUGUGCCUCUCUCUCUCACACUGAAUCUGUUUACCCAGGCAGCUUUGGAAGCCUGGCCAUGGUGCACACUCAGCUGGCAGCCCGAUGUGGUUGCACCAUCCUGUGCUUGUUACUCAGUGUGGGGGUGUUUUUAAGAGACCAUGUCUGGGCCAGAUCCUGGGCCCCUCUUCCCUGGCUGCACAUGAGGUUUCACAAUUCACAUGCUGCCUUCUGCUCUCUCCAGCCACACAGCUCCACUGUUUACUGGGGUUACUACAGCAGUCGCCCAAACUUGACCCCUCUGCCAAAUGUUUAGUGGGUGUCUGUGUGUGAGGAAAACAACCCCCCCCCAGUGCAAGAGGCUCUUGGCUAAAGCCGUUUGCAUACUCUUUUGGACUUGAGCUUGCCGGUAUGUGCCCACCCCCAUCAAAGCACACCCUGUAAAUGUGCAUUCCUGAAAUUGAGUGCAAACCUCACCUAAGUGCAGUGAGAAGCAUUAAUCACAGCGGGAAGCUAGUUGUGAGGUAUAUUUGUGUGCCUUUCAGGUUAUGCAAAUGUCGACUGCGGUUUCAGUCGGCAGCGAGGGUAAACAUUGCAGCUCGUUGUGACUUCUGUCGGGGACAAAAGCUUGCAAACUGCAGUGAUUUUGUUUAUUUAACCUCUAGCGUUGCCGUGUCAAUCAUUUUUGGUUCCAUCGAAGCAUUAGGAGAUUUAUCCAGGAAGUAGCUUACAACUCAAAAUUCUAGUUUGGUUGCAUAGUAAGUGGCACCAUAGGAAUCCAACCUGUCUAUAGUUAGUAAAGGUGACCCUGGUGCCUACUGAUUAGUGACUGAAUGACAACCAGACUUGGCCAAGGAAGAGAAGGAAAUACCCUUAAACAAAAACAAUGAUACUUUUUAUUAUCAAUAUUUCAGCAGCAUUGUUUUACUCAAGACUCUUUGGGGAGAAAUACUCAGCGUGUAGAUAGAAGCACAUGUUAAGGUGCUCAUAGUGAGAAUCCUCAUUUACUCACAGGUGUUGUACAGAGAGAAAUGUACCUUGACCACACCGCAAUAUGCCCUCUCCUCUGUCUAAACGGGCAGCUGAAGCAAAGUCGAGAGGGGAGGGGAAAGGAAGUCAAGAUUCUCUCCCGGUUGUCUCUCCUUCAGAGCCCUGCCAACAGCUGUACUGCAUGAAUAGGACACACAUUCCCUGCACAACACACUAGUGGUGCAAGGGUCAGCCGUUUUUUCACCCACGCCCGCAAUUGCUAAUAACCCAGCCGCAACCGCCCGACUAUAUGUGAAAAUCUGAGGCCCACACCCGACCCUAACCUGCUAAUAUAGAACAUGGGCACAGGUUUAUUUAGUCUUCUAGGAAAUCGUAUGACAGAAGUGAAACUGCAUGUACUGAAUUAUAGACAAGUUGACUUACAAAUAACAUUACAAAAAUUUGGGAAAUUAUGAGCAGAGACGUGUAUAUAAAUCAGGCAAAAAGAUUCCUGUGCCUCCUGUCAAAGAAUCUUUGAAUGCUUCAAUCUAGUUGACAUCCGUGAAGUUCUGUCAUCUCUGCUGCUUUUGUGGAGCAAAGAUGUUUAGGGACCGGGGAGAAAAUGCAAUAGCAAAAAAAGGGGAAAUAUAUUUUCUGUGCAAAAUUCCACGUUUCCUCAGUUUGACCGGUUGUAGGAAAUAGAAAGCUCUGAAAAUGACCCAACAUGUUUCUGAUAAGAUUUCAGUUCGGCUUGGAUGCAUAUUUUAUGUGGUUGAAAUACUAUCAGCUUUUAUGAUGCUGAUAAAGACAGCACCUCUACAGACAGUAUUUAACUGCGCAUUCGCAUUCUCUCAAGAUGCUGAAAUAAAUAAAUCCUAUUUCUCCUCUUUCCGAGAAAAAAUGUGGCCUACAUUUGGUGUAUAAUUUUACUGCAAGAAAUGCUUAAUUCUGCAUGAGUUAAUAUUAAGGCUGUGUGGGAGGUUAUAUACCUACAGUCAGUGUCCAGAUUUCAGUUUCCAUUUAACCCAUCUGAACAUUAGGCUACAGUUCCCUUGAUGUGCCAUAGGCCUGUUUGAAGUCCCGUCUUGUGACUGUCAAAUUUAUAUAGCGCCUCACAAUCAUCACACAUAACAUAGCAGGUACGGCUAUCAUCCUCGUUUACCAUUUCGACAAAUCUUUCCCAAACAUUACUUUUCUGGCCCUCCUUUCUCUUUAUUUUAAACUCUCCAUUUCGCAGCUUCUCUCUUAUUGAAUUAAACUCUGACAUUGUCCUGUUUGCCUCCGUGGAUCAAAGUUAAGUUUUUCUGCCCUUUCUCAAAAGCAUUUGGCGGUUGACAUGUACUGUAGGCUAUUUGGCGUGCGUACAGUUAGGCCCUAAAGCUUAGGCCUACACAUUAAUGUCAGAUAGCCUAAAAGAAUGAAAGAAAAACCUAAACGUAGCCUAUAGAUAUAAAUUGCACAAGAGUUAUACAUUUAUGGAUUUUUUUAAAGUAAUUUUUUUCUCUUUGUUCAACCCACAAUAUUUCAUGACCCUAAACCCGCCUGCCCCACUCCGCCAGGACUGCGGGUAAUGGAUCAACCCGCGCAUCGCUAACACACACGUGUUCCCUCGCCUUCAACUUGGUGUGUGCGCAGCUGUUUAAAUGUUGAGGGGAAAGCCAACACCAUGAGCAUUAACCCCUGUGACCCCGAGUGAAACAACUGCUCCCAGUUCCCUGGCUUAGCUCGGUACCGAGAUGCAUGCGUGUAGCCUAGGUUAUUAUAUUGCUGGUGAGUGUUGAGCCUCUCAAGGUCACUUUGGUGGGCAGGCGCUUUUGAAAAUCCCAUGCGCAGCAGUUGUUCAUCUUUCCGAGGUGACGGCCGUGUGUUUUUUUUCUCUCUCUCAAUUGGCCGUUGACAUGCCAACAAGCAAACUGCUAUAUUUUCUGUUGGCAGGAGAUGUUAUAACAUUUUAGAAGGCUGUUGAAGUACAGGCAAUUGAUUUAGAGAGAGAGUAAGAGCUGUAAAUCAGUAUGGACUAGUAUCAGACUAUGUACAGUGUGGAGAAAAAAGUAUUUAGUCAGCCACCAAUUGUGCAAGUUCUCCCACUUAAAAAGAUGAGAGAGGCCUGUAAUUUUCAUCAUAGGUACACGUCAACUAUGAGAGACAAAUUGAGGAAAAAAAAUCCAGAAAAUCACAUUGUAGGAUUUUUAAUGAAUUUAUUUGCAAAUUAUGGUGGAAAAUAAGUAUUUGGUCACCUACAAACAAGCAAGAUUUCUGGCUCUCACAGACCUGUAACUUCUUCUUUAAGAGGCUCCUCUGUCCUCCACUCGUUACCUGUAUUAAUGGCACCUGUUUGAACUUGUUAUCAGUAUAAAAGACACCUGUCCACAACCUCAAACAGUCACACUCCAAACUCCACUAUGGCCAAGACCAAAGAGCUGUCAAAGGACACCAGAAACAAAAUUGUAGACCUGCACCAGGCUGGGAAGACUGAAUCUGCAAUAGGUAAGCAGCUUGGUUUGAAGAAAUCAACUGUGGGAGCAAUUAUUAGGAAAUGGAAGACAUACAAGACCACUGAUAAUCUCCCUCGAUCUGGGGCUCCACGCAAGAUCUCACCCCGUGGGGUCAAAAUGAUCACAAGAACGGUGAGCAAAAAUCCCAGAACCACACGGGGGGACCUAGUGAAUGACCUGCAGAGAGCUGGGACCAAAGUAACAAAGCCUACCAUCAGUAACACACUACGCCGCCAGGGAUUCAAAUCCUGCAGUGCCAGACGUGUCCCCCUGCUUAAGCCAGUACAUGUACAGGCCCGUCUGAAGUUUGCUAGAGUGCAUUUGGAUGAUCCAGAAGAGGAUUGGGAGAAUGUCAUAUGGUCAGAUGAAACCAAAAUAUAACUUUUUGGUAAAAACUCAACUCGUCGUGUUUGGAGGACAAAGAAUGCUGAGUUGCAUCCAAAGAACACCAUACCUGCUGUGAAGCAUGGGGGUGGAAACUUCAUGCUUUGGGGCUGUUUUUCUGCAAAGGGACCAGGACGACUGAUCCGUGUAAAGGAAAGAAUGAAUGGGGCCAUGUAUCAUGAGAUUUUGAGUGAAAACCUCCUUCCAUCAGCAAGGGCAUUGAAGAUGAAACGUGGCUGGGUCUUUCAGCAUGACAAUGAUCCCAAACACACCGCCCGGGCAACGAAGGAGUGGCUUCGUAAGAAGCAUUUCAAGGUCCUGGAGUGGCCUGGCCAGUCUCCAGAUCUCAACCCCAUAGAAAAUCUUUGGAGGGAGUUGAAAGUCCGUGUUGCCCAGCGACAGCCCCAAAACAUCACUGCUCUAGAGGAGAUCUGCAUGGAGGAAUGGGCCAAAAUACCAGCAACAGUGUGUGAAAACCUUGUGAAGACUUACAGAAAACGUUUGACCUGUGUCAUUGCCAACAAACGGUAUAUAACAAAGUAUUGAGAAACUUUUGUUAUUGACCAAAUACUUAUUUUCCACCAUAAUUUGCAAAUAAAUUCAUAAAUCCUACAAUGUGAUUUUCUGGGAAAUAAAUUCUCAAUUUGUCUGUCAUAGUUGACGUGUACCUAUGAUGAAAAUUACAGGCCUCUCUCAUCUUCUUAAGUGGGAGAACUUGCACAAUUGGUGGCUGACUAAAUACUUUUUUCCCCCCACUGUAUAUAGAGUCCUCUUUGGAUGUCAACACCCUGACUUUUUACUCUGUUAAUCCUGAUCUGUUUUGUUCAAAAGCCCUCUCCUUACAAUUUCCAUUUUAGCCCUGUUUUGUUUGUUACUUAAGUCAACACCACAAACGUGUUAGAGCAGAGUGCUGCAGGUUGUGCAUGGCACCGAUUCCUCGUAAUGGAUAGGUUUUUUUUGUUUACUGUUUGUUGCCGGUGUUAGGUUUAAUCGGACGCUUCCUUGCGAUUUGUCACUGUUUAGAGAAGGGAAUCUGUGCCAAGCCCCUGGGAGAGCGUCAGGGUUUAGAGUUGGUCUUUUAAUAAAGAUUACAGAAGAAAAGUCUAAAGUUCUCUCUCCAUAGCUCUCUCUCCAUCGGUCUCAACUCUGCCUGUUACUAGUUAAUUUCCUGCCGUAGGGUGACCUUUUGCGAGCGCCGCCGUAGGGUGACCCUUCACGAGCGCCCCGCAGGGCAGAGACCUGCACUAACCUUUGACACACAAUCAAUUUGCCAUCUAACAAGAUUGAGUGCUGCUCGCAAAGUAAGAUGGCGCCUGGGGCUUUGAAAGACCUGAGCUCUCGAAUGGAGAGACUAUAGGAGGAGAGAGAGAGGGGAGGGGGCUCAGGGCAUGGUUGUUGUGCAGGCUGAAAGCUGUUAUGCGUCUCUCUGUCCCCCUCCCCUCCACACCCCUGCCUCUGCUUCCCUCCCAAGGCACUAUUUAUAAGCUGGAAUUUAAUUAACAAGACCUGCUUUACUGAGCCAGUUUUAAAGCUGAGUUGCGGGUCUGACUCACUCCUCAGUCUCUCCCUCCCGGGGCCUGACUCUCUCCUCAGUCUCUCCCUCCCUGGGCCUGACUCUCUCCCUCCCUGUGCUCUCUGUGGGUAAUAAAUUGGGCGGCCAGAGGAUGUCCCAGGCUCGGAUGCUCUCUCUUUCUCUCGCUCUCUGACUCUAUCUGAUGCCUGCAUGCUGGUGUCUUUGAGAUCAGCCAGGCUUCUGGCCCACGGCCUGGUGCAGCUGAUAAAGUCAUCCUCUGACAGGCCCUGCCUGCACCGUUAUCUCGGGCCACAAUCCCGCGAGUGCUGGGCACAACCUCUGCCCCAGUUGUCUGAUUUUGCUUGCCACCCCUCUGCGUUUGGCUGGUUACAAACUCCCUUUUUCCCCUUCUACUUUUUAAUUUCGAUAAGCUACAAAAUGUAUGCUGCACAAUGGUUUUGCGCACUGUUGUUCAGUUUAGUCGUUCUCUCGAGAGUCUGGAGAAUAAAUGAUGCAUGGCGUGACAGGAUAUGACAAAGUUUGGCGAUCUUGUAAUAGUUCUGUCACAACAGCUCUAUUGGCUCUUUUGUUUAUCUUUGGGAUUUUUUGGCUUGGGAACCUCAUCCUCCCUAUACUUCGACCUACCCCUUUUCUCCCCCUCCAUUUUUGGGAUGUGAGAAACAUGCCUAACCAAAGGAAGUAACACCCAUUUCAGGCAGGAAAGGGCUGCCGAAGUUGUUUGGUUUAGACUGUGGGAAAGACGAGGACACCAGCCUGUUUCAUAAGCUUUAUAAAAUGGCUGAAAAACAAAGCCCAAAAGCUCUGCUCCUUUGUGUCCCUUUUGCUGUGUAAUUUGUUGUUUCUCAGCGAGGUGCGUCUGUCUCUCUUCUCCCGUUUCCUGUGACUAAUUUGAAUGUGAGUUGUAAGAGGCCACCUGAGACUAGAUGCCUGUUUAUUUGAUUCGCCCUCCACACACACAUUCCACAGCAAUGAGGAUUAGGCCUCACCCCCUUGCAAUUGACUGUUUCGAAUAGCCCCCCCCCCCCCCCCCUCCUCCUUCCAACAGUUUCCCUUUAUUCUAUUCUCUCUCUCUGUCUCAGUUGUUUUUGCUCUCUGUAGUGCGAGUCAUUUGAGUCUCAGGGCUGGCUGUCACUGCAGAUGGGGCGGAACAAUUAGACUCCAUGGGAGUCACUGCAUUAUUUGUCAGCGUUUCCCAUGUUCGUCUUUGUUUUCCACAACGAGCUGAAUGCUGGUUCUCUCUGCCUGCAUGCUUUCCUCUCUUCUGAGAGGAAUAGCAAAGGCUAGUGGCUAGCUGAGGAAUUUAGGCUAACUUGGCGUGCGCUUAACCUCUAACAGUGUUCCCCCCCCCCCCCCCCACAUACCUACUCUUUUUGAAUUUGAACUCGAUCUGUUCUAUUAACUGGCGGCGAGUCAGAUCUGGCUUGUGAAUAUCAUGCAGGAGGAACUUGAUAUUUUUGGAACAGUUAGUACUAGAAUACCCUCAGGGUCAUUGUCAUGCUGGAAUACCCAUCCACGACCCAUUUUCAAUGCCCUGGCUGAGGGAAGGAGGUUCUCGCCCAAGAUUUGACGAUACAUGGCCCCGUCCAUCGUCCCUUUGAUGCGGUGAAGUUGUCCUGUCCCCUUAGCAGAAAAACACCCCCAAAGCAUAAUGUUUCCACCUCCAUGUUUGACGGUGGGGAUGGUGUUCUUGGGGUCAUAGGCAGCAUUCCUCCUCCUCCAAACAUGGCGAGUUGUGUUGAUGCCAAAGAGCUCGAUUUUGGUCUCAUCUGACCACAACACUUUCACCCAGUUCUCCUCUGAAUCAUUCAGAUGUUCAUUGGUAAACUUCAGAUGGGCCUGUAUACAGUGAGGGGAAAAAGUAUUUGAUCCCCUGCUGAUUUUGUAUGUUUGCCCACUGACAAAGAAAUGAUCAGUCUAUCAUUUUAAUGGUAGGUUUAUUUGAACAGUGUGAGACAGAAUAACAACAACAAAAAAUAUAGAAAAACGCAUGUCAAAAAUGUUAUAAAUCGAUUUGCAUUUUAAUGAGGGAAAUAAGUAUUUGACCCCCUCUCAAUCAGCUCAGCUUGUUACCUGUAUAAAAGACACCUGUCCACAGAAGCAAUAAAUAAAUCAAUCAAUCAAUCAGAUUCCAAACUCUCCACCAUGGCCAAGACCAAAGAGCUCUCCAAGGAUGUCAGGGACAAGAUUGUAGACCUACACAAGGCUGGAAUGGGCUACAAGACCAUCGCCAAGCAGCUUGGUGAGAAGGUGACAACAGUUGGUGCGAUUAUUCGCAAAUGGAAGAAACACAAAAGAACUGUCAAUCUACCUUGGCCUGGGGCUCCAUGCAAGACCUCACCUCGUGGAGUUGCAAUGAUCAUGAGAACGGUGAGGAAUCAGCCCAGAACUACACAGGAGGAUCUUGUCAUUGAUCACAAGGCAGCUGGGACCGUAGUCACCAAGAAAACAAUUGGUAACACACUACGCCGUGAAGGACUGAAAUCCUGCAGAGCCCACAAUAAACCCACUAACAGGGAAGGGGGUUAGAAACUGCUGAGACAAACAUUCCAGGAGAAAGGAAACCUAGAAACUGUCAAACUUAACCAUUCCAUACUGUGGAAAGUCACAGGCUGCUUAAAGGUGGGCGGAGCAAAGUUCCUUUGUGUGAAGGCAUUUAAAAUGGGUGUGUGUUUUUAGCGCCAGAGCUCUCAUUAAUAAAAAUGCUGAAGAUGUCUUGCAGACUGGAGAAUUUGUUUUAAUUCAUUAUUAAACCAGAGCCUUACACCCUCUGGGAAUUAUAAAAAGCUUGAGUAAUGAUUAGAGAGAGAAAUUCUCGUGACAGACUGCCAUUCAGACCCCAAGGCUCAGCCUGUUUCAUCCAUUUCCCCCUGCAAAGGAUGCUCUUUGCCACACGGCUACAUGUUAACAUCCUCUGUUCUAUUGGUCUAUCUGAGGAAGUGUGUCGACUUUUAAACAAUGACUGAUUUCACCUUGGCGGUUGAGUGCGACUGCGGCAUAGCUCUCUCAAUCCGUAAGCCUCUGCCUAGUUGUUUCACCCUGACAGUGAGUGCAGACCUGCGCUCAGAUGAAAGGGGUUUUUAAUCCUUAACUCUAUUAAUGCAACAUAAAAAUCCCCAUCUAAAUUUGUCAGUUGAAGUUAAAGUUAUCUGUUUUUUUGCAUGGGCUGCAUCUCAAUCCGCCUAUGUCGGCGUUCCGCAUCUGCACUGGAAAGUGGCAGAGCUACAGCGCUGUUCAUCAGACCAGGAGACAUCCCAAAAAUUGGUCUUAUCAUGAAAAGGACAGACACUUCAAAACCUUAUUCGGUAUGAUUUAUUUUUUGACUUGACAUUUAUAAAUGUGUUAUUCAAUGCGUUUCUAUGGGCGAUAGUAGGAAAGGACAAAUUCAAUAUUUUAUAAAAUGCAUUUUGUAUAUAUUUUUGGGAUAUAGAAUGAUUAUUCUGUAGUUAGAGUAUAAUAGUUGGCACUGAAUACAGUGUUUGACAUGACAACGAAUGAAAAUGCCAGGGAGGAGUUAUUGUGACCAGGGUAGGAACAAAAAGGGUUGAUAAGUGUUUCCUUGGGGACCCUAUAAUCUUUGGCUACAUUGAAGGCUUGUUCUUAGCUACUUCAUGUAGUUAACAUAUUCUUGCUUCGCGUGUUCCUCUUUGAUACUGUUGCACAAACAUGCUGAUUUAGGUUUCCACCACUGAUAUUAUCAGGCUGUAUAGCUAAUUACAUUUGCUCUGACUCAGUACAUUUAUUAGCUAGCGAUUAGCAUUAGCAGCUAACAAAUUUAGGCCCAACUUCCUAAGAAAAGACAAACUAGCUGUUUGCAGAUGUAAGAAACACAAACUAAUAGUGUAAUUAUAGAACACCAGUGGAUUUAUAUUAAUAAGAAGCAAAGUGAAAACAGCAUUGUUGUCAUCAAAAUUGUAGCAUGUGCUGCAUUGACCAUGCAGACUGAAGUGUUUCGUGGUUGAGGAACAACAAAUGCGCUCCUUGAGUGACGGGGCGGGACUAGGUCUGUGUGGAAAGCAGCAUAUAGAGGGAGCUGAGAGAGAUUACUCAAGUAGCGAAGUAAUCAGUAAAAAUGGAUGUUGUUUGAAUGACUGUAUUUGUUCAGCUAUUUUGCUACUAGUCUGUUUGCCUGAAGGAUUAGCCCGACUGUGUUAUCAGUUUGCGGUUUAUGAAUAGAUUACAAGCAAACACAAUGGUUGUUUUGUGCGAUUUUGUUUUAAUUGGGGAAAGAAAAGAGCCUUUAACACAUUGCACAAAAAUGAAAGCAUAAACAUUCCCAGUGGGAAAAGAAUGGGAAGUCUGUCUCUAUUAGGGCCGGGAAAUAUGGCCAAAAUAUCAUAUCACAAUAUCUUUCACAUUUGUGAUUGUAUUUGAUGGUAUUUAUGUUUUUGAAUAAUCAAAGUUCUAAAUAUGCUUUGAGUAGUGCAUGACCCUAGGGUGGCAACACAUAAAUUAUACGUCAUUUCAAUUGGUCUUUUUCCAUUCUGAUUGUUUAAUACUGUUCAAUCCAUCUUCAAACAAAAUUCUGCAUUUUUAAAAAUAAAUUCAGCAUUUCCUGCACUUUCAUUUCCAACUGUGCCAUACAGGGCUGCAUGAAAUGGUCAAAAAAUCUAGGUCUAGUUAAUUGGUGAACUGUUGAAACCAUGGAAAAUAGAAUUAUUAUUCUAAUUCUAUAGUUGGAAUGUAGUGGGCAGCACCUUGAAUAUAUUGUUUGACAUGACAACGAAUGAAUAAGCCAGGGAGGAAUUAUUGACAGGGUAGGAACCAACUGCGCUCUCCUUGAGUGACGGGGGGCAGGGCUUGGUGUGGGAAGCGGCAUGCAGCAGGAGGAGGCUGAAAGACGACUCAACAGAGUAAACUACAAAAACGGACAUUAAACGCGCCGGAGUUAAGUAUCACAUUUAAAUAACCAAACACUGAAAUAACGUUAGUGAAGUAAAAACCAAAACUGAUCCAUGCAUCAAUACCGGUAUAUAGUGAAAUACGGUAUACCGCCCAGACCUAAGCUCUAUGAAAGUGUGUUUCUAGGCAUAGAGAAUUGAUUGUGUGCACUGAAAGGAAAUGGGAGCAAGGUCCAGAUGGGUGGCAAUAAAGAGAAAAUGUUCUCUGAAUUAAGUCAUCUCCCAGGCUGAGGGGAAGGUCAGUGGUCCUCAGUCCCACUCAAUGACCCCUUGUUUUGUAGAGCUAACAACCCACUGCUGAAACCAAUAUCACUACCAUCGGCAUCCACUCUAAGUAGGGACUGAUCGAAGCAGUGGCCCUCCGUAAAGAUUACGAAGUGUCGUUUUGCUGUUGUUGGAUUAGAUUACAGUGGGACGGCCUAUACGAUGCGCUCGCUGUGUGUGGCAGGCAGGUGUCCGUGUCCUCUCAGUGUGAGAGCGGUCUGGGCAUCUGGCUAGGUACGGAGGCGCCAGCUGUUCUGUCACAUUCAGGUGAGGUAUUGUCCUGCGGCCCUAAUCUGCAGCUGUGGACCACUCACUGUGCUGUUCCAGGUCUCCUGGAAGCCUCCGGAUGCUCAGUCUAUCCAUUUAUCCAUCCUGUUUUUCUCCCUCCACCUUCAUUUUCUCCUCGGGGGUGAAGGUAUGAAAUGUAUGCACUCAAUAACUGUAAGUCGCUCUGGAUAAGAGCGUCUGCUAAAUGACAACAACAAAAAACCAUGGAUUGUGCUUGACACCGGUUGAAGCUGUCGGUGGCGCUAACUUUUCCUCAAACCUUUUUUUUAUGAUCGUCUGACACACUCAAUGUAAGGCUCCUCCCCUUCCCUCACCACGUGCCUCACUCUCCUCCUACUUUUUAUUUUGUUCCUUUGUGAUCUGGUAAAUGAUGCAGCAAAUGAUUUGCUCUCCCCAAAGAAGCGUAGUGUGAAUGUUUGCUAAACAUAAUGCUAAACUGAUUUCUUCCUGUGCAAAACACACUAACAACAGUGUCUAGUUUCCCAUGGGAAUUGUGAAUGACUCCAUGUCCUUGGCUCUGUCUUAACCCAUUUAGGUUGGCACGGGGGGAGUCCAUAACAUGCCUGCCUUCUCCGGUCUGCCCAUGUCCAGCAUGCUUAAUGGCUAGCGCACGCUCUCCUCUUUCUACUACUCUAUCGCUCUGUUUUCUCCUCCCUCUCCUCUCUCCUCUUUCUACUACUCUAUCGCUCUGUUUCCUCCUCCCUCUCCUCUCUCCUCUUUCUACUACUCUAUCGCUCUGUUUUCUCCUCCCUCUCCUCUCUCCUCUUUCUACUACUCUAUCGCUCUGUUUUCUCCUCCCUCUCCUCUCUCCACUACUCUAUCGCUCUGUUUUCUCCUCUCUCCUCUCUUCCACUACUCUAUCGCUCUGUUUUCUCCUCCCUCUCCUCUCUCCACUACUCUAUCGCUCUGUUUCCUCCUCCCUCUCCUCUCUCCUCUUUCUACUACUCUAUCGCUCUGUUUUCUCCUCUCCCUAUUUCUACUACUCUAUCGCUCUGUUUUCUCCUCCCUCUCUCCUCUUUCUACUACUCUAUCGCUCUGUUUCCUCCUCCUCCUCUCUCCUCUCUCCACUACUCUAUCGCUCUGUUUUCUCCUCCCUCCUCUCUCCUCUCUUCCUCUUUCUACUACUCUAUCGCUCUGUUUUCUCUCCUCUCUCUCUCCUCUUCUACUACUCUAUCGCUCUGUUUUCUCCUCCUCUCCCCCCUCCUUUCACUACUCUAUCGCUCUGUUUUCUCCUCCUCUCUCUUCUACUACUCUAUCGCUCUGUUUCCCUCCUCUCCUCCUCUUUCUACUACUCUAUCGCUCUGUUUUCUCCUUCCCUCUUCUCCUACUCUAUCGCUCUGUUUUCUCUCCCUCUUUUCCUACUCCUGCCUCUCUCCUCUUUCUACUACUCUAUCGCUCUGUUUUCUCCUCCCUCUCCUCUCUUCUACUACUCUAUCGCUCUGUUUCCUCCUCCUCUCCUCUCUCCUCUUCUACUACUCUAUCGCUCUGUUUUCCUCCUUCCUCCUUUCCUUUCUACUACUCUAUCGCUCUGUUUUCUCCUCCCUCUCUCUCCUCUUUCUACUACUCUAUCGCUCUGUUUCCUCCUCCCUCUCCUCUCUCCUCUUUCUACUACUCUAUCGCUCUGUUUCUCCUCUUCUCUACUACUCUAUCCUCUUUUUCCUCUCCUCUUCCUCUUCCUACUACUCUAUCGCUCUGUUUUUUCCCUCCUCUCUCUAUCCUCCUCUCUCUUUCUACUACUCUAUCGCUCUGUUUUCUCUCCUCUCCUCUUCCUCUUUCUACUACUCUAUCGCUCUGUUUUCUCCUCCCUCUCCUCUCCUUCUCACUACUCUAUCGCUCUGUUUUCUCCUCCCUCUCUCCUCUUUCUACUACUCUAUCGCUCUGUUUCUCUCUCUCUCUUCCCUCUCCCUCUGUUUUCUCCUCUCUCCUCUUUCUACUACUCUAUCGCUCUGUUUCCUCUCUCCUCUUUCUAUACUCUAUCGCUCUGUUUUCUCCUCCUCUCCUCUCUCUCUUCUACUACUCUAUCGCUCUGUUUCCUCUUCCUCCUCUCUACUCUCUACGCUCUGUUUCUCCUCCCUUUUCUACUACUCUAUCGCUCUGUUUCCUCCUCUCUCCUCUUCUACUCUUUCUACUCUCUAAUCGCUCUGUUCUCCUCCCUCUCCUCCUCUUUCUACUACUCUAUCGCUCUGUUUUCCUCCUCCCUCUCUCCUCUUCUACUUCUCUAUCGCUCUGUUUCCUCCUCCCUCCCUCUCUCUCUUCUACUACUCUAUCGCUCUGUUUCUCCUCCUCUCUCUGCUCUCUAUGCUUAUCUGCUAUGUCUGUUUCUCCUCUGCUCUCCUCUCUCCUUUUACUCUACGCUCUGUUUUUCUCCCCCCUCUGCUCUCUCACCACAGACGUCCUCCUCCCUCUUUCCACACCUAUCGCCUGUUCUCCUCCCUCCCUCUCCUCUUUCUACUACUCUAUCGCUCUGUUUCUCUCCUCUCUCCUCUUGCUCUACUACUCUAUCGCUCUGUCUCGACUCCUUUCUUUCUACUACUCUUCGUCUGUUUCUCUCCCUCUCCUCUCGCCUCUUCUGCUACCUAUCGCUCUGCUUUCCCAUCUCCUCUUCCUCUUUCUACUACUCUAUCGCUCUCUUUUCUCCUCUCUCUCCUCUCUCCUCUUUCUACUACUCUAUCGCUCUGUUCUCUCCUCCCUCUCCUCUCUCCUCUUUCUACUACUCUAUCGCUCUGUUCUCUCCUCCCUCUCCUCUCCUCUUUCUACUACUCUAUCGCUCUGUUUUCUCCUCCCUCUCCUCUCUCCUCUUUCUACUACUCUAUCGCUCUGUUUUCUCCUCCCUCUCCUCUCUCCUCUUUCUACUACUCUAUCGCUCUGUUUUCUCCUCUCUCUCUCCUCUCGGAUGGCAGUAAUUCAGCCAGAGGGCUACAUUUCAUCUUUCAUCUGAAGACCAGUGCUGACAUUAAAGGCCUGUAACGGGACCUGUCUGUUUGCAUUAACCCUGGGUUACCCAUUCUGCUGACCAGCCUCUGCUGUUCUGGCUCUCUCCACCACCCAGACAGACCAGCCUCCGCAGCUCUGGGUCUCCACGGCCCAGACAGACCGGACUGGGUCUCCCCACGGCCCAGACAGACCGGACUGGGUCUCCCCACGGCCCAGACAGACCGGACUGGGUCUCCUCUCCCUCCUCCCUUGCUCACCCAGCACUCUGAAGACGAUCAAUGCCUAAACACUUAAGUAGGCUCAGGAACUCCAUGAUUGCUUUCCUGACUCACUGCUGUCGGAUCAGGGUGGAAAUUAUGUUUGCCUGUUGCUAUGACAUCCUGACCUACUUCUGCCAAACCUGUGCGCUUCGUGUUUCUGCCUAUACCUUUCGGACCACCCUAGCAAACAAACAGAUCGAAACACUGUCUGUCUGUUCUCAGCAGACACCGACUGGUAGUUUUGCUUACUAGGCUGACUGGGGAAGACCAGACAAAGACCUGAGGCUGAAUUUCCCUUAUCACAGCCUGUGGUUUUAUACAGCCACUGUUGAGCAACAAGUUUUGGCAAUGACCGGUUCUACCAGUGUUGCACAGUGAUGUCACCUUCUAGCACGCAGCAUGUUAUUCUGUGUGUGUGAAGUGAACAUUAAAUUGCAUGUGACUUCAUGUGUUGAAUAUUCUCCUUACGAACAGAGUCCUCAGUUGUUGUCUAGGCACUCCAUGCCCGAGGCAUCAUCACAUAUGAAUGGCGACCAUUAAAUGGCACAAGGGCAGUUAGUCUCCCCCUCACCACCACAGUCACAAGGCCUGCUUUCUGACCGCUGGACAAACGACAGCCCAUUGCAAAGGCACAGAUAAGAACGCCACUGUCCGGCUCUAUAAAAAGAAUAUAUAUCGACACUGACAAUACUUGCCCUGCUCCGCCCUUUUGAGUGAUACUCCCCAUUAGCCGCCUUUGUGGAGGCCGUAUGUAAGACUGCAGGUUGCAAGCGUCCUUCCAUCGAGGGUGAGAAUGAAGGACAGGUUAAGGGAGGUCUCGUUCUUUUCUGGGCCGGGAAUAGUUAGACGCCGUAAUGACCCCCCCCCCCCCCCCAUUGACUGUUGGUGGUGGAGAUGGUAGGAUGACGUGAGGGCGGUUCAGGCUCGGGGAGGAAGCAGGGCAUUGGUUAUCUGUUCUUGACACAUUGAGAGGGACCUUCCUUCCUCUUCUGACAGCUUUACCUUUCCUGUCAUUGUUGCGUGGUGGAGGGGGUUAUGCUGGCUUCCUGGUUUGGUGUGAGAGAGACUGUUACCCCGAGUUUGUUUUCAGCUUGUCACAAGUGAGGAACGCAAAGCAAUAGAGGCACAAAAAGCUUGCAGUCCACCUGGCUUUCCAGUCGAAGUCAUAACAUAGAUGACCCUUCUCUGAGGUCUUGACCCGGGGCUGACCCUUGAGGCUUGCAGGAGUCUGGUUGUACAAGUUGACAGGAAGUGUCACCCCCUCCCCCACAUCCUUGCUACUCUGUCCUGGCCAGCACUGAGAGGAAAAGCUUCCCCAGACUGAGUCGAUGGUUACAGGCCUUCCAGUGAAAACAACUGGGCCAAGGCUUCUGUCUGCCUUUCUAUUCCCCUCAACAGACACACAAUCAGCCCAACAUCCUGGUCCAUUUUUCCUGUUCUCGCUAUCUCAUAUCUUAGCAAUCUUACAGCAGAUAUCCUGUAUUCUCCUCUAAAGCAGUCACACUGAUGUUUUGGUGUGUGUUGUGUGCCUGAGGCCAGACCGACUGAGGUGAGGGGGAGAUUAUGUGUUUGUGCUGCACGCUUGUCCUGCUGGAUCAGCCGACACACUGAACGUGGUGAAGUGGGUUAACAUAAACCAAGGGAGUGUGUCUGGAGAGUGGAGUGCGCAGUGCAGAUCAAAUCAAAUUUUAUUUGUCACAUGCGCCGAAUACAACAGGUGUAGACCUUACAGUGAAAUGCUUACUUACAAGCCCUUAACCAACAAUGCAGUUUUAAGAAAGAAUACCAAAAAAAAUCACACACACAAAUACAAUAUAAAAUAAUACGAAAUAAAAGUAAGAAAUAAUUAAAGAGCAGCAGUAAAAAUAACAAUAGCGAGGCUAUAUACAGGGGGUACCGGUACAGAGUCAAUGUGCGGAGCCACCUGUUAGUUGAGGUAAUAUGUACAUGUAGGUAGAGUUAUUAAAGUGACUAUACAUAGAUAAUAAACAGAGAGUAGCAGCAGCGUAAGGGGGGUGGGGCAAUGCAAAUAAUCCGGGUAGCCAUUUGAUUAGCUGUUCAGGAGUCUUAUGGCUUGAGGGUAGAAGCUGUUUAGAAGCCUCUUGGACCUAGACUUGGUGCUCCGGUACCGCUUGCCGUGCGGUAGCAGAGAGGAAAUUCUGACUAGGGUGGCUGGAGUCAUUUACAUCGCCUGGUAUAGAGGUCCUGGAUGGCAGCAAGCUUGGCCCCAGUGAUUUACUGGGCCGUAUGGACUACCCUCUGUAGUGCCUUGCGGUUGGAGUCCGAGCAGUUGCCAUACCAGGCAGUGAUGCAACCAGUCAGUAAUGCAACCAGUCAGUAUGCUCUCGAUGGUGCAGCUGUAGAACCUUUUGUGGAUCUGAGGACCCAUGCCAAAUCUUUUGUCUCCUGAGGGGAAAUAGGUUUUGUCGUGCCCUCUUCACAACUGUCUUGGUGUGCUUGGACCAUGUUAGUUUAUUGGUGAUGUGGACACCAAGGAACUUGAGAUCUCAACCUGCUCCACUACAGCCCCGUCGAUGAGAAUGGGGGCGUGCUCGGUCCUCAUCUUUUUCCUGUAGUCCACAAUCAUCUCCUUUGUCUUGAUCACGUUGAGGGAGAGGUUGUUGUCCUGGCACCACACGGCCAGGUCUCUGACCUCCUGCCUAUAGGCUGUCUCGUCGUUGUCAGUGAUCAGGCCCACCACUGUUGUCACCGGCAAACGUAAUGAUGGUGUUGGAGUCGUGCCUGGCCAUGCAGUCAUGAGUGAACAGGGAGUACAGGAGGGGACUGAGCAUGCACCCCUGAGGGGCCCCCGUGUUGAAGAUCAGCGUGGCGGAUGUGUUGUUACCCACCUUUGCACCUGGGGGCAGCCCGUCAGGAAGUCCAGUUGCAGAGGGAGGUGUUUAGUCCCAGGGUCCUUAGCUUAGUGAUGAGCUUUGAAGACAGUAUGGUGUUGAACGCUCAGCUGUAGUCAAUGAAUAGCAUUCUCACAUAGGUGUUCCUUUUGUCCAGGUGUGAAAGGGCAGAAUAGAGAUUGCGUCAUCUGUGGAUCUGUUGGGGCGGUAUGCAAAUUGGUGUGGGUCUAGGGUUUCUGGGAUAAUGGUGUUGAUGUGAGCCAUGACCAGCCUUUCAAAGCACCUAAUGGCUACAGACGUGAGCGCUUCGGGUCGGUAGUCAUUUAGGAAGGUUACCUUAGUGUUCUUGGGCACAGGGACUAUGGUGGUCUGCUUGAAACAUGUUGGUGACUCAGACAGGGAGAGGUUGAAAAUGUCAGUGAAGACACUUGCCAGUUGGUCAGCGCAUGCUCGGAGUACACGUCCUGGUAAUUAGUCUGGCCCUGCGGCCUUGUGAAUGUUGACCUGUUUAAAGAUCUUACUCACAUCGGCUAUGGAGAGCGUGAUCACACAGUCGUCCAGAACAGCUGAUGCUCUCAUGCAUGUUUUAGUGUUACUUGCCUCGAAGCGAGCAUAGAAGUAAUUUAGCUCGGCUGGUAGGCUCGUGUCACUGGUCAGCUCGCGGCUGUGCUUCCCUUUGUAGUCUGUAAUAGUUUGCAAUCCCUGCCAUAUCUGACGAGCGUCGGAGCUGGUGUAGUACGAUUCGAUCUUAGUCCUGUAUUGACGCCUUGCCUGUUUGAUGGUUCGUCGGAGGGCAUAGCGGGAUUUCUUAUAAGCUUCUGGGUUAGAGUCCCGCUCCUUGAAAGCGGCAGCUCUAGCCUUUAGCUCGAUGCAGAUGUUGCCUGUAACCCAUGGCUUCUGGUUGUGGUAUGUACGUACAGUCACUGUGGGGACGAUGUCAUCGAUGCACUUAUUGAUGAAGCCAGUGACUGAUGUGGUGUACUCCUCAAUGCCAUCAGAAGAAUCCCGAAACAUAUUCCCGUCUGUGCUAGCAAAACAGUCCUGUAGCUUAGCAUCUGCUUCAUCUGACUACUUUUUUUUUUUAUUGACCGAGUCACUGGUGCCUCCUGCUUUAGUUGUUGCUGGUAAGCAGGAAUCAGAAGGAUAGAAUUAUGGUCAGAUUUGCCAAAUGGAGGGCGAGGGAGAGCUUUGUACGCGUCUUUGUGUGGAGUGAAGGUGGUCUAUAGUUUUCUUUCCCUCUGGUUGCACAUUUAACAUGCUGGUAGAAAUUAGGUAAAACUGAUUUAAGUUUCCCUGCAUUAAAGUCCCUGCCACUAGGAGCGCCGCCUCUGGAUGAGUGUUUUCCUGUUUACUUAUGGCUGUAUACAGCUCAUUGAGUGCGGUCUUAGUGCCAGCAUCGGUUUGUGGUGGUAAAUAGACAGCUACGAAGAAUAUAGAUGAAAACUCUCUUGGUAGAUGGUGUGGUCUACAGAUUAUCAUGCGAUACUCUUCCUCAGGCGAGCAAAACCUCGAGACUUCCUUUGAUAUCGUUCACCAGCUGUAGUUUACAAAUAUACAUAGAUCGCCACCCCUUGUCUUACCAGAGGCUGCUGUUCUAUCCUGCCGAUACAGUGUAUAACUCUCCAGCUGUAUGUUAUUCAUGUCUUUGUUCAGCCAUGACUCGGUGAAACAUAAGAUAUUACCGUUUGUAAUGUCCCGUUGGUAGGAUAUACGUGCUUGUAGUUCGUCCACUUUAUUAUCAAGCGAUUGUAAGUUGGCCAAUAGUAUCGAUGGCAAAGGCAGAUUAGCCACUCGUCGCCGGCUCGUUACCAGGCACCCCGAUCUCCUUCUGCAAUAUCUCCUUUUCUUUCUACAGCCAAUGACAGGGAUGAGGGCCCUGUCGGGUGUCUGGAGCAAAUCCCGCUCAUCCGACUCAUUAAAGAAAAAUUAUUAGUCCAGUUCAAGGUGAGUAAUCGCUGUUCUGAUGUAGCUGCUGGAAGAGUAGCUGCUGCCUUGGCAACCGUUAAUGGGGAUCCGUAACAAAUAUAAAUGUCCAGAAGCUCUUUUCGGUCAUAAGAGACGGUAGAAGCAACAUUAUGUACAAAAUAGGUUACAAACAAUGUGGAAAAAAACACACAAAAUAGCACGGUUGGUUAAGAGUCCAUAAAACGGCAGCCAUCUCCUCUGGUGCCAAGUCUCACAUUUGUUUGUUUGCGCACAAAUUCAGUGGCAGGUUAAAUGAGUUCCCUAGACAAUAAACAGUGAGUGUGUUUGUGAGAUUAAUACCCCAGGUUGAGUCAGUCUGUGUCACGUGUCUGCACCCUUUUACAAGUUUGUUCUCGACAGUGGCUGCCUGUGUUGGUUAUUUUGUUAUUCUGCUUAAAGGUUGGGGUUUUCCCAAAAAUUAUCCCAACAGAUGAGUGGAAACCGUUUAAGACAUCUCUGCCCUUAAAGCUGCUCUGUUAAAUGACCUCUACAACACUUUCCAAUCUAAUGCUACAUAUCCUACCCUUUUCGAUGGGAGCAAAGCAGCAAUAAAAGUGCUGUCUUUGUUUAGUCUUUUAAGAUGUGUUUGCAUUUAGGUGUCUUAGAAUGACUGACUAGUUCCGCUGAGCUGGUGAAUUACAUCAUUUGCAGAACUUGCUGAGUGGACCAUUGGCAUGAAGCUCUACCUCUCUCCUUGUAUUACUGUUAUUCUAUGUGAAUGUUGCCAUGUGGUUGCCUAUGGGAUGGACCCAAUAGUGAUGUCAAGGGCAGCGUCUAUGUGUUUUGUGCGUUUCUUAGGCCUAUUUUCCAUGACCCAGUAAUGCCGGCUUGUAACACGGAGGGAUACUGGGCUUCAUAGCAAGUGAUCACCCCAGGGUGUCUUCCUAAAUUACCUCCACGCAGAGAGUAAUGAACACCUGCCCCCGUGGCGGCCAUUAAGAAUGAGCCUAUUAUGCAUUGAGCCGGCCCUCCUUGUGAGUACAAGGCGCUCCAACUGCAGACCCCUCUCCGUGCGGGAAACGGGCACUCCCAUGCCUCAUUGAGCUGAUACCGUGCCCCCUACCGGCACCCAACCCCAUAAAGCAGUUCCACAUCAUGUGGUCCCCUGUUCUGUUCUAAUGUUAGUCGCAGGCCUUAAUGGCUCUGCAGAGAUCCAGAGACUGACUGUUCCCUCUUUAGUUUUCAGAUCUGGUAAUGGGCUUGGUACUGGGAGGAGAGCUCGUCUUUAGGAACACUCACAGAAAUGUUCAGGUUUGGACCUUUUUGUUUAUCAAGAAUUGGAGAUCUGGCCAAAGCUCCUCCCUUGCAAUGACUGUUGGCUGAGAAUUUAGCAGAAUUGCUAAAUUAGCUCUUCAGUUCUCCUUUAGUCAAUGGUCUCGGGCCUAUUAGCCUACCCUCUCCUACUCACUGGCUGUCCAGUCAGACUUCCCCAGACACGCCAAAGUUAAUCUCACUGCCCAUUGUUUUUUUUGCCAACAGGAUAUAGGAAAUAAUGACAGCAGCAGGCUGCUUUAGUCUGUGGAACUUCACAUGGGCCCAGAGAUUCACCAAAUGCGUGGCAGUGUAUUUCUCCAGUCCUCCCGUGUGUCUGUCUGUUUUCGUUGUCUAAUCGACAUGGUAACUGGCUAUGACACAUCCUGUUGAAAUCGUCAUGCUGCCGCAACCCGUCGCCGAUGCCAAGAGUCACAUUAAGCCACAUCAUGUUUGGCAGAAUUUCUGCCGCUAGCGCCGGCAACCUCAGAAGCACUGCGAUAUUAAUAAGGAAUUGCUCUGUCUGGUAAUUGUGUUAGCUUCCGUCACAACACCAACACACUGCACCUACCCAAUCCCAGCCGCCACAAACCACUGGCUUACUGUCAGAAUGCUUCAAAUGGAAGGAGGGGGUGGAGAGAAGGAGGAAUGGAGAUUUAACGUUUUUUAAAUUAUUUUUUUAAUGGGAAAGACUAGCAUCUCCAAAACAGUCAACAGUUUGUCUAAAUGGCUAGAUACUUGGAAACGAUUGACUAUUUCCUGGUGUUAUUUGUACUGUUUCUGCUCCGAGGCGAUUCACCCCUCUUCUCCAGUGUUAUUUCUGUGUGUUCUGCUUUUCUGGAGAGCCGUGGCUGCAAACACAGAAGCCUCAUUUAGUUUUAGUUUUUUUCACCAGUUCUGUUUGUUUUCUGUCUAUGUGUGUGGUUUGGGCAGGCGGUGGAAAUGAUGCACAUAGGACCUGCACAGUGCACCGAACAGUCCUGGAUUCGUUGUGCAUUCUCUGCCAUUACAGAAGCAGCUCAGCACCCACUCAUUAUUGGCAAUCAUAGAACGCAUGCUGCGUCUGUUCUCUACUCCAGGUGGGCUUUGUCCCAGCCCCAUUUCUGUGUGUUUGGAACUGGUGGAAAUCGUUGAACAAUCAAACCCAAUUUAUGCGGUUGUGUAUUUCGUAUUUUUGGCUCACUCCGGGCCCAGGAGAGAAGGCGGAGGGAGGAGGAUUGGCUCACUCCGGGCCCAGGAGAGAAGGCGGAGGGAGGAGGAUUGGCUCACUCCGGGCCCAGGAGAGAAGGCGGAUGGAGGGGGGGAUUGGCUCACUUCGGGCCCAGGAGAGAAGGCGGAGUGAGGAGGAUUGGCUCACUCCGGGCCCAGGAGAGAAGGCGGAGGGAGGAGGAUUGGCUCACUCCGGGCCCAGGAGAGAAGGCGGAGGGAGGAGGAUUGAGAGGCCUUGUUACUCCAGUCAUUUAUUGAGUAUCCUAUCUGCUCAAAGACCUGACGCCGGAGGUUUUUACUCUGACUGCUUAGGAGAAUCCUGCAAACGUAGAUCUCUCCCUGCUGGCCCGGGAAACUGCAGUGUCAUUCAUUUCAUUUGCCGUUUAUUGCUUUCAUGUCAUUUUAGGCCAGCAAUUACUUCGGACCCUGACUAAGGGAUUGGGAUAGGCUGGUCCCGGAGUGUGUAUUAAAGUGUGGGUCUGAGAAUGUUGAGGCCUGCCUAGCAUUUGCCAUCGUCAUCAUCCGUCUCACAUCUUGCACAAUUUAUUGCGAGCGCCCUGAUUUUAACAAAAUUGUGGUUUUUGUAUUUGAUCUAUACUUCCUCCCUGUUGAUGUUGAAAAUGUCUGGCAUGAAAAUGUGACUUGUACAGUAUUGGGCGUUUCGAACGUUCACGUGAAGAGCACAGCACGGAAAGUUCAUCCCUUAAAAACGGAACCAUCUGCAUAUAGGCCGUUAAGUCAGAUCAUAGAGGGAAAAAUAGCACUAAAGGUUUUAAUCGACGAGACAGCUGUGGGUCCUCGAUAAGACAUACGUUUUCAUGGCUCAAUCGCCCACGUACUAUAUUUAUGUUCAGCUUCUUUAAGAACCUUUCUCAUGCCUUCCGCUGCAAUGCCUUCACUGUUGAAGUCUAGUGUCGCUUUGGUUAAAGUAGUCUGUGGACUGAAUAAAGGGAAGGGAUUGCGUUAAAGGCCAAAUCCGUUCACUGCUGUGCUUUGUGAUAGCUAAAGUGCGCCACUUCAAAGUGGAAAAACUUGUACCUCAGCGAAGGCUCGUCUCAGCCACCACCGCGGGUGUGUAUUUUAGUAGCAGUCAUGUGCCGUCCUUGCCUCUUUCCCUCAUCUGCUCUCGUUGCUCCUGUUUGCAGCGGGAGACAUGAUCUAUCUCCGUCUCCCUGGAACCUAUCUCAGUUCUAUCGCAGUACUUUAAUUUCAGAGUAGAUUAGGUGAAGCCUAGUGAAAGGGCUGCAGAGAAGACUGCCUGUGUCAGAGGCUCAGGUUUAAUUGGCGUUGGGAUCCUGCGUUCUCAGGUGCCGGACAUUAGGGCCUGUAAUUAGUUUUUUAAAAUCUGCUUUAGCCAGAGAAGCUUAUCAUACCAUACCGCAUGGAAAUACCACACAGAUUCAACCAUUAUGCUUGGGCCAAUUUUAUAUAAUUAAAUCGAAUAUUGUGAUAUUUGACAUCGACGAUAUAUCGUCAAUGUCAAAUAUCACGAUAUAUCGUCGAUGUCAAAUAUCACAUCGUGAUGUGCAAGACAAUACUCUGUGAACUUUACAAAUCAGAAGUGUGCAGUUUUAUCACUUCGGCUGUAUCAAUAUGUUGAAAUUAACUAAGCCACACACAGAUUAUUUAAUGAGAAUGUGACUAUAAUAUUGUAAAUAAUUACAAUUGCACAGUCUAGAAUAAGUUUGUCAUUAGCCUCUGAAAGUCUAAGCUGGGGAGGGUCUACUAAGCGAACAUAUGGAAUUGUUUUAAGAUGAUCAUACCAUCAUCAUUUAGCUAUUUGAUUUGACAUUUUAGGCCGUUGUUGCACCUAGACGUUUCCACUUCACAAAGGCAGAAAUUUGAUGAACUGACUUGUUGGAAAGGUGGCAUCCUAUGACGGUGCCACGUUGAAAGUCACUGAGCUCGUCAGGAAGGCCAUUCUACUGCCAAUGUUUGUGUAUGGAGAUUGCAUGACUGGGUGCUCGAUUUUAUACACCUGUCAGCAACAGGUGUGGCUGAAAUAUCCGAAUCCACUAAUUUGAAUAGGUGUCCACAUACACAAAAGUAUCUAUAUAGUGUAUCUCUACCUUAAACUGACAGACCUUGAUGGGGAAUUUUUAAUGUUACUUAAAUGCGUCAAACUCUUAAGGAUACUGCGUAAAAUGAUUAUGUCGGAUAUUGCAAUAUUUGGAGUAGCGUAUCAUAGAGGUCUCCCCAAAUAUCGCCCAACCCUAUCACCAAUACAUUUCUCCUGUUGUCUAGUGUGAGGGACACACACACACACACACCUGAUUUGAGAGGUCAGGGAGGUAAGGAGGACAGCAGCUUCCAGAAUGCUGCAGCAGGAUGAAGCAAUUAAAACAUCCCAACCAUAUUUUUUUAGGUGCUAUUUUAAAGGUAAUUUCCUGCAAUUCUACACGUCUUUGCCAUGACUCAAACACUACAACAAAAUCAACCUAGCUACAAAAACAUUUAGCUGACACAGGCUAGAUGAUCUGGACAUUGGGCGGUAUACCGGGGUAUUUGGAAAAAGCCAUGGGAUAUUUUUUAUUUGACGUUUUUCCAAGACAUUUUGAAGCUACUUUUUUUAGUUAAUACUUGCAGGCAACUUGUGUAAUAUGUUAGGAGAUAAAGCAGAUUGCGUUAUUCAUUUCACCUGUCACAUUAUUUUACAUUAUGAAGAUUAUCGUAGGUCCUCAGUUGAGCCAGUCAUGUGUUUGUUUGUAAAUAGCACGACAGGAGACUGUUAGUCCAUAGUGUCCUAUAUCUUAUUUUUUUUUGUUUGUGGUAUCCAAUUGCAACUCCCGUACGGACUCGAGAGAGGCGAAGGUUGAGAGACCCUCCCCUCACCUGGAUGACGCUGGGCCAGUUGUCGCCGCCAAUGGGUCUCCCGGCUGCGACAGAGCCUGGACUCGAACCAGGAUCUCUAGUGGCACAGCUAGCAUUGCGAUGCAGCGCCUUAGACCACUGAGCCACUCUGGAGGCCCCCAUAGCGAGUCUGUUGUGCUGUGCACAUGAGGUGAUGAAGUUACACUUGUAUGCAAUUCACUACUAAAUGUUUUCCGGCUUUUAAUGGCUUUCUGCCAGAAGUCAAAGAGCUCUGGGUGAGUUGUCUCUACAGCUGCCGUUUCUUCACCUGUGCUUCCUGCUUCCGUUUUCCUUUUCUCCUUUUGUUCUCCCUCUGCUCCGUCUUCCUUCAGAAAAGUACUAGUUCAUUUGCACAAUUUCUCUCGUUCACUUUUUGCUUGUAAUUCGGUAGCUACUAGCUAUGCUUGUAUAACUUUUAUGAGCUGGAUUUGCUUCUCUUUGCAAUUAGUUUAUGUUCAUUUUUGCUCGUUAGCAUUUAGCUGACAGUGUCUGUGAUUUCGCUAUUGGUUUGUGCUAAUUUUGUUAGCAUUCUGGUAAUUGAAGCCCAAUGGGCUUUCUUUGCGUUUUUUAGUGCUCCCUUGUCCUAUGCCGGUAUUACCGUAAAACCCGGGAUAAGAAAAUCUGGAUACCGCCCAAGCCUACUGACCAGUUUUAACUAGCUCUCUAAGGUCUUUAAUGACUGACACGAUGAGGAAAACUGAUGCACUAACCAAUUUCGAGAUUGCACCUUGUGCAAUCUAAUAUUACAACUUUCAAGAGUAAGUCGAAAGCCUGACUGAGUUCCUAAAAAUAAAUGAUUCUUUAUUUAUUUUGGGGGCGGGAACUCCGUCCCCUGCGCCCCACAUUUUUGGAACACUGAAUUAGAGAACCCCAUGCCGCUCUGCAGUUGUAAAAUAGUGUGUUUUUAAUGCUGUCCUAUGUCAUCAUCUGACAAAUAAAAUGUUUCCUUCCCUCCCUCCUUUAUAAGCUCUCCAUGACUGAAUCCUCCCUCUCCUUCUGCACUCAGUCUCACCUACCCUUUUACACCACUACUACUAGACUUGAUUGUGUUUUCACUGGGUAAAUAAAGAGAAACUCCACUUGAUGCGGUCUGCUCAGUGCUCACAUUUUAAAGCACAUUCAAUUUUUUUCCCUUUUAGUUGGAGCCUACUUUUCCUGACUGUGCGCACCCCUGGGGUGGUUUAGGUUCAUGUGUGGGUGAGAAUUUGAUAUCUUACUGCUGAGUGAUGUGAGGAAUUGGCCUGCUAGGAAUGAACGACAGCAGGGGGAGAAAGCGCUGGGCUGGCUCAUUGAGAGGGGGCGGGAUUGAGGGAGAAAGAGGAGGGGAUUUUAGGAGGACUAAAGCAGAAUGUUGACAGUGUGGCACGCUAGACGUCUAGUACAUGGGUUAGUACUAUAGCACUACUGCUGCCCCUAGACCCUUUCUCUAUAGGCCUAUGUGGUCCAUGCUGCCUCAUAGACUGAUCAGAGUCCAACAGCUGAUGUUCUGCACAGCCCCCUCCAGUAUAGUUUCUUCAUCUUCCUUUCGAGGUAGCUCCAUUCAGGCUCAAUGUAACAUUUGAAAGGAAGGCAGCCAGACCUAGACAGAGACAGACUGUCCUUGUCUGAACCUGGGCUUAUUACAUUUCCUGUAAUUGAUAAGCACCGACAAAAUACUUCCAAGGACUUGAUUUAGGCCUAAUUCUAGUCCUUCUGGAUUUUAGCUUUUGGUUGACCAAUUCUGUGUUGCCGUACUCAGGGAAAGUGUUUGAAAACAAGGUUAGGAGGUUAUGUAGGCCUAAUUUAUUGAUGUUGUCACAGUACUGAUGGUCAAGCAGGAUAUUAGUCUGUAUCCUGUCAUUCUAACUAGCCCUCCCUUAUCCUAAUGCCGUUGAACCUCUCCUCUUUCUCACUGGUUUGGUCUUAAACCUUUAACAUUACAUGUCUACUGUUAAAAUGAAUAAACUAUCUAGCCUCUAUUGUAGCUCAAGGAGGGCAGUCUGCUCUGAGACCCGGGAGUGUGACAUUUUCUUGGAACUGUGAACGAGAGAAGAACAGUGCGGAGGGAGAGUGGAGGCCUAGGGUGUUUUGGAAGCAGUGAAGAGUGUCUCACGUCAAACGCUGUCAGGAGUCUCCUGUGUGUGUGUGUUUGUCUGUGUGUGUUCUCUCUCAUUCACUGUGACUGGCUUCCUCCCACCACAGUUUUAUUUCGUUUCUGUCAUAUCAGGAGUCGAGAGCAGACCGCUGAUUAUCCCCUACUGUGUUAGGCACUAGGCAUACCUGGGAGGGGGAUAGGCAGGCCGUGGUGGGCAGGGUAGGUAGACUCUGGCCCUUUGUGAUGCACUAAAAACUGAGUGGGGGGGUGAAGGGAGAGACUGUGGGUGGGGGGGGGGGGGAGACUUACUACCUCAUUUAUAUUAAUAUUUAACCUUACAUACACACAGUCGUUUCUGAUGGCACCGUGCUAGCUAGUGUGGGUGUUCCUCUGUGUGUGGGCUUUAAACAGCACUGGAGAAACUUCUAGAGAAUUGCUCCAUCACAGUUCUUGAGUGCUAACCUCUGUUACUGCCACAGUUUCCAGCUUCUUUUCUUUCCUUUCUCCGACUGAAUGGUCCUCACACAAUCUCCUCUGCCAUUUUGACUAGCCACACGUCUCCGCGGUGGACAAAGACAAAUAAUUUAAUCGGCAGCGCCCAGGCAGGAGGUAAUUUUUAGAUGAGCCCAGCGUUUGAGGAAAGAUUUGGGGCGAGGAUUUUGGCGAUGACGAAAUUGGAUGUUGUCAAAUGGCGCACGUCUUGGGCUGGAGGCCCGGACCGGCCUCUUUAUUUUAAUGUGGCAUUUUAGCAGGAAAUGAAAAGGGAACGUUCAAAGGCCGUCAUUGGAAAUGAGAAUUUGUUCUUAACUGACUUGCCUAGUUAAAUAAAGGUAAAAUAUAAGAGUAGAGGGAGGAAUGUUACAAUUUGUGUUUGGCGGGUUGCCAAUUGUUAAGACUUUGAAACCUGUUGCCUGGCCUCCUACGAAUCCCUUACCUUUUAGCACUUCACCACCACUCUGAGCCCUGGGACCAACCCAAGAUCAUCCCCAUGGUCCAGGCUGAGCCAUGUUCAAUAGGUCACACCAUAGCAAAAUGGUUUGCGACAGAAAAAAAAUACAAUUCAGGGUUUCUUAUUGGAUAAAUUCAGAUAAGCCCCUCCUUGAUUGUCAGGUUUGCUUCCAAGUGAACAUGACCCAUCUGAUCUAUGGGCGCCAAAUACAUUACACUAUCAAGUUUGGACACACCUACUCAGGGUUUUUCUUUAUUUUUCUUUUUUUUAUUGUAGAAUAAUAGUGAAGACAUCAAAACGAUGAAAUAACACAUGGAAUCAUGUAGUAACCAAAAAAGUGUUAAACAAAUCAAAAUAUGCCUUGAUGACAGCUUUGCACACUCUUGGCAUUCUCUCAACCAGCUUCACCUGGAAUGCUUUUCCAACAGUCUUGAAGGAGUUCCCACAUAUGCUGAGCACUUGUUGGCUGCUUUUCCUUCACUCUGCCGUCCGACUCAUCCCAAACCAUCUCAAUUGGGUUGAGGUCAGGGGAUUGUGGAGGCCAGGUCAUCUGAUGCAGCACUCCAUCACUCUCCUUCUUGGUAAAAUAGCCCUUACACAGCCUGGAGGUGUGUUGGGUCAUUGUCCUGUUGAAAAACAAAUGAUAGUCCCACUAAGCCCAAACCAGAUGGGAUGGCGUAUCACUACAGAAUGCUGUCGUAACCAUGCUGGUUAAGUAUGCCUUGAAUUCUAAAUAAAUCACUGACAGUGUCACCAGCAAAGCACCCCCACACCAUAACAACACCACUUCCAUGAACCAAAAAUCUCGAAUUUGGACUCCAGACAAAAGGACACAUUUCCACCGGUCUAAUAUCCAUUGGUUGUGUUUCUUGGCCCAAGCAGGUCUCUUCUUCUUAUUGGUGUCCUUUUAGUAGCGUUUUCUUUGCAGCAAUUCGACCAUGAAGGGCUGAUUCACACAGUCCCCUCUGAACAGUUGAUGUUGAGAUGUGUCUGUUACUUGUGUUGCAAUUUCUGAGGCUGGUAACUCUGAUGAACUUAUCCUCUGCAGCAGAGGUAACUCUGGGUCUUCCAUUCCUGUGGCGGUCCUCAUGAGAGCCAGUUUCAUCAUAGAGCUUGAUGGUUUUUGCGACUGCACUUGAAGAAACGUUCAAAGUUCUUAAUGUUCCGUAUUGAUGGAUCUAUAGGGCUAUCUUCUGUAUACCCCCCUACCUUGUCACAACACAACUGAUUGGCUCAAACGCAUUAAGAAGGAAAUAAAUUAUCCAAAUUAACUUUUAACAAGGCACACCUGUUAAUUGAAAUGCAUUCCAGGUGACUACCUCAUGAAGCUGGUUGAGAGCAUGCCAAGUGUGCAAUGCUGUCAUCAAGGCAAAGGGUGGCUAUUUGAAGAAUCUCAAAUAUAAAAUAUAUUGAUUUGUUUAACACUUUUUUUGGUUACUACAUGAUUCCAUGUGUUAUUUCAUAGUUAUGAUGUCUUCACUAUUAUUCUACAAUGUAAAAAUAAAGAAAAACCCUUGAAUGAGUAAUUGUGUUCAAACGUUUGACUGGCACUGUAUAAAUACCUACUGAAUCCCCUCCUCACUCCUCAACAAAUCUGGACAGUUCAACUAAGGCCAGGCCAAAGAUUAAUUGUUCAACGUUGAACUACUGAUUUCAUUUGGCCUGACCUAAGAAACGGUGUCCUUCAUCCAAUCAAUCAAUCAAUCAAUUUUAUUUUAUAUAGCCCUUCUUACAUCAGCUAAUAUCUCGAAGUGCUGUACAGAAACCCAGCCUAAAACCCCAAACAGCUAGUAAUGCAGGUGUAGAAGCACAGUGGCUAGGAAAAACUCCCUAGAAAGGCGAAAACCUAGGAAGAAACCUAGAGAGGAACCAGGCUAUGAGGGGUGGCCAGUCCUCUUCUGGCUGUGCCGGGUGGAGAUUAUAACAGAACCAUGCCAAGAUGUUCAAAAAUGUUCAUAAGUGACAAGCAUGGUCAAAUAAUAAUCAGGAAUAAAUCUCAGUUGGCUUUUCAUAGCCGAUCAUUAAGAGUUUGAAAACAGCAGGUCUGGGACAGGUAGGGGUUCCAUAACCGCAGGCAGAACAGUUUAAACUGGAAUAGCAGCAAGGCCAGGCGGACUGGGGACAGCAAGGAGUCACCACGGCCGGUAGUCCCGACGUAUGGUCCUAGGGCUCAGGUUCUCAGAGAGAAAGAGAGAACGAGAGAAUUAGAGAGAGCAUACUUAAAUUCACACAGGACACUGGAUAAGACAGGAGAAGUACUCCAGGUAUAACCAACUAACCCCAGCCCCCCGACACAUAAACUACUGCAGCAUAAAUACUGGAGGCUGAGACAGGAGCGGUCCGGAGACACUGUGGCCCCAUCCGAAGAAACCCCCGGACAGGGCCAAACAGGAAGGAUAUAACCCCACCCACUCCGCCAAAGCACAGCCCCCGCACCACUAGAGGGAUAUCCCCAACCACCAACUUACAAUCCUGAGACAAGGCCGAGUAUAGCCCACAGAGGUCUCCACCACAGCACAAACCAAGGGGGGGGCGCCAACCCAGACAGGAAGAUCACGUCAGUAACUCAACCCACUCAAGUGACGCACCCCUCCCAGGGACGGCAUGAAAGAGCACCAGCAAGCCAGUGACUCAGCCCCUGCAACAGGGUUAGAGGCAGAGAACCCCAGUGGAGAGGGGAACCGGCCUGGCAGAGACGGCAAGGGCUGUUCGUUGCUCCAGCCUUUCCGUUCACCUUCACACUCCUGGGCCAGACUACACUCAAUCAUAUGACCUACUGAAGAGAUAAGUCUUCAGUAAAGACUUAAAGGUUGAGACUGAGUCUGCGUCUCUCACAUGGGUAGGCAGACUGUUCCAUAAAAAUGGAGAUCUAUAGGAGAAAGCCCUGCCUCCCGCUGUUUGCUUAGAAAUUCUAGGGACAAUUAGGAGGCCUGCGUCUUGUGACCGUAGCGUACGUAUUGGUAUGUACGGCAGGACCAACUCGGAAAGAUAGGUAGGAGCAAGCCCAUGUAACGCUUUAUAGGUUAACAGUAAAACCUUGAAAUCAGCCCUUGCCCAGGGAGGGAUCUACACACUUAGCAGUCCCCCCCCCCCAUUAAUACAUUGACAGAUUAAUAGAUUUUUCAUGAAGUCAUACUAAUGGGGAGGAGUGAUGUCAUCUCAGCAGUCUGACCUGGGCCUGCAUGCUCUGUGACCCAUGGAGGAAUUACGUUUAUGUUGUAAUGAAAGGUUGGGUUAGGGUUAGAGACGUAUGUGUGUGUGCCUCUUCCUGUGCGUCCCACAGAUGCUUCCUACUAUAGAGAUUCUACCCAGCUGUAUGCCAGAUGUGCCUAACCACAUUCAAUUGUGUGUGUGUGUGUGUGUGUGUGUAAGAAUGUGUGUUAAACCUAAUCGAUUACAACCUGUCAAUCCCUCGUCAGGGGAUAACAAAAAUUGAAAAAACACAAGUUGGUGUUAAAGCACUUGAGUCUGUGGUAUUUGGUGUUAGCAUUCAGGGUUAGCAUUAGGAGUUAGGUAGGCAGUAGAGGUGAUUUCCCUCCCCUGUCAUUCGGGGUCAGGUAUUGACAUAUAGGAUUCUGAUGCAGAGGCUUAAAUAGAAGCCCUGCCUUUUGAGGCCCACCCCAGAUAGGUUACCCUCCACCCAUCUCCCACAGAUGGCCCCUGUUCCCUCAGCCAAGCAGUUGUUGUGAUCUCAUGUCUCUCCCUCACCUCCAUUGGUCUGAAAUGAACUCUCUCCGAUCCGCAGUUCGGCUAAACCUCCUACCAAGGUGCUGUUUUGGAAUUUACUUCAACAUUUUAUUGGGGCGAUAAGGAAGGGUGGUUAAGGGAUAAAAUCAAUUGUCACUUUUAGGGGGUCUAGUGGAGAGGUGUGUGUCAGUCAGGGCCGGACGUGGGGAGAGUGGGAGAGUGGGAAGCAGUGUGACCAAUGGUUGUCCAUAGAGCCUGACCGAUAUGGGAUUUUUGGAUCUGAUUUUAGAAUGGAAAUAUUCACAAAUAACCGAUAUAUCUGCCUAUUAUUUUUAUUAUAGCUGGAAUUUUAAAAAAUAAAGCUUUUUCUGAAUGGAUUGUGCUUAAAACAUCCCUUCAAAGAUAGUCAAAGCUGAUUUCUUUAAAUAUGGGUAAAGAGUAUUAAUGUAAACGCCACAUAGCAUUUAGGACCACCAGAAAGACUACAUUCUUUAUGGAAAAACGGUUUACUCUAGUGAAAAGAGGAUAAACUGCUCUUAUUCCAGAUGUUUUUUUUGCCUCUGAAGACUGAGCUGCCAGCUGGAAAACAACGUCGUAGGACACAUUUUCAAUGAAUUGGUAUUUAGCAAUGUUUUCAUUGAUUUGUAGGGGCAUUAGCCACUGAAUUCUGGUAGUUGCCACUUGAAAGGAAAAACAUCAAUCACAAAAUGUUCUGCUGGCACAGCGCUGCCUCUCGCCCCAAGCGUUGCCUCAGUGAACAGUCAUUGUGUCCCUACCUAGUUGAAGUUGACACUUAAAAUGGAUACAGUAAAGGUUUAGCUUAGGGACAUCCCAAGGAUCCCGGAUAGCACUGACCCUCCGUGAAUGGCGUCAAGUACGAGCUAGCAAGCUAGCUAGCACUUGUCAUGGAAAUAGGUCUGGCGAAACUUGAAUUUGGACCAAUCCCUGACAAGUGACAAUGAACCCAUACAUCAAAACAUAGCUAAUAGCGCUACUUUGUAACUUGCUAUUUUUAGUGUCUCUGAAAACAAUUGAAUGACAGUGCUUGAAGAAUACCCUUCACAAAGGCAAAUAUAACACACCAGAUUUCGCUGGCUUCACUAAAGGCCUGUAACGUUAGCGUUACCACAGAGUUUAACGUUCUUUGCACGGUACUUGCUUUACAUUUGGGCAUAGCAUCCAUUGUUUGGCAUGACACCUGACACCCUACCAUGACACUUCACAUAACAGUAUGUGGCCAGUGCGCAUUUUUGGCACUAUUGAGCUGGCAAGCUUCCAUCUACUCCGUACUCACCGUAGAAGCAGUAACGGUUAGUUCACAGUAGUUCACUGUCCUCUCCGACUGGUGUAGUUGCGCUGGGGGAUAGUGUCCAGUCUUGCUGUAGUGCCAAGGCAGGAUAGGCUUAUAGCCAUGUAUAGAGCGCCCUCUUCAGAACAAAUCAUUAUAUCGGAUCUUAUAUCGGCCCUUUUUUGGUGGAUUAAAUGCUGGUACAAAUGCAUCCGUAAAAAGGCAAAUAUCAUUUUAAAUGUUUUGGGUCAACCGAUAAAUCGGUCGGGCUUUAGUUGUCUAUCCUGUACUUAAUGUGUGUUUUAGGCUACAGAACACUGUGCAUCCCUGCCUCGCCUCAUCUGGCCCAACUAAAGUUCAUGAAUGAAUGCCUUGUCUCAACAGGCCCACGAGAGAUCAACUGACUGCAUUGCCUCAGCUGUGUGUCUGUAUCUGUGUCUGUCAGCCCCUGCCUUUGGUUUUAUCUGACCGGCUGAUCUGAGCUGAAGGCAUAUCUCCCCUUGAAGGAUUGGCUCGAUCCCACUCUCCUAUUAUCCCCCCAAAACACACUAUUUAACUAGACCAGCCUCCACGGACCACCUGACACUGUCUGGGGGGUGGCUUUAACCCCUCACACACCACACCCCUCCCUAUACAUCCCAUUUUAACAUAUUUUCAACCAAAAAUAUGUACUUCACCGUCUUUUCAACGCACGGCUGGCGCCAGAACUAAUCAGUUGGAAGGGAAUUUGAUUUCCCGUUUCUUUCACGGACCUCCUGUGUGCAUACUUAGGAAUUUUGUUAUUGGGUGUUAUAAUUAAGCCAUACGGCAUGAUGGGGUGUUUGGUAUAUGGCCAAUAUACCACGGCUAAGGGCUGUUCUUAUGUACAACACAACGUGGAGUGCCUGGAUACAGCCCUUAGCCAUGGUAUAUUGGCAAUAUACCAUAAACCCCUGAGGUGCCUUAUUGCUAUUAUAAACUGGUUACCCACAUAAUUAGAGCAUUAAAAAUAAAUGUUUUGUCAUACCUGUGGAUACGGUCUGAAAUACCAAGGCUGUCAGCCAAUCAGCAUUCAGGGCUCGAACCACCCAGUUUUUAAUAAAGACCAUAGGCAGCUCGUGAGUUUCAAGUUUGGGGAAGCUUACAAUUUAUCCUACCGAUCUGCGUGCCAGUUCUGAUUAUGUUUAUGUACCCAACUUCCCCAUUUUCACUCCGCUUCGUACGGUUUCGCUUAGUUCUGGUCUAAAUAAUAAUAAUAAUAUGCCAUUUAGCAGACGCUUUUAUCCAAAGCGACUUACAGUCAUGCGUGCAUACAUUUUUUUUUUUGUGUAUGGGUGGUCCCGGGGAUCGAACCCACUACCUUGGCGUUACAGGCGCCGUGCUCUACCAGCUGAGCUACAGAUGACCACAGUCCUAGUGCUGUUGUCUUUUCAUAGCCUUUCAAGUGUUUGUUUUUGUGUGGGUCAUUCUGCAGACACUCCUCUAACCGUUUGUUGUCUGUGCUUGUGUGUUUCAGAGAUCAACAGAGUAAGGAAGGACAUGUACAACGACACAGCGAACGGCCCCGGAGACAAACACCCUCUGGAAUUACCCGAGGCCCUGGGGCCAAUCAUUCAUCUGCAGGAGAAGCUCUUUGUGCCUCUAAAAGAAUACCCUGACGUAAGCGAUGUCUCUCUCACACACACACUACAUAUCUGCGUAGACAUUUAUAUACUACACACACACACACACACACACACACACACACGUUGGAGACACACAUUCAAAUUUAGCCCCAUCAGUUGUCUCUACUACCAACUCUAAGUUCACCUUGCCCUUGCCUGUGAUGACAAGGUGUCAGUGGCUUGAUGGUCCUGCUCAAACAAAUAGCCCCUAAUGUACCUAGUAAAUCAGGAGCUAUAGAGAGCUAUCCUUGGACCCCUUUCUCUGGUGACUCUCUCCCUCUUCCACAUGCAGAGGGGGGGAUGACGGGGGGGGGGGUUGUAAUGGUAGUUUAUAGACUUACGUUGUCACUGAAGGCCAAAGGAGACCACACACUCUCUCCCUCGGUCCCUAUUUUCUCCCUACCGUCACUCCUUACCACACAGAACAGCAUUGGAACCUGCUUUACUACACAGAAUAGCAUUGGAACCUGCUUUACCGCACAGAAUAGCAUUGGAACCUGCUUUACCGCACAGAAUAGCAUUGGAACCUGCUUUACCGCACAUAAUAGCAUUGGAACCUGCUUUACCGCACAGAAUAGCAUUGGAACCUGCUUUACCACACAGAACAGCAUUGGAACCUGCUUUAGCACACAGAAUAGCAUUGGAACCUGCUUUACCGCACAGAAUAGCAUUGGAACCUGCUUUACCGCACAGAAUAGCAUUGGAACCUGCUUUACCACACAUAAUAGCAUUGGAACCUGCUUUACCACACAUAAUAGCAUUGGAACCUGCUUUAGCACACAGAAUAGCAUUGAAACCUGCUUUACCACACAUAAUAGCAUUGGAAGCUACUUGAACGCUACAUAUUUGCUCCACCAGUGGUAGUAUCAUUAAAGGGGAAUUCUACUCUGUGGCCGCCCAGCUAAAUGAGUUUCCUCCACAAGGAAAACAAGAUGGUUCCAGUUGUUUUCGAUUUAGUUACCCAAAUGGGCAAAGGAGCAGGUGGGUAGGGAAGGGAGAGGAGGGGGGGGGGGCAGGAGAGGGAUGGUGUUGAAAACAACCUUUCCAAAAAUACACCGGAGGUAGGAAAUAGAAGGCUCACCACUCGACUCCCUGAAUGGCCCUUGGAAGCGUCCAGAGUUGAGACUGGACGGAGAGGGUUUUAGCUGUACAGAGAAAGCACACUGCAAGGUCACAGAGAGGCAUGGGUAGGAGCACAGACUGGCGCAGUCAUUUCAAGCUGUAGAGGUCAUGGGAGGUGAUGGGUUUGAGUGUUUGCUUUGGGGGUUGGGGCCAUGGUAAAGAUGAAGGAGAAGUGUGUGUGUGUGUGUACACAGUGCGUGAGGAGGUUGGUGAGUGGGGAGUUUUGCCGGGUAGGUGGGAAGUGCAGCAGAAGGACCCAGCCAGGCAUUCAUUAUAUUUCCCCCUGACAGAGCUGAUAAAGGGCACCAGGGACCCCAACCCCAGGUCUGCCCAUCCCUAGCCCGGUCCAGCCAGUCCAACUCAACCUCAGCCAUGAUCCAGACUUACAUUCACCAGAUGUACUUGUUCACCCUGGGUUGAGAGGUACAUGAUCCCUGGGUUGAGCAGUACAUGACCCUGGGUUGUGACACAAAGCUGGGUGUGGGUGUGUGUACGAAGGGCACCCCCUAUAACCCCAAAGGCUGAAUGGCAGCUCUGCCUUUGGCACUGGAGACCUGUCUGGAAUGGUGGGACGUGCUUUAAACACACGUACUGGCAUCCUCAGCUGACCUCUAAAGUCCCCAUGUUUUCUCACUCUCUCUUUCUCUCUCGCGCGCUCUGCUCCUUCUUUCUCUCUCGCGCGCUCUGCUCCUUCGUUCUCUCUCGCGCGCUCUGCUCCUUCGUUCUCUCUCGCGCGCUCUGCUCCUUCGUUCUCUCUCGCGCGCUCUGCUCCUUCGUUCUCUCUCGCGCGCUCUGCUCCUUCGUUCUCUCUCGCGCGCUCUGCUCCUUCGUUCUCUCUCGCGCUCUCUGCUCCUUCGUUCUCUCUCGUGCGCUCUGCUCCUUCGUUCUCUCUCGCGCGCUCUGCUCCUUCGUUCUCUCUCGCGCGCUCUGCUCCUUCGUUCUCUCUCGCGCGCUCUGCUCCUUCGUUCUCUCUCGCGCGCUCUGCUCCUUCGUUCUCUCUCGCGCGCUCUGCUCCUUCUUUCUCUCUCGCGCGCUCUGCUCCUUCUUUCUCUCUCGCGCGCUCUGCUCCUUCGUUCUCUCUCGCGCGCUCUGCUCCUUCGUUCUCUCUCGCGCGCUCUGCUCCUUCGUUCUCUCUCGCGCGCUCUGCUCCUUCGUUCUCUCUCGCGCGCUCUGCUCCUUCGUUCUCUCUCGCGCGCUCUGCUCCUUCGUUCUCUCUCGCGCGCUCUGCUCCUUCGUUCUCUCUCGCGCUCUGCUCCUUCGUUCUCUCUCGCGCUCUGCUCCUUCGUUCUCUCUCUCGCGCUCUGCUCCUUCGUUCUCUCUCGCGCGCUCUGCUCCUUCGUUCUCUCUCGCGCGCUCUGCUCCUUCGUUCUCUCUCGCGCGCUCUGCUCCUUCGUUCUCUCUCGCGCGCUCUGCUCCUUCGUUCUCUCUCGCGCGCUCUGCUCCUUCGUUCUCUCUCGCGCGCUCUGCUCCUUCGUUCUCUCUCGCGCGCUCUGCUCCUUCGUUCUCUCUCGCGCGCUCUGCUCCUUCGUUCUCUCUCGCGCGCUCUGCUCCUUCGUUCUCUCUCGCGCGCUCUGCUCCUUCGUUCUCUCUCGCGCGCUCUGCUCCUUCGUUCUCUCUCGCGCGCUCUGCUCCUUCGUUCUCUCUCGCGCGCUCUGCUCCUUCGUUCUCUCUCGCGCGCUCUGCUCCUUCGUUCUCUCUCGCGCGCUCUGCUCCUUCGUUCUCUCUCGCGCGCUCUGCUCCUUCGUUCUCUCUCGCGCGCUCUGCUCCUUCGUUCUCUCUCGCGCGCUCUGCUCCUUCGUUCUCUCUCGCGCGCUCUGCUCCUUCGUUCUCUCUCGCGCGCUCUGCUCCUUCGUUCUCUCUCGCGCGCUCUGCUCCUUCGUUCUCUCUCGCGCGCUCUGCUCCUUCGUUCUCUCUCGCGCGCUCUGCUCCUUCGUUCUCUCUCGCGCGCUCUGCUCCUUCGUUCUCUCUCGCGCGCUCUGCUCCUUCGUUCUCUCUCGCGCGCUCUGCUCCUUCGUUCUCUCUCGCGCGCUCUGCUCCUUCGUUCUCUCUCGCGCGCUCUGCUCCUUCGUUCUCUCUCGCGCGCUCUGCUCCUUCGUUCUCUCUCGCGCGCUCUGCUCCUUCGUUCUCUCUCGCGCGCUCUGCUCCUUCGUUCUCUCUCGCGCGCUCUGCUCCUUCGUUCUCUCUCUCUUAUAUGCAACACCAGUCAGGUCAUUAAGACAGUAACGUAAUAGAAUAAAAAUGCUAAAUCAUUAAGGCUAUUUAUAGAAAACCUGAUUUGAAACAAGGGGAAGGCUGACAUGAGAUUCAUCUCUGCUGUAAUGGAGUUGCUGUGUUGGGUUGUACAUCUGGAAAACUAAACCGAUGGUAGUCAACAGAAGAGCACAUAAAUAUUGUGUAAGCCUAAUGCGUAUAGCCGCUAUUAUGUGUUAUGGAAACCACUUAGCUUUCCUGUUGCUAGGUAUUCAUAGUUUUUUAUUUAUUUAACGUAGCCUAGCUAUUAGUUUAGAGAGAAGAGAAGUGUGUUGUAGCUCAGUUGGUAGAGCAUGGUGUUUGCAACGCCAGGGUUGUGGGUUCGAUUCCCACGGGGGCCAGUAUGAAAAAAAAAAAAAUGUAUGCACUCACUAACUGUAAGUCGCUCUGGAUAAGAGUGUCUGCUAAAUUACUAAAAUGUAAGUGGGAUGGGUUGUGUUCUGUGAUGCAAAGGGGGUCUAAUUUCUAUUUUAGGCCAGACGAGCUCUCUCUCUUCUGACUAAAUAUUUUCUUUACUUGAGAGAGCGAGAUAAAAGAAUCAGUCACCAUUGAGAAAUGCCAGCUGUAUAGGAUACUGUAAUGAUCAUUAUUAGCAGAGGGAAUUUUCUCUUCCCGUUCACCUUUCCGGCUGAUUUCCCAGAUUUUUCCCCGACAUGUGUCGAGGACUCAAGGCAGGGUACAUACUCUGCAUCUCUUUCUCUCUCCUCUCUCUCGCUCACCGCUCCCCCCCCCCCCCCUCUCAGAAAAUGUCCUCCUCCCAAUACCGAGUAAUUAGAUUGUCUUGGUCCUUUGCUGCAGUGCAGCAUGUCAAUUUUACCAAAAUAACUUGUCCUGCCAAGACGGCCGUGUUCUAAUUCCCUUACCAUAGGACAUGCACGCUGAGGUGUGAGAGCUUGAUCGAGUGUGUGUGUGUGUGUGGAGAGGGAGUCGUUUGCUGAGACUUCAGAAGUGCGGCAUCAUGUCACUCACAGAGGCGACUGCAGGUGAGGACAGGGUGGGUGACGGUCCAUCUGAUAACUCCCCACCUUCAAUUAAGCCCCGGCUGCAGCCUUUGAUGGGAUGCAGACGCCUCACCCUGUCAUCUCUUUCUCUGACCUUCAAACACAGUUACUUCCAUUCCUUGUUUGUUUACUAACACCAUUUGAUGCCCCCACACCCAUGGAUAGCCCAAAUGGGUUGUGUAGAGUAGGGGGUUGUGGGAGUCUGACUAGGCUGAGGUGGUCUAACCUAACCCCCCCCCCCACCCCACCCCACCCCACCUGCUCCUGGCUGCCUGCCUGUUGAGCGUAUGAAAUGGGACACCCUGUUGGACGUAAGCCGUUGAGCAACUGGUCUGGAAAACAGGGCGAACUGGAAAGGGCUCUUUUGAAGGAGCCAUUUGCCUCCCCUAUAGGUCCUCUGGCUGCCAUGAUGUCCAGCACAGUGUGUGAUGUGUGUUGCCUAAGCAUGCUUUGGAUGUGUGUUUAUUGAUGCAUAGAAGCAUUUGUUGAUAUUAAUGAAUUGAAUGACUAGGCCUUUAUUCCAUCCAGCAUCAGUUGUUGUUGGGAUUGAAUGAUUCAAUACAAGACUGUUCUCCUAUACCUGCCAGCACAAUGUCAUUCUACGAUGGCUCAGAAAUGUUUAUUAUUGUCUUAGAUUAAGCCUAGCGGUUGCCUCCCCUACCCCACUACAACGUGCUGUCUGUCUGGUGUGACCGUCCCCAGCUUUACUGUUGUCUACUAGGGCUACUGUUGUUGUCAUGGUAUUGGUGAUGUUUACCGUAGUGAAAAAAAAUACUAAUUUUAUUAGGCCUCUGUCUGCGGUGGCAGCAACCGGAGCCGGUCGGCAAGGAAACAGCUGUUUGAUCGGCGUGCAGAGCGAGCGUUCUCUCCCAGUCUUCAUUUGCAGGUUAUUAACAGGGCUUUUCAAGCUAAAUGACUCCCAAUUGAGCGUCUCAAAUGAUGAUAUGUCAACAAUCGCCGUGGGCUCUUGUUUAUGUGUUCGAAAGCAGAAAACACUAUUUACUCCCUGUUGAGCCCCACGGUGGACGCAUCAUAAUAACCUUAAAACCUAGUGGUCAAACACGCCUGCUCCACUUACAUAACAAUACCCCCUCAGAAUAAUGAUUUAAACGUCUGUACAGCUCCAUGUCUGAAUGGCAGGAGUGUGUGUAUAAGCUUUUGUUCCAAUAGUUUUUCCACCAUUCAUUUUAUCCAUUGUGGAUUUCAGAAACACUUCAAAUAAGGCCUGUGUUUUGUGUAGGCUUACCCUGGCGUGACAUUUUGAUAACCGUGUAGACAAGGUGACUUAUAUCAAUGUAUUCGGCUCGAUUUACUCUGAUUUAAAAAUGCUAAUUAAAACUGUUUUCCCCCCACAUAAAAUCACAGUUCAGUUAUCACAAAACCAUUAUUUUCUGUGUUUAUAGCCGAUAGUAAUUCAAAUAAAACCAGAGCGGAAGAGGUGAACGUUAGGCUACUUGGUUAAUUUGCAAGACGAGACAUUGCGAGAUGUAGAUUACCAAAACAUAAUAACACUCUUCUGUGUCUCUCUCUCUCUCUCUCUCUCUCUCUCGCAAUGACCUUCCUGCUCGUCUCAUUGCUAAUGAUGCAAGUGUGUGUUCAGUCUUCAAUCUGUUGCGGAUAGAAUAUCCUAGCUUGUUCAUGGCACUGAGUUUUGCCAGAACAGGCUUUUCUACUCUUUGUUUUUGCCUCAUUUGAAAUUACAGUAGGCUACCGGUAUCGAUUAUAGCUCAGUUGAUAGAGCAUGGCGUUUGCAACGCCAGGGUUGUGGGUUCGAUUCCCACGGGGGGCCAGUAUAAAAAAAAUUAAAAAUAAUAAUAAUAAUAAAAUGUAUUCACUAACUGUAAGUCGCUCUGGAUAAGAGCGUCUGCUAAAUGACUAAAAUGUAAAUGUAAAAUGAUUAUGCUUUUCAGACAUAAUCGAAUGUGGCCCCUUGAAAGCGCCUUCGCUACAGCAUGUUUGUCUGUCUGUUAGGGUAGGCUACGCUACGUUUCUUUCAAUGCCGACAAAAACCUUCUCUAGUGCAAAUGUCCAUUCAUAUCACCAAAGUCCAUCACUAGGCAACCAGAACUGUCAAUAAAAUAAUCUCGAGCUGCUGCGCGCAGCCUGCAUGCCUGCUGCCUGAACGCAGACCACACUCUCCUAAAAAAAUAUUUUAAAGUUUGUUAAAUAUGGUGACUUACCAAGACGUUUAGUAGAAAUAAAACACAUCUAGCUUCCAUACCAUAAAAUACAACACAGCAGCACAUCAAUCAGCAACGUUUAUUGUUGUCAGGGAAACAAUACAAAACAUUUUACGCCGGAGCAGAAUUCUGCCUGAAAAGGCACAGACCUGAUGCUGCAUUUCUUUUUUUGUCUGAAAAGUGAUCAAUUGUUGCUAUGGACAUGUUACUGUAGCUUUGUUGCAUGUCUGUAAAGGGUUGAGGUAGAUAUAACUGUAUUGCCUGGUCCUAGUGGCCAUACAUACGUAAUGGGGCCAUUAUUCUGUAUUGUAAAUUGACGUGGAAUUUUAUGAUUCUUUUUAUGAUUUUUUUUUAAAGGCCGUUUUUAAACGUUAAGCAAAAUUGUCCAUUUGUCAUAUCCCUCAUAUUUACCACCUUAUUCAGUCUGAACCCCAGAAUAAGCUGGAGGAGGACAGCAUUACACAGGUGAAUAAAAGGUAGCAAAAACAGUAAACCACAACACUUUUUUAAAGGUGUUACCGCGUCAUCCAAUCAGGAGAUGUGAAGGAAGAAGCAUGGGGAAAAUGGGUGAAGGUAGGGUGGGUUUAUAAAAUGGAGAGUUCCGAAGUUGAGGGACCAUGGGGCAUAAAAGGCAUAGUGUGGAAUAAGGGGUAACUAGAAGGAUGGUUGGCCAUGGAAUAAACAUCAAAUGGGGCGCUGGUGUGCUUCUGCACCCCUAUUUAGGUCGUUGUCCAAGCCCAGUCAUACUCCGGGUCUCAGCUUGUGUCCCUCGACGUCAUUCCGUCUCAGUUGCAGCGUUCAAAUCGUGGUCAUCGUGUGUCUGUGAAUCACCACUUUUAAAGACAGUGAGUAAUCACAUUUUGUUGACAACAUGGUGGUUUACACUAUGUCUACUGUGUGUGAAUGAUGGAGGAAUCUUAACCCAGCUGUAGGUCCAUUUGAGUGUGUGUGGUCACUUAGGCCUUCACAUCAACCAGUACUGGGACCAUUGGAGACUAGGGAUGCCUGCACAUCAACCAGUACUGGGACCAUUGGAGACUUGGGGUGCCUGAACAUCAACCAGUACUGGGACCAUUGGAGACUUGGGAUGUUUGCUUGAAUGUCUUCGGGUCUGCAUCUAUAAAGGUCAAGUACAAAAUGCAGGAAGUUAACAAUCUGUGCCUUCGAUUUAAUUCAAAGUUUAACAAAUGAUAAACUAAGCAAUAAGAUGCAACAAACUACUACACAUAUGGCUGUACCACACAGGCCAGUACAAUAGCCUACAGAUGGAGAGGAACCUAACGCCUCAAACAGUACCAACCAAUACUACUCACCCUACAAAUGGGGCAGGUGUGGACCAGUGCUGCCAUGGCAUCAGUCAACAAGUUCAGCUUCAACUUGAGAGUGGAGCAUGCGUUAGAUAACGAUUACCCCCAACCCCCCAAUUGGUCAUAUUGACUUAAAUCAGUGGUUCCCAACCCAGGGUCCGUGCCCCCCUUAGGGGGGCUGCCAGAGUUCACAGGGGGGGGCGAGAUCUCAUUUGAGGUCAAACAUGCAUAAAAUGUUCCACUAUAAUUUAAUUUUAAAAUUAAUACAUUUUAAAAUGUUAUUAAAGAUCAUAUGCUUAUAAUGCCAAGGCCAAUCAAAAAAAUAAGAAUCAUGUCAGAGAAACGUAAAAGCGGUAAUUCCCCGGGAAAAGGUGUGCACGUCAAUGACCUGCGCUCAAUCAGUUUCAGCUAGCAGCUCAUUUUUCCUGCAGUCAGAGGAUCACUAUUUUAUGAAUAAAACAUGUCUAAGAAACAUAAAAGUGCUGAUGACUCAUCAUCAAAAAAGAAAGUAAGGCUAUAUCUCAAAAGUUCUUAACUUCGGUUUUAUUGAAGGACAGGACUCGGCCAGAAUGUGUCAUUUGUGGCGAGAAGCUAGCUAAUGGAAGCAUGAAGCCAAGCAAAAUGCAACGACACCAGGAAACAACAUCAGGAGACUAUUGGUGAAGGUCAGGAUUUCUUUGAGCGGAAGAAGCAGUUGGCACUAUCAAAAAGAUCCACAGACAUCAGAAAAGCAUUUGAAAGAGCAGGCAGUGAUUUACACAGAGCCACGGAGGCGUCAUUUGAGUGUUCACUAUUAUUUGCGAAGGCUAAAAAGCCGGCACAAAAUUGGAGAUCAGCUAAUCAAACCCGCCAGCCUGAAAAUUGUAGAGAGGCUGUGUGGCCCACAGGUGGUGGAUAAAGUGAGAACCGUCCCACUCUGACAACACUGUCAAAGACAGAAUUGAUCGAAUGGCUGGAGAUUGUCAGAACCAGCUGCAUGAGAAGCUUAGGAAUGUUCCCUUUGCCAUUCAGUUGGAUGAAACAACAACAGUGUCAGACGAAUCCGUGCUCAUCGUUUAUGUGCAAUAAAUUGACGGUGAUGACUUGAAACAAGACAUUCUUACGUCUACCAAUCUAGCCACAACAACAACAACAGGUCAUUCAUUAAGGCUCGCCCUUCUAACGAGACUGUUUGCCCAGCUGUGUGAGGAUGAAGCACAUCAAACACUGCUGUUACACACAAAGGUACGCUGGUUGUCACGUGGACAAGUGCUUGUGCGUUUUAUGGAACUGCAGGAAAAAAUAAAGGAAUUCUUGCAAGAUCACAAUCGACCACUGUGCGGACAGCUGACUGAUGCGUUUUGGAUCAAAACGGCAUACAUAGCGGAUACAUUCACUCUCUACAAUGAGACAAACAUGCGGAUGCAGGGUCCUGAAUCAAACGGCAUGCACUGCAAAGACGCUCUCGACGCUUUUGUGCGGAAACUGGAGAACUGAAUUUCCACUGCUGAUGAAACAGUCUGGUGACACUGUGCCUGCGUCUUUACGCACUGAGUUUACCCGGCACAUGAACAUGACAAAUACUUAUCAAAGGAAUCGUGGGUGAUGGACCCUUACAUUUGCAGUCUCGAGGACGUGGAAUACCUCGGCUGUGAAGAUGAGCUUGCUGACCUUCAAGCCGAUUCUCUGUCAAAUAAAUAUUUCCAGGAGAACGGAUACAAAAAGUUUUGGAUUGUCAAAGGACACGCUGUUGCACCCAGACUGGCCAAACACGCAGCUACAAGGGUUAUUCUACCAUUCAGCACUACGUACCUGUCUGAGACGGCCUUCAGCGCGCUUGGAACAAUAAAAACAAAAGCCCGUAACAGGCUCUAUGUCCACCAGGACUUUAGGUUGGCUGUCACUAGCAUCACAACUGACAUCUCAUCCCUGGUCAGAGGUAUGCAGGCCCAAGGUGGCCAUUUAGUUGUUUUUAAGGAAGGAAAAAGUUAUUGAAUUGUAUCUUACUGUUUUGUUAUUGUUAUUUUUAUAACACAUACAUUAUAGCUGUGUCAAAACCAGUGUUCACAUUAUGUGCAUGUGUGUAUGCAACAAACUGCCCCGUUUCAGUGAAUUAGGUCCUGUGUAGCUCAGUUGGUAGAGCAUGGCAUUUGCAACGCCAGGGUUGUGGGUUCGAUUCACACGGGGGGCCAGUAUGAAAACAUUUAUGCACUCAUUAACUGAAUCACAUUAUUUUUGGUGUGUGGUGAUGGUGGUGGGGAGCCUCAGCUUUUCUUAGAUACAAGUAGGCGGGGCUCCAAGGAAAAAAGGUUGGGAACCACUGACUUAAAUGAUUGUACAGCUCCAGGUCUGAACGGCAGGAGUGUGUAUAAGCUUUUGUUCCAGCCCAUACCUGAUUUACAAAUCAUAGCCUGUUGCCGUGAUUCGGUAUGUUGAUUAUUAUAAGUCAGGUGUUUAGAGCUGGGCUUGGACAAAACCCUUCACACACUCCUGCUCUUCAGGACUUUCUGCAAUGACUGAAACAGACCAAAGCAGGAGAAUAGUGUUCCAGGUUGAAACGACUUACCUAGUUAAGAGAUGAUGAGACUCCGGCACACCCAUUGGUUCUGGAAUAGAGAAGGUGCAAAUACGUCAAUAACAUGACAUUAAUUCUACCUCCAAAAACAAGCGUGUGAAUACCAAUUAAUUUAAAGUCCACCAUAGCAGGUAUGACUAAAUAAGGUUACAUAACCUUCCCUACUAGCUAUACUAAUGAUCUGCUGUCCAGAGGGUAACAGCAAACGGAUCAAUGUCUUCCCGCAGUAAAGUAAGCACACUGACUCGAGAGGAUGCUAAUCUCUCAAACCUCUCAAAAAGCCAGAGUAAAAUAAUACAGCUAGCUAGGGUAGCUACAAGUCAAGUAGUACUUGAAGUAGGCGACCCACCCCACCCACAGACACAAGCAUUAUCAAGAACGCAUAGCCCUAGCUUCACCAUCUAACCACCUAGCAACCUAGACUCUAGUUUCUAUGAAUUUGUCAAGCAUUUAAAUGGCUAGACAAGUAGACGGCUAAUGUUGCCAUCUAGCCAGGCUAAUGUUGCUAACCAUGAGCUAGCCAGCUACAUAAGACAUUUUCAAUUUAAAACUUGCCCAGACAGUUCACAGAAUUGUCAAUUUAAAGAACUUUAGCCAAUUUAUGAAUUACUAAAUUUUGCUAACAUUACAUAGAGAUUCUUACCUUUGCCUCAAUUCGGCAGUCUCAUCCAGAUGUAAGUCACUCUGGAUAAGAGCGUCUGCGAAAUGACGUAAAUGUAAUCGUCAUGGACCUGGUGAGUGACGUGAAGCUUGAGACAGGCAUUUGCAGUGCUGUAUAAUAGCCACAUUAGCAACUAAUUAAGCAUUUCAUUUUUGGGGGGUAAAUACAGGCAAAUAUAUUGAUAAACAUUACCUUGUCCGAGAGAGAUAUACACUGUUAUCAAAAUGUCACGCCAGGUUAAGCCUACACGAAACACAGCCCCCUAAAAUUCACAAUGGAUAAAAUGAAUGGUGGAAAACCGAUUUGGAAUCAUUUUCGUGUUUAACCACUAGGUUUUAUGACUCUUACUGUGGUAGACCAUUUGCUCAGAUUAUUUUGGGGAUGUCGCUUUCGCUUUAGUCAGUUUUUGUAGAUGUUUCUUAUGAUUUCUUAUUAUGUAUGGCCAAUUGGGAGUCAUUGAACAUGUUUGGACUGCUGCCACCAAAUGUCAGAUUUAGCAUUUUUUUUUUUUAUGAAAAUUGACACUAAAUAGCAUUGACGAUGGUUAAUGUCUGUUUUGAUUUUCCCUAGAUCUUCUAUUUGUGGAGAUGAUACUCACAACCUACCACCUAGCCCCCCUCCUUGUAACAACAGUUUACAGUAAACACGUCUUGAAAUAUAGGCUGAGCUGGCUUAAAAAAAAAAAAAAAUGUGUCGCAAUGAAUUUGCCUCAAUAGAAAACCCCACCCGUUCAGCAUAAAUCAACUGGGGGCUGCAGGGAAAAGCUCUGAGUGGGCCUGAGUGAAAUAAUGCAAAAUAGAGUACCAGUGUCAUAUCCAGUUAAAUUGUGCUUGUGUCUGGGUGUGUGGAUGUCUGUCCGUCAGGCCAUGUGUCUGGGUGUGUGGAUGUUUUCCACAGAGCUGAUUUACCUCUGUGAGAGGUGCUGCUAGGCAGAUUAAUUAGAGGCCACUAAUGACACACUCUUUUGGCAGGUGGACAAGAAGCCUGCCGCAACACACCUCAGUGGUGUGAGUGUGUCUGAGUGAAUGCUGCGACAAGUGUGUAUCCUUUACCCAGGGUGAAGAGAAUGGGAGGGGGGAGAGGGAGACUGAAGGAGAGGGAGACUGAAGGAGAGGGAGACUGAAGGAGAGGAGGAGAGGGAGACUGGAGGAGAGGGAGACUGGAGGAGAAGGGAGACUGGAGGAAAGGGAAAGGGAGGAGAAGGAGACGGAAUGAAGAGGGAGGAUGAAUGAGAGUAGACUGAAUGGAGAGGGAGACAAUGAGAGGGGGGAGAGGGAGAAUGAUGAGAGGGAGACUUGACUGGAGGGGGGAGAGGGAGACGGAAGGAGAUGGGAAGGAAGGCAGAGGAGGGGAGAGUGCCGAUCCGCGCAGAGGGAGGAUGAAGGAGAGGCGAGAAAUGAAUGAGAGGGGGGAGAGGGAGACUGAAUGAGAGGGAGAAUGAAUGAGAGGGGGAGAGGGAGACUGAAUGAGAGGGAGACAAUGAGAGAGGACUGGGGGACACAGAGUACAGUGAUAGACCUAUAGAGAGAGAGACUGGGGCCGACAGUGACACAGGAUGAUAGACAUAUAGAGAGAGAGACUGGGCGGCGACAGAGACACAGUGUAUAGCCUAUAGAGAGAGGACUGGGGCGACAGAGACGCAGUGAUAGACCUAUAGAGAGAGAGACUGGGGCGACAGAGACACAGUGAUAGACCUAUAGAGAGAGAGACUGGGGCGACAGAGACACAGUGAUAGACCUAUAGAGAGAGAGACUGGGGCGACAGUGACACAGUGAUAGACCUAUAGAGAGAGAGACUGGGGCGACAGUGACACAGUGAUAGACCUAUAGAGAGAGAGACUGGGGCGACAGUGACGCAGUGAUAGACCUAUAGAGAGAGAGACUGGGGCGACAGAGACACAGUGAUAGACCUAUAGAGAGAGAGACUGGGGCGACAGUGACACAGUGAUAGACCUAUAGAGAGAGAGACUGGGGCGACAGAGACGUGGAUUGAACAUGACACAGGAGUCACUCCUCAUCCUAACCACCGUCCUGAUUGCUGCUGAUGGAAGGAAGGCCAUCAGCAGGCACACAAUCAUUCACUUACCCUCGGUGCACACACACACACACACACACACACACAAUAAGCGUAUACACACACUCCCUGUCUACUUGCUCUUCACGCAUGCACACACACCCUUCACUCACAGAUACACCCUUGGCUGGCUGUAACAAGCUACACACUAAAGUCCUAUCAGUCCCACAUGCUUGUACAGUGUAAUAUUCCAUUGACUAAAAGUUUUUGUGUUCUGAAAACCGUUAUAAAUCCGUCCCAGAUGCCUUUUUGUACAGACAGCAUUCUGAUUUGUUCUGUUCUUGUUUUGCUCCGCAAGCGUGGUCUGUGAAUUGAGUAUUACCCCAACUAACUGACACAUCUUAUUUGAAUAUCUGACUUUCCUCCUCUCUGAGAUGGGAUAGGGCUGUAAUGUCUGCAGUUCACACUCUGCUCUGUGGCAUGUUGGGAUUUCUCCCCAUAUUUUGCAUAUUAAGAGUCCAUGAACUCUGCCCUCGGGACCACGCCGAUCCUCCAUUUUCCUCCACCCACCAACACCUUUGCAUGUCAGCCCACUUCCUCCGCUGCAACCCCAAAUAAACCCCCCAAACAAAAUGAUCAAAGGCAACCAGAUUAGGUGCUAAAUGCUGGGAUGUGCUUAGAGGGAAGCGUUGAAGUCUCCCUUGAGCUUUGAUGCGAAAAUGUCAAGUCUAGAAUUAAGUCACAUUUUCACUCUCGUCUCCGUCCCACCCCCUCUCGUCUCCGUCCCACCCCCUCUCGUCUCCGUCCCACCCCCUCUCGUCUCCGUCCCACCCCCUCUCGUCUCCAUCCCACCCCCUCUCGUCUCUGUCCCACCCCCUCUCGUCUCUGUCCCACCCCCUCUCGUCUCUGUCCCACCCCCUCUCGUCUCCGUCCCACCCCCUCUCGUCUCCGUCCCACCCCCUCUCAUUAACAAUAAACAUUACACACAUGUAUUCUUUGUGGGUUUGUGUAAUCUGAGGGAAAUAUGUGUCUCUAAUAUGGUCAUACAUUUGGCAGGAGGUUAGGAAGUGCAGCUCAGUUUCCACCUCAUUUAGUGGGCAGUGUGCACAUAGCCUGUUUUCUCUUGAGAGCCAGGUCUGCCUACGGCGGCCUCUCUCAGUAGCAAGGCUAUGCUCACUGAGUCUGUACAUAGUCAAAGCUUUCCUUAAGUUUGGGUCAGUCACAGUGGUCAGGUAUUCUGCCACUGUGUACUCUGUUUAGGGAAAGGUAGCAUUCCAAUUAGCUGUUUUUUUGGUUGAUUCUUUCCAGUGUGUCAAAUGGUUCUCUUAUUUUUUUUUUCUCAUAAUUUGGUUGGGUCUAAUUGUGUUGCUGUCCUGGGCCUCUGUAGGGACUGCUUGUGUUUGUGAACAGAGCCCCAGAACCAGCUGGCUGGCUAGGUUCAUCUCUGUAGGUAAUGGCUUUGUUAUGGAAGGUUGGGGCAUCACUUUCCUUAAGGUGGUUGUAGAAUUUAACCAGUCUUAUUAUUUGGUGUUUUACUUUGUACACUUACUAUGUUUUCCAGAGUUUUAAUUGGGUGUUUGUCCCAUUUUGUGAAUUCUUGGUUGGUGAGUGGAUCCCAGACCUCACAACCAUAAAAGGCAAUGGGUUCUAGAACUGAUUGGAGUAUUUUUUUGCAAGAUCCUAAUUGGGAUGUCAAUUAUUGUUUUUUGGGGGUUGUGGGGGCAAUGUGCCUAGCAAAGGUUAGGAAAACGGAUUAAUUGAAUGCUACGCCGGCAAGUAGGAACAUUCCAGCUACAGAUGAGUGAAUGAUAAUACCCAAACUGUCACCUGGGAGACGGCAUGUAGUAAGGCAGGAGCUUUGUUUGUGAUACUAUGGUAAACCAUAACGGAAAAUAUGCUGCUUUCAAAGCUGAUUGCCUCCAAAACUUUAUUCAUUCAGUAAUCUGUCUCACGUCUCUCCCUUAGAUUAUCUAUUACCUCAGCGAACUGACUCCGGCUGCCCUCAUCUUGCCUCGUGAAUGACGUCAUUACUAGUUAAAGACAGCACACACUUUUAUAAAAGUGACUUCUGUGCAAAUGUUGAUCAGUACAGUAAAAUAAGUCCCAAAUGAAGGGAAACAGAUUGUCAUCUGUCACUCAAUGCAUGCACACUCCUAUUGAAUAUGCAUUAAUCUGAAUAGGUCUAAGCUACAUCCUGAUUUACCCAGUUUAUCAAUAGAGAUUUACCAUUCAAAUAAAUGAUUACCGUUAUGUAGUUAGAUUGGUAAAAAGUCUAAUUGAUUGUAUUAUUGUAUAGUUGAUUGAUUAAUGCAUACAUGGCUGUCUGAAAAUUGGAUGUGAAAAAUGCAAUGAUAUUGAACUCAAAAUAUACCCAACGAUUGAACAGACCAGUAUCUGAGUUUAUCUGUCUGGAUCAAGUUCCAUUCUGUGACAUUGGUUAAUAUGCCUUCUUUUUUGUUGAAGCGGUAUCGUUUUGGUGUUGUGAUGGUAUUGAGAAUCGUGAUACUAAACCUGGUAUCGGUAUCAAAGUCAAAAAUUCUGGUACCGUGACAACACUCGAAAGUAUACAAUCCUGCCUUUGUGGUGCGAUGCCUAAUAUAAGCGCCAAAUAGUGUUGUCUACCUGCAAGACCUCUGCUUGGUAGGGCUCCUAUGUACAAGACGUGUUAUUCAGAAAGUAGGAAGAGAGGGGAUAUCCUCUGGUGUGGUUUGAAGGUCAUUUCUGCUGGGUUGAGUUUUCCAGUCAGCCAGUCAUGCCUCUGAGAGAGAUGUCUACAACGCAUGGGGAUAGGUUGUAAUCAUGUUCUCCAAUCUGCAAUGUAAAUAUGUUACAACAGACCACAUACUCUCGUCUCCCCUGGAAAGAGGAACGGGCCAAUAUGUGAGCUAUAUCAGCCAAUACUGUGAGCUGUGGCACAAUAACCCAAGGUGUCUGAACGCUUGGUGGGAAAUAUGUCACCACUCAGUCGUUGUCUGAAGUAGACACAUUUCCUGUUGCACUCCCUUCUUACUGUAUUAAAAAGGGAGUGUUGCUCAUUUACAAUCCGCUAGUGACCAACACUCGAUUCAUAUUCUUUGUGCUUGUCCCUGCUAAGCCCCCCAAUACACUCCGAGACCCUUCGCCAUGAUUUAAUUUCCGCUUCCUUUCCUAUCCAGAGCUGCAGUUGAGGCAAACAAACAUUUGCACAUUGUAUACUUCCUUAAAGCUGUUGGUGAAGCCUCGGUAACCUGCUCCCUGCCUCGGAGCCCAGGGGAGUCAGUCAACAUCAGAGUGAAGAGCAGGGCGUCGGCAAGGAGUUUCUCUCAGUGCCCCCGGCCGGCCCCCUCCGCCUGCCGAGUUCCGAUAACGCGGUAAACAAAGCCCCUUUAAUGUCACUAAGCCUCCUUCCUGUGAGGCCCUCUGAAGUAGGGGCAGGGCGGAUGGAGGUGGAAGGGGCGGCUGUGUGCGUGUCAAUUCGCAGGGGUUUGAGUAAACUGAGAUAAAAGUUGGGGGGAGAGAAACUGGCCGUGAAAGGUCCCAGUGUCUCUAAUCUCCUAAUGCCUUAAAUGAGGAACGGGAAUUGGCUGCUCAGAGAACGGGCCUCCGCUGAGAGAGGGAGCCGGCGGAGAGUUCUUGUCGAGUUUGCAAAAUAAAUAAAUUGUUUAUGCAUGCAUUUCAUUCAACAGAUAAAGAACGAGACGCGGAUGAGUUUGGGUCGGAACAGAGGUGGCGGGAAAGGUGUUCAUAUCCUGAACAGAGGUGGCGGGAAAGGUGUUCAUAUCCUGAACAGAGGUGGCGGGAAAGGGGUUCAUAUCCUGCAUUUGUAAUUUCAACAGUUAGUGCUGGUUAUAUUAAAGCACUUUCUCUCCGGUGAAUCAGAAUUGAUGCUGAUUAUAUGGUUGGUUAGCCAGCCUGGCUGUUGAAGCUGCUCAUAUUCACCAUGUUGUAACUAGAUGUGCAUAUUUAUAGUACUGCCCUGUGGCCAUAGCUACCCGUUGACAGCCAUGUUUGAUUAUUGAAAUGGAAGAAUUGUAAAGACAUGCACACAGACUCAAGACAAGCUGUGAUUUUAUAACGAGUCCUUGCAUGCCACCAAACUUACUCCAGUUAAGUGACUCUUUCUACCAAGGUCUUCAUAUGUCGAGUUCCUGGCAGGUCCACCUCUCCUCUGAAAGCUCAAACAUAUUUGGCUUUGUAUUGUGUUGUACAUUCCAAUGGCUUACGAUUGGUGGUUAUCCUUUUAACUGGCAUCAGCCCCUCCGCUACAGGAUAAAGACAUGAUCUAGUGUUUUCUGCAGGAUAGAGAUGAUCUGGUCCACAGAGAACAAUACGGGGUGAUUAGAAAGGUUUGUUGCAACUUCGCAUGGGGACAGUUCUUACUUCUGUUGAAUUGCCAGUUUGAAAUCCCCUGUUCAUCAAAGCGUUACUUUUUCCUCUAUUCUGUUGAAUGCUUUGAGGCUGGUAUUUCUGUCCCAGACGUUUGAUUUAGCCCUGCGUUGGCUGACAUUUUGAGCCUCCUGGAGUUUUCCUGGAGUAGAGAGCGUGGUGACGGCUCAGCCAGACAUCGCCAAACAUGGCUGCCGCCCACUACCCUCUUAAAAAUAGAUAUAUCCCCCCAGCCCCUUCACAACCCAAUGUCCUUGAACCACUCCUAUAACCACCCAUAUCAUGUAUGUCAAAGGCAGUGUAUUUAAAGCCAUUGGAAAAACUGUCUCAACUUUGGGAGAAGGAACAGUAGCAUCCACUACCCCCCCCGCUGUCCUGCCCCUUCUGGAAGUAAUUACUGUCUUGUUCCAGUAUUCAAAUGAGCAAUUUCCCUACUUUCCUGCAAGCCCCUGCCCUGUCAUGUACAAUCAGCAUCAACAUAUUCAUGGACAGGGAGAAUUCACUUCUCCUUCCUAUCUGCCUGAGAGCAGUUGCACAGAGAUAAAUAAUAAAAUGAUAUGUCCGUAUCAGUAUAGGAAGUCCUUUCAUAACCAAGACUCUCCUCAGAUGCGGAUUAGAGGUGCUAGUGUAGGUUUUCUCUGGCUGUAUCUUGACAUCAACAUAUAGCAGGGUAAUUGGCUGGUAAUUUAUAGUAUUCCACAUAAGCAUUAAUUGUGCCACUGGCUAGGGUUGGAUUAACACUGAGCAUAUCUGACCUUCUAUAGCCAUAUAUCCAUGCUGACAGACGGUGUGAAGAAUGAUCUCAUCUCAGAAAGACAUUAGCUCCGGCCAGUUGCGCUAUUUCCUUCUGUUAUGACCGUGAGUAAGCUUGGGCACACUAGCUAGCUGUAAAGGUUCUGCUUCACCCAGAGACCUUGCCCUCUGAGCAUGUGCUUGUGAUGUCCGACUGCUGGCUGAUGGAGGAAAGCCCAUGGCUGAGCGUGGGAAGAGACUGUGCCUGGGAGCUGGGUCCUCUUUUCUUAUCUGCUUCCACCGUGAUGCAGACUGACAGUUUGCUCCUCCUCUGCCUUCGAUCCUUGCCAGAUGCGCUACUGGGUGACCAAAGACAGGACAGGAGGACACGUGCCCCCCCAUGCCUUGCCAUCACACCACCCCCGCACCAAUGUAGUGACCAGAGUUCACCAAACAGACGUUGGCCUAGCCUGCCCUCUUGUCUACCCGAGCUCCAUAGUAACCGUAAUGUCAUGCACAGGGAAAUGAAGGAAGGGCCUGUCUAUGCAGAGGUUGGAAAAGUCAUGGAACUCUUACUUCUCGGCUCGGCACUCUACAUACGGUUAACAUGCCCUGUUUACCAUUCAACCACCAAUUAUUCUGUUUUUAGUUUGCCGAAAAAUUUGGGAUUAUUUCGACACAUUGUUCCUUUAUCCUCGUGGAAGCCAAUUUUAAGUGGAGAGGAUUACGGUAAAUACGUUCCCUUUGGUACAAAACCACUCAGGAGUGAAAGGGCCUCCAUAAGAAAAGUGUCAAGUAGAUACUUCACCACUCCCAACAUCCCCCAUAAUUCCCUAUAGUUUCAUUUCUAUUUUCCUCUCAAGAAAUAAUUAUUUUUUUUCAGCUUGCUUUCUGGUGAUCCCGAUCUCAGUUUGGUGCCGUAAUAUUGGCUAGGCAGCAGGGUGCACUGCCGGGAACGCCAGGGACUCGUACCUGUGCACUUGAAUUCCUUAUGAUUUUUCCUGGCCUAAUAUAAAAACAGCUUAAUCUCACAAUGUUCAACUAUUGUCUGGAAUCUGCUGUCAUGGCAACAAUGAGCCGAUAUCACGUUGAGCCCUGUGGUUUCCCAUGGAAUGAAAGCUCUGAGGGAUCAACAAAAUCAAACAAGUGUUUGAACAUUCUAUUAUUCAGAUUAUAAGUAUCACAUGCAUGGCCUAAAACUAACCUUUUGGUCCACCAGCCACUGUGGCAGGUAGAUAAUAUCAAGCUAAUCUGCCAGCCGCUCAUAAUUAUUAUUUUUUAGUGGCCAAUACAUUUAUUCGCCAUAAUUACACCAAAAACCACAAACAUUUUCACGGUUUUGUUUUUCCAGGUUUUGGGUUUCCCCGUUUUUUUUUUUUUCUGCUUUCCCGUUCCCACUUUUUUUAUUAUUCAUUUAAUUUUUAUUUUGGGUAUUUUACCCCGUUUUUUUCUCCCCAAUUCCGUGGUAUCCAAUUGUAUCUUGUCCCAUCGCUGCAACCGUACGGACACAGGAGAGGCGAAGGUCAAGAGUCGUGCGUCCUCCGAAACACAACCCAACCGAGCCGCACUGCUUCUUGACACUGUGCCCACUUAACCCGGAAGCCAGCCACACCAAUGUGUCGGAGGAAGCACCGUACACCUGGCGACCGUCAACGUGCACUGCACCUGGCCCACCACAGGAAUCGCUUGUGCGCGAUGGGACAAGAACAUCCCUGCCGGCCAAACCCUCCCCCAACCUGGACGACACUGUGCCAAUUGUGCGCUGCCCCAUGGGUCUCCCGGUCGCGGCCGGCUGCGACAGCGCCUGGACUCUAACCAGGAUCUCUAGUGGCACAGCUAGCAUUGCGAUGCAGUGCCUUAGACCACUGCACCACUCGGGAGGUCCCUCUCCCACUUUUCUAACAGAAUGUUCAAUUGUGUUUGCUUUUUCUAAGUGCUGAGACCACUUUUUAUUUCUGGGGGGAAAAUAUAUUGGAGGGUAUAGUUGCCCAUUCAAUUCAGUUGCGCACCUCAAGAGACGGGUGUUUUGGGUAGCGGUGUUUCUGUGCUGCAUGCACGAUAGUAGAGUUUGCAAAACAAAUCACCACAGGUUAAUACAAAUCACCGUGAUCUCAUUCUGCCAGGUAAGCUUACUUUGCAGUUAACAUUUUAAUUCAGAAGGUUUUAUGGGAAAGCCUUUAGAAAUGACUGUUUCGGCAGCACCAACUGGCUACACAAAGUGGUAGACAAAGGCAUUCCCAUGCCGUUACUUCAGAAAGUUGCAAGAAAUACAAAUGACUGAUGCAUUCUUUAAUAUUCUUUACAUGUGGGCUAAGGAAUUGAAGAAAAAAAACUGCUCCCAAAUGCUGUGUGACCAACCGCCAACGUGGCUUGUGAAAUAUUUAAAUUUUAGUUAUUUAGCAGACGAGCGACUUAUCGUCGUGAGUGCGUACAUUUUCGUACUAGUCCCCCGUGGGAAUCAAACCCACAACCCUGGCGUUGCAAGCGCCAUGCUCUACCAACUGAGACACACAGAACCCCCGUAGACAUCUUUUCUGCCAAUGCCAAAAUAUAUCCGCAUUUGGAGGGUGGCGGGUAUUCAUUUUUAGGCCCUGAUCACAUGUGAUUAAGAUAAGAAGGCUAUCACAGGACAAUGAUUCAUAGUGUGCAAGUAGUUGUAGUUUCAUUUUCAUUGUGGCCUGAUUAUCUACACUGCGGUGUGCAUGUGAAAUACUCUUUCUACCUGUAUAAUAAUCUAUUCUUCCAUCUCUCUGCAGUAUAACUUUGUGGGCAGAAUCCUGGGGCCUCGUGGACUCACCGCCAAGCAGCUGGAAGCAGAAACUGGAUGCAAAAUCAUGGUGCGAGGCAAGAGCUCCAUGAGAGACAGAAAGAAGGUGAGCUCAUUGGUUUAUUUGAUAUUUCUACCCCGCCCCUUUUUUCACUCAAUUUUUCACCAAAACAAAAGGCUCCGAUUUUAAGACCCGCUUCUAAUCGCCUCGUAGUAAAACGUCCAUUUUGAUUUCUUACUACGUGUGGAGAACUACAAAUUUUACUAUAGCCUUACCAGAUAACAGUGCAACAUACAAACAACCUACUUAAAGUGUAAGAAACGCAUGACUCUAGGUUAUGGAAAGGCUGCUCAGUGGAAAGUGGCCGGGGUAAGCUCGGGCCAGGUGAUGGCUCUUUUCUUGGCUUGGCCGCGGUGCUGUGUUGAUUUCUGAAAGGGCACAGACAUCACGGUGGCGGCAGUCAAAGAUGGCCGCCUGCAUCAUCAUCUCAGAAUCCCUGGAUGUACGAUGGCGACCCAACUAGAGGAAGGGUCAAACAUAACAUUGGACUGAUCAAUGAGAGCAUAUAGCUGAUCUAUCCACAGUGGAAUCUGUCACUUUUCACUUUUCCUCAUUAUAGAUAGUCAUAGAUAUUUCAGAGAUAUUUUUAAAGCAAAUGCCAGCCAUUUCUGAGACACCUUUCAAAACAUAUGCAGGUGCUUUCAAAGCACUGCUUUGACAAUGCGACAUCACAUUAUUUCGAAGCCAAACGUGCUCAUUUACGUUUUAGUCAUUUAGCAGACGCCCUUAUCCAGAGAGACUUACAGGAGCAAUUAGGGUUAGGUGCCUUGCUCAAGGGCAGAUCAACAGAUUUUCCACCUAGUCAGGUUGGGGUAUUUGAACCAGCAACCUUUUUGUUACUGGCCCAACACUCUUAACCGCUAGGCUACCUGCGGUUCUCCCCCCACUCUUCCUCUCCCCCCUCAGUGUAGUUAAUGUCAGGCAGCAGAUAUCCAUUCCAGUUUAUUUGCAUAAGUAAGGUGGGGGAAAUGUACUUUAUCCCCUCCACAAGGGACCCCCUGCCUGCCUGGAGGCGCGGCUGCUUCCCUGGAAGAGAGGCAGCAACAGAAAGCAACAACGGUGGAGAUUCCCACUGGAGCCUCAAUCCUAGAAGCGCCGGUUUAUAGCUCUAAGGGUGGAUUCUCUCUUCUCUCUUUCUUUACUACCACUGUCAUUCUUGGCUUCUUUUUUUGUAUUUCUAUUCAUGUCCUUUUGGAGUCUGUUCAUUAUCACAGCACUGGUUAGGUUUUUUGCUUGUUCUGUCUUUUAGAAUUCGAUUAAGUGAGCGUUAGGUUUCAUACACCUAAUUUAGAAGCAUGGCUCGCCCCAAAGAUGGCUCCUCUCGGCUCAUUUAAUUUAUCUCUGAUUACUUUUAUAAUCUUAAGGCUUGAUGACCCAGGGUAUCUUAUUUUCCUUCAUUUGUCUCUCUAUGGCCCUUAGACCUGUCCAACGCUCGCUGCAAUUACAGGCCUAUAAACGGUCCAGCAGUUUUAACUGCUUCUAAUAAAUAUGAGUCUGGAAAAGACGAGGACGAUGCUUUUAAGAGCAUGUCAUAUAAAAAGGGGAAUAACAAAAGAUUCAAAAUAUAGAUUGUGCCGCCUCGUUUAAGAGAGAAUUUCGGAGGCAGAAAUGUACAGGCUCACCCAGGGCUGGGGUAGGUGUGGAAGGCGGCGGGGGCGUUACUGCAGAUAAGAAUGGGUUCUCAAUCAACUUACCUGGUCAAAUAAGUCUUAAUAAACAAAUAUGAAUCAAUGAAACCUCCCCCACCUCUCAUUGUCACCCCCAGCACUGAAGCCAACAGUACCACUCAGGAGAGAGUUCCUACCACAUAACCAGGGAUCCCUUUGUCUCUCUUCCUCUCCUCGGUCAGUCAGUCUUUCGUUUCCCCUCCCUGAACCUCCUGGUGUUCUCCCAGACUUCCCUGGAAACAGAGGGGCGGGGCGGGGGGGUAUAAUGCAGUCUUUUUAUUCAGGAGCCACUGUUUUCCGGCUCUCAAUAAUUCAGUUUGCAGCUCCCUCCAGGGUCUUGCCCAGCCCGCCAGUGGCUGGAGCAGUGGAGCGACAGGGAGAGGGGGAGUAGGAAGAGUGGGAGGUAUGUGAUAAAUGGACUCCCCAGUAUGGAGAACUAGGCAGACUGGGGAUUUGACGUGAGACAAAUGGAGUCGUGGCUGCAGGGGACGGGAGCCCCAAGGACGCCGCUGGGCUGUUGGUGGCAGGUGGUCUCUGUGGCUUAUAGAGCUGUGGCUUAUUCAAGGAACUUCUGUUCUGGUGGAUGCCUGUGUCACAUGUACUGUGUGUAACCUUGAAUGGGAGGUGUCUAAUGGCAUACAUAGACUAUUUGGCUAUACACAUACAGUGAGGGGGGAAAAAGUAUUUGAUCCCCUGCUGAUUUUGUACGUUUGCCCACUGACAAAGACAUGAUCAGUCUAUAAUUUUAAUGGUAGGUUUAUUUGAACAGUGAGAGACAGAAUAACAACAAAAAAAUCCAGAAAAACGCAUGUCAAAAAUGUUAUAAAUUGAUUUGCAUUUUAAUGAGGGAAAUAAGUAUUUGACCCCUCUGCAAAACAUGACUUAGUACUUGGUGGCAAAACCCUUGUUGGCAAUCACAGAGGUCAGACGUUUCUUGUAUUUGGCCACCAGGUUUGCACACAUUUCAGGAGGGAUUUUGUUCCACUCCUCUUUGCAGAUCUUCUCCAAGUCAUUAAGGUUUCGAGGCUGACGUUUGGCAACUCGAACCUUCAGCUCCCUCCACAGAUUUUCUAUGGGAUUAAGGUCUGGAGACUGGCUAGGCCACUCCAGGACCUUAAUGUGCUUCUUCUUGAGCCACUCCUUUGUUGCCUUGGCUGUGUGUUUUGGGUCAUUGUCAUGCUGGAAUACCAAUCCACGACCCAUUUUCAAUGCCCUGGCUGAGGGAAGGAGGUUCUCACCCAAGAUUUGACGGCACAUGGCCCCGUCCAUCGUUCCUUUGAUGCGGUGAAGUUGUCCUGUCCCCUUAGCAGAAAAACACCCCCAAAGCAUAAUGUUUCCACCUCCAUGUUUGGCGGUGGGGAUGGUGUUCUUGGGUUCAUAGGCAGCAUUCCUCCUCCUCCAAACACGGCGAGUUGAGUUGAUGCCAAAGAGCUUGAUUUUGGUCUCAUCUGACCACAACACUUUCAUUCAGAUGUUUAUUGGCAAACUUCAGACGGCCCUGUAUAUGUGCUUUCCUGAGCAGGGGGACCUUGCGGGCGCUGCAGGAUUUCAGUCCUUCACGGCGUAGUGUGUUAACCAAUUGUUUUCUUGGUGACUAUGGUCCCAGCUGCCUUAAGAUCAUUGACAAGAUCCUCCCGUGUAGUUCUGGCCUGAUUUCUCACUGUUCUCAUGAUCAUUGCAACUUCACGAGGUGAGAUCUUGCAUGGAGCCCCAGGCCGAGGGAGAUUGACAGUUCUUUUGUGUUUCUUCCAUUUGCAAAUAAUCGCACCAACUAUUGUCACCUUCUCACCAAGCUGCUUGGCGAAGAUCUUGUAGUCCAUUCCAGCCUUGUGUAGGUCUACAAUCUUGUCCCUGACAUCCUUGGAGAGCUCUUUGGUCUUGGCCAUGUUGGAGAGUUUGGAAUCUGAUUGAUUGAUUGCUUCUGUGGACAGGUGUCUUUUAUACAGGUAACAAGAUGAGAUUAGGAGCACUCCCUUUAAGAGUGUGCUCCUAAUCUCAGCUCGUUACCUGUAUAAAAGACACCUGGGAGCCAGAAAUCUUUCUGAUUGAGAGGGGGUCAAAUACUUAUUUCCCUCAUUAAAAUGCAAAUCAAUUGAUAACAUUUUUGACAUGCAUUUUUCUGGAUUUUGUUGUUGUUAUUCUGUCUCUCACUCUUCAAAUAAACCUACCAUUAAAAUUAUAGACUGAUCAUGUCUUUGUCAGUGGGCAAACGUACAAAAUCAGCAGGGGAUCAAAUACUUUUUUCCCUCACUGUAGGUCAGCGUCUAUUUAAAGGUGUUCAAACAACUAUUAAGUAAAAGAUCACAAAAAUGCAGUCAAGUCAAUUAGAAGUUUGAGGCUGCACAUAUUGACUCCAGCCCCAUUUCCCCCCAUGGGCCUUGAGCGUUGUUAGAAAGAGGACCGAUUUUAGGUAAUUGUUCACUUGAUAACCUGUACCUUUAAAAAAAAAAAAAAAGGCAAUGCAAAGUUUAAUGGCCGUUCUCAAUAACGAGGCACCUCUCAUAAUGUGAACAGUCAGUCAUCUUAAGUCACCGCUCUGUUCCCUCCACAUCACCAUCAUUGAUGUGACAGAGCAGAUAGAAUAGGAGCAGACGGGAGACAAACACAGGAUAAUAACUUGUCCCUGGGAUGACGCCUCCCGAGUGGCGCAGUGGUCUAUGGCCCUGCAUCGCAGUGCUAGCUGUGCCACUAGAGAUCCUGGUUCGAAUCCAGGCUCUGUCGUAGCCGGCCGCGACCGGGAGACCCAUGGGGCGGCGCAUAAUUGGCCCUGCGUCGUCCAGGGUAGGGGAGGGAAUGGCCGGCAGGGAUGUAGCUCAGUUUGUAGAGCAUGGCGUUUGCAACGCCAAUUCCCACGGCGGGCUAGUAUGAAAAAUAAAAUAAUGUAUGCACUCACUAACUGUAAGUCCCUCUGGAUAAGAGCGUCUGCUAAAUUUACAUUUUACAUUACAUUUUAGUCAUUUAGCAGACGCUCUUAUCCAGAGCGACUUACAGGAGCAAUUAGGGUUAAGUGCCUUGCUCAAGGGCACAUCGACAGAUUUUUCACCUAGUCGGCUCGGGGAUUAGAACCAGCGAGCUUUCGGUUACUGGCACAACGCUCUUAACCACUAAGCUACCUUACUUAAAUGUAAAUGUAAAAUGACGCUUCAUCCUCUGAUCAAACGAGGCCUAAAUCAGGGAGGGACUCCACAGCAAAUACAUGUGGAAAAAAGAGGCUGGAGACCAUGUGUUCAUGCUACUAUGAUCACAGCCCAACUCCUGAAGAACUCCCUUUUGAAGGUGGUUAUGAAAACAGCAGCUCUUUCUGUGUAAUUUUUUAAAAUUGGUUUUCAGGGCUUAGUUUGUCGUUUCCUCUAACCAGGUCUUCAUAUGCGGCUCACUGCAAUGCAACACCUCAUCACAGAAAGGGCAAAGUCACCACAGAAUCUGCAAGUGAAGUGUGAGUUCCAAGUUGAAUGAACCGUCAGUGCAAGGCCCAGAAUUUCAACGUCUUGUGCCAGCUCGGAUUGGUUCAGCUCUCUAGAUUUACUGCUCAAGCUAUCAACUGGAUUGGCAAUGAUAGUUAUUGCACAUUGGCACAAAACUUUACAUUAGUCAUUGGACGCUCUUUCCAAGCGCUUAGUUAGUGAAUCACUAGAUAGCUGUGGGACACACAUAUCAGUCAUAGUAUAUUAUAUAUAUCAUAGAAUUUAAAAUUACCUGUCCUAGGUGAAUAGUAGCCGAGUAGAGCCUGGAUUGUGUUCACUCAUUUACUGCUCAAGUAGUGGAAAGGACUGGUUGGCAUUGAAAAGUAUUAAGGGAGUUAUAUGAAAAAUUAAAAUAACAUUGGUAGAUUGGAAGUGAUGCAGACAAUUACAUUGAUUGAAGAUACAUCUAUCUGCAAUAUUAAGUCAUGAUCCAUUCCCCCUUUUCCCCCAAAAAUCAAAAAUUAAUAAAUAUAGGGCAACACUCAAAUGCCAAUGUUUAGUUCACAAAAUGGUGAGGGGGGGGGGGGGGGGGGUUGCUUUGGGAUUAUUUAAAAUACUAUUUGAAGAGGUAGGGUUUGAGAUGUUUUUGGAAGAUGGCCAGGGAAUCUGUGGUCUUAGCUUCAGGGGGUAGCUGGUUCCGCCAUUGCUGCUCCAUAGGUAAGUACCAUGGUCUUGUAGUGGAUGCGAGCUUCGACUGAAAGCGUGUGCAGAGGAGCGGGGUGACAUGGGAGAACUUGGGAAGGUUGAACACCAGGCGGGCUACAGUGUUCUGGAUAAGUUGCUGGGGUUUGAUGGCACAAUUGGGGAGCUCAACCAACAGUGAGUUGCAGUAGUCCAGAUGGGAGAUGACAAGUGCCUGGAUUAGGACCUGCACCGCUUCUUGUGUGAGGUAGGGUCGUUCUCUACGGAUGUUGUAGAGCAUGAACCUGCAGGAGCGAGUCACUGCUUUGAUGUUGGCAGAGAACGACAGGGUGUUGUCCAGAGUCACGCCAAAGGUUCUUUGCACUCUGGGAGUUGUCAACCGUGAUGGAGAGGUCUUGGAGCGGGCAGGCCUUCCCAAGGAGGAAGAGAUACUCAGUCUUGUUGUGCUUGAGGUGGUGAGCCGACAUCCAAGCUGAGAUAUCUGCCAGGCACGCAGCGAUGCGUGUAGCCACCUGGGUGUCAGAAGGGGUGAAUGAGAAAAGUCGUUGAGUGUCAUCCGCAUAACAAUGAUAGGACAGACCAUGUGGUGAAAUGACUGCGCCGAGUGACUUGGUGUAUACCGAGAUGAGGAGAGGGCCUAGAACAGAGCCCUGGUGGACACCAGUAGGGAGAGUAUGUGGUGCAGUCACAGAUCCUCUCCACGUCACCUGGUAGGAACGGCCUGCCAGGUAGGAUGCAAUCCAAUAGUGUGCAGAGCCUGAGAUGCCCAGCCCUGAAAGGGUGGCGAGGAGGAUCUGAAUGGUUCACGGUGUCAAGUGUUUGCUUCUUGAGGAGGGGAGCAACUUAUGCCAUUUUGAAAUCAAAGGGGAGACAGCCAGUGGUCAGGGAUGAGCUGACGAGGGAAGUGAGGAAUGGGAGAAGGUCUCCAGAGGUCUGUAGAAGGGAGGAGGAGGGGACUUGGAUUGCCGUUCAGCAUUUUAGAGGUGAUAUGUCUUGAUUUAACCAAUGCUUUCUCAUGCUUUAUGAAGCUUGUAUAAAAGCUUUUAGACUAAUGAGAAAAGCAGAAAUGUCUACAGAUAGUUCCUCUAGUGCUCUUCUUGGAAUAGAUGGAGGUGAAAUCCAGAAACGCUUGGACAUGGCAAGAGCAUUUGGGACUGUUGCGAUAUUUAUUAGACCUUCAACCUUUAGUUCCCCCUUUUUAGUUCCUUCUGACAGGUAUUUAAGAGACCUCUAAACUUUUAAGUAUAGCUCCUUUGUUCCGGGCAUAGCUAGCCUUACCUUACUUAGCCUGUCAUGCCCUCUGUUGCCCCCAAGUCCCAUCACCCGUGGCUAAGAGGUGCUAUUGAGGAACCCUUGGGGAAUGGGCGAGCUAGAGGCACGGCUGGCUACAACAGUCGCUUAGUUGUGAAAUUUGCAUUCCGACACCGUGUUGAUAUAAAUAGUAUUUUUAGACUCGCCCAGGUGAAUAAGUCACCAGCUGACCACACCAGCUACCCCUGUCGAGGGCUAUGGAACUUUCCUCUUCCAAUAAAACAAACCAGAAGGGACGAGUCAAAUGUUUGGCGUCUUCAGUGUUAAGAGCAUAACCUUGGUCUAGGAUUUAUUGAGCUCAAGUUUAGACGGGAGAUUCAGGGCGCCACACAAGCAAGUCAUUGCCUUUUAUAGACGUUGUCAUAAUGUUCAUAUUUUGGCAAACUCCAUUACUUGGCAGUCUGUCUCUCAGCUGGUUUCAGCUGUCUCUCUGUUUAGUGUUCAUUCACUCCCCAUCUCCUCUCUCUCGCAGUCACACACACACACACACACCUAAAAAUGACAGUUAGCUCGUGUCCAUCCCUCAACAAACUGUUGACUCACCAUCACCAUGACUCGACAAUAGGCCACAAGCAAACAGCCCAUUGUGAAAUCAUUUUGGCUUCUGCCAGUUUAAAAAUAUGCCCUGCUCCCCAUGUGGAAAAGGUAAACACGAGAGAGGAAUAAUGAACUUAAUUUUCCCACUGUGUUCGUGUGAGACGGCGGAGUGUGGCAAAGAGCAGUAUCAUGGCAACGGCUCGCUCUCAGCAGAGGAGGCGGGCGAUCGGCAGCAUGCCAUCUCCACUCUGGCUUGGCGCGGCGUAUUAGUAAACGUUCAUAGUCACAAAGGCUUAGAGGAAAUGGUGAGCUAAGACCCCCCUACACACACACACAAUGGUAAGCUGCCAUACCGGUGUGACCCAAAGCUUUUUAGAGCUCUUUGUGCGGCGCAGCGCUGUCAGCAAACGUCUCAAAAGAACCAGGUAAAUUGGGAGAGUGUGUCAGAAUUGAGUGUGCAGGUUUUUUUUAAAGAUAGGUAUGUGGGGGGUUUUAAAGCUAGGUGUGAAGACUUGCAUAUUGAAUUGACCUAUUCCUUUUCCUCACUCGCAGCCUCGCCAGUCUAACGCAGUUUAAGGCCCGCCGUGAGUAGUACUGCCAUGAGUCUAACGCUGGGCCCCAUUGUGUUCAGAUUGAAAUGGCCCUCUUAAGCUUCCACGCGGCUUGAUCAUCAGCUUGUGAAUAAAGCCUGUCCUUCCUUUUUGAGGAGCACCACUGUCACAAUUUAACACCUCGAAGUGCUUCGCGUCCCCCUUUUCAGAGUGAGGUAAACGGCUCUCUCAGGGGCCCAUUGUUACCUGGGCCCAAUUGUCCUGUCUCACCCACCCACCAUGUCAGUGUGUCGACAGCACUGUAGGUCUCCUCUGAAAAGGUUGGUCAGAUUAAAACCCUGCGGCCCUCUGAUGUACAUACAUUCUCCUCAGAUUUUGAAUUGCUAUAGGAAUAGCUGUCACCCUUUUGAUGUGGGGCUCUAAUAAAGCAGUAUGUCCUUUCAAAGUUGAAGCCAGAUUUCUAAAGGGCCUUGGCCUGUCACGCUGCUGCCCCCCAUCCACUCAAAUCUCUCUAUUCUCUCGCUUCUUGUCUUUCGCAGGAGGAGCAGAACAGAGGCAAGCCCAACUGGGAACAUCUGAACGAGGAGCUGCACGUCCUGAUCACGGUGGAGGACACACAGACGCGCUCCGAGAUGAAGAUGAAGAGAGCCUUAGAGGAGGUCAAGAAGCUCCUGGUGCCUGCGGUGAGUAGUACUGCCAUGAGGGUUAGUCAGUUUAAGGCCCGCAGUGAGUAGUACUGCCAUGAGGGUUAGUCAGUUUAAGGCCCGCAGUGAGUAGUACUGCCAUGAGGGUUAGUCAGUUUAAGGCCCGCAGUGAGUAGUACUGCCAUGAGGGUUAGUCAGUUUAAGGCCCGCAGUGAGUAGUACUGCCAUGAGGGUUAGUCAGUUUGGUGCCCGCGGUGAGUAGUACUGCCAUGAGGGUUAGUCAGUUUAAGGCCCGCAGUGAGUAGUACUGCCAUGAGGGUUAGUCAGUUUGGUGCCCGCGGUGAGUAGUACUGCCAUGAGGGUUAGUCAGUUUGGUGCCCGCAGUGAGUAGUACUGCCAUGAGGGUUAGUCAGUUUGGUGCCCGCGAUGAGUAGUACUGCCAUGAGGGUUAGUCAGUUUAGUUUGGUGCCCGCGGUGAGUAGUACUGCCAUGAGGGUUAGUCAGUUUGGUGCCCGCGGUGAGUAGUACUGCCAUGAGGGUUAGUCAGUUUGGUGCCCGCGGUGAGUAGUACUGCCAUGAGGGUUAGUCAGUUUGGUGCCCGCGGUGAGUAGUACUGCCAUGAGGGUUAGUAAUGGGCAAUUGUCCUGAUUUAUCCUAUUUAUUUUGUUAUUUUCCGUGAUAGGGAAAAAAUAUAUUUUUGGGUGCCAGCGGGCAUCUUUCAAUUAAGUGAGAUUUUGUGUGGUCUAAAUAAGUCAACUGGCUAGUUAGCCUAUCUGUAAAGAGAAGGGCGGGCUGUACAUUGAUCCUGCUGCUCUGAUUGGAUAUAGCGAAGCUGUAUUUCUCCUUCUACUCACUUAGCUUCAUAAUUUCACCUGCUCACUUCUCCUCACAUGUUUCAGUGUGAUCAUAUAGAUUGCUGUCUCCUGUUAGCCUGCUACUACGAUAAAUCAAAUGGCGAGGACGUUUGCUAGCAAAGUAUCUAACAAGCGGGGCGAGGGUAAGGGAAAAGGGGAAAACGCUGAUGUGCGUUCUGACUGAGUGACCACAAACUUGUCUUCCCACAGCAAGUUGAAGAGACAGAUACACCCUCUGCUCCUAAUCUGCAGCUUUUCUGGUCUAUAAACCGGCAGGGAGAUGGGCUAUUUUGCCAACAUCUACUUAGGCAUAUUAAAACGCUUUUGUGUUUUCCGAUCUUGAGAAUCAUCCGAUCAGACUAUCAACUGCCAAUUUACGGUUAUGAUUACAAAUAUGAGUAUGGCCAGGUAGGCACUCCCCUAGUCUGUGUUACAGUGGGGUAGCUGUAAACAUGAACACAAGCAGGCUAUCACGAUAAGCCAACAUUUCAGUUUGCCUGUAGAAAGGACUAGAACAAGGCAUGUCACUUUCAUCCUCAACCCAGUGGAAAAAACAGACAGCAGUAUGCGCCCUGUGAGAGUGUGAGCGCCAUAUUUCCCCUGCGUUCACUUCCUCACAUGAUGCCGGAGAUGGCCAUCAGGAGGCAUGGACUGCGCAGCCGCAGUGCCCGGUUGCCCGCGGCGAACAGACCGGCCGGACAGCUGCACCUCCGGAUCCCCUGUCAGGAAGCGAGGUGGAGGGGGUGCUGACCCGCGGAAACUGGGCCAAGGCUCAGCAGGCCAAGCCGCCACCCUUUCGUAAACGGGUUUAUUUCAGGGGAUGGACGGGGGCCAUCAGGGGCCCAUCACGUCACCACGCAGGGACCCCCGGCACAGUUUGGUUACACUCUCUCCCAGAGCCCUGGCAUCACUAGAAUGGUUUCAGUCCAUUGGCAACAGAGAGAAUAAAGCCUCAGCUCAAUUCCUUUCUCCCUUGUUUUGAGAUGAAUCCUCAAUCCUCCAUCAUUCCCAUUUCUCUUUGUUGCUGUUUAUGAGCGAGGGAGAAUUUCAACCUCUCACGGCGUACGACACCAGAGGUUGAAGCAGCGAUGGCGGCGAGUGACUGUACUGUCUGUGUGGAUGACGCAGCAUGAGUCACUGUCAGCCAGGGUGGGCGGGAGAUGAAUAAACAUGCAUGUACACCGCUCAUCCCUCGCUUCCCCUCUGAAGUAAUCAGCCGCAAAGAGCCACGCUUAUAGUCAAGCUGAGUGUCACCAGAAAUAGAAUUCUUCCGUAAAUAUAUCUUACGUUAUGCUGUCAUGCGUAAGCUCACUUUGAUGUCAAGUGAGGAGAGCAGUAAUGGAGGUUUUCCCUCUACCUUUUAUCACAGGAAAGUUUAGUUAAUGAUCCGUUCUAGUAAUUCAAAAGUAAUUUCCCUAUUAUACAACCCUCGCUGGCGUUGUGCCAGUUCGUAUCAGCACAGCGACAAGCCCCUUCCAUUUCUAUGUAGGGCUAAAAAAUACCGUUCAGAAGCUGCCGUGAAGCUGCCUAGUUUGUUGUUGGCUAAGUGGAGUAUCUCUACUAUUACUCGUGAUAGUCCUUUGUGGCUUCCCAGAAUGGAGGCUCAUUGGGGUUUAUCUCCCCAUUAAGUCCCCCAGGGGCUCUCUCUCUCUUCUCUCUCCUCUCUAGUGUUGUCAUUGUCACCGUGGGUGGGUGGGCAGCCCGGGCUGGCAGUAAUGCCCUUUAACGUGCUAAACUAAAUUGGAUUAAAGCUGUGGCAAUGUCUACCCAGCAACACACUUUUUAAUGAAGGGCAUCUUCUCUGCAUUUGGCAGCGUGAAAGUGUCUUUAUUAAAUCGCUUGGGAAACAAAUGGGGUCACAGUUUUUUUUGACUUUCAAGGAAAUUCUUUACGCUCCCCGUCAGACCUGGCUGGGGUUGUUGUCUUGAGAGAAGGAUGAGACGCUGACUAUAGUUGUCUGUUUGGCCUUGUGGCAAUAGCUAUUUCAGCCUCGUCUUGUAACAAAAACUGACACCCUUGUGCUGAAGUAAGUAAGCCUGAUUUCUGAUGGCAGUUUGAAAUUGAAAUGGGAGCCUCUGCUAGUUGAUUUAUGUGUUGGCUGAUAUUGAAACAGGCGUUGUGGGUGGUGUGACGUAUGUCCCACCCCUCUCUAGACCACUCCCACCCCACGAGCCAGGGAGCUUGACUGACAGCAAGGAGAGGGUGCUGAUGGGAAGUUGCAAAGGUUCAGCUAUUCCGCCUCACACAGCUCCCGGUCCCGUGAACUUUUCAACUCCCCACAAUCUGGAGGGAGAGAUGAGAGACAAGAAAUGACGGGAGGGGGAGUUUGAUUGAGCUGCUCUUUCAAGUGUGGCUUUAUACUACUGAUCCAGCCCUUCACACCCCCUCCUCUCUCCCCUCAACCCCACUGCCACCCGCCUCAUCUUGCUGCUGGUGUGUGCCACAGAGUCUUGCUCUCAUGUCAUGUCUACUGGGUAAUAAGACCCUAAACACUGCCUCCAGCAUAGCCCUGCUGCACUCUGGAUAACCCUGCAGAGCACCUGCACUAACCCCCUGUGGCAUCCUAGUCAAAGUGAUUCGAGCCAGGUAGCCUAUGUGAUCCUCCUGUUCCCAGUGACAGAGGAAUGGAUGAAUUGGCACUCGGAUUAGGGUUAGUGUGAUUACCUCAAAGCAGGCAGGAGAUGAUCAAAACAGCCGAGUGUCACCCAAAAGUGAUAUCAGAGAGGGGGGGGGGGGGGUACACUCAAUGUGUGUGUGUACAGUACCAGUCAAAAGUUUGGACACACCUACUCAUUCAAGGGUUUUUCUUUAUGUUUACUAUUUUCUAUAUUUGUAGAAUAAUAGUGAAGACAUCAAAACUAUGAAAUAACACAUAUGGAAUCAUGUAGUAACCAAUACAGUGUUAAUCAAAUUAAAAUAUAUUUUAUAUUUGAGAUUCUUCAAAGUAGCCACCCUUUGCCUUGAUGACAGCUUUGCGCACUCUUGGCAUUCUCUCAACCAGCUUCAUGUUGUCUGGACCUAUGGCAGUCUAUGGGGGUGCCACAGGGUUCAAUUCUCGGGCCGACUCUUUUCUCUGUGUAUAUCAAUGAUGUCGCUCUUGCUGCUGGUGACUCUCAGAUCCACCUCUGCGCAGACGACACCAUUUUGUAUACAUCUGGCCCUUCAUUGGACACUGUGUUAACAAACCUCCAAAUGAGCUUCAAUGCCAUACAACACUCUUUCCGUAGCCUCCAACUGCUCUUAAACACUAGUAAAACUAAAUGCAUCCUCUUCAAUCGAACGCUGCUGGCACCCGCCCACCCGACUAGAAUCACUACUCUCGGCGGGUCUGACCUAGAGUAUGUGGACAACUACAAAUACCUAGGUAUCUGGUUAGACUGUAAACUCUCCUUCCAGACUCACAUUAAGCAUCUCCAAUCCAAAGUUAAAUCUAGAAUCGGCUUCCUAUUUCGCAACAAAGCCUCCUUCACUCAUGCUGCCAAACAUGCCCUCGUAAAACUGUCUAUCCUACCGAUCCUUGACUUUGGCGAUGUCAUUUACAAAAUAGCCUCCAACACUCUACUCAGCAAAUCGGAUGUAGUCUAUCACAGUGCCAUCUGUUUUGUCACCAAAGCCCCAUAUACUACCCACCACUGUGACCUGUACGCUCUUGUUGGCUGGCCCUCACUACAUAUUCGUCGCCAAACCCACUGGCUCCAGGUAAUCUAUAAAUCACUGCUAGGCAAAUCCCCGCCUUAUCUUAGCUCAUUGGUCACCAUAGCAACACCCACCCGUAGUAUGCGCUCCAGCAGGUAUAUCUCACUGGUCAUCCCCAAAGCCAACACCUCCUUUGGCUGCCAUUCCUUCCAGUUCUCUGCUACCAAUAACUGGAACGAACUGCAAAAAUCUCUGAAGCUGGAGACUCUUAUCUCCCUCACUAACUUUAAGCAUCAGUUGUCAGAGCACCUUACCGAUCACUGCACCUGUACACAGCCCAUCUGAAAUUAGCCCACCCAACUACCUCAUCCCCAUAUUGUAUUUAUUUUGCUAAUUUGCACCCCAGUAUCUCUAUUUGCACAUAAUCUCUUGCACAUCUAUCAUUCCAGUGUUAAUACUAAAUUGUAAUUAUUUUGCACUAUGGCCUAUUUAUUGCCUUACCUCCAUAACUUGCUACAUUUGCACACUGUAUAUAUAUUUUCUAUUGUGUUAUUGACUGUAUGUUUUGUUUACCCCAUAUGUAACACUUGUGUUGUUGUUUUUAUCGCACUGCUUUGCUUUAUCUUGGCCAGGUCGCAGUUGUAAAUGAGAACUUGUUCUCAGCUGGUUUACCUGGUUAAAUAAAGGUGAAAUAAAUGAGGUAGUCACCAGGAAUGCAGGUGUGCCUUGUUAAUAGUUAAUUUGUGGAAUUUCUUUCCUUCUUAAUGCAUUUGAGCCAAUCAGUUGUGUUGUGACAAGGUAGGGGGGGGGGGGAUAUAGCCCUAUUUGGUAAAAGACCAAGUCCAUAUUAUGGCAAGAACAGCUCAAAUAAGCAAAAAUAAACAACAUGAAGCUCAGUCAAUAUGGAACAUUUCAAGAACUUUGAAAGUUUCUUCAAGUGCAGAUGAAACUGGCUCUCAUGAGGACCGCCACAGGAAAGGAAGACCCAGAGUUACCUCUGCUGCAGAGAAUAAGUUCAUUAGAGUUACCAGCCUCAGAAAUUUCAGCCCAAAUAAAUGCUUCAGAGUUCAAGUAACAGACACAUCUCAACAUCAACUGUUCAGAGGAGACUGCGUGAAUCAGGCCUUCAUGGUCGAAUUGCUGCAAAGAAACCACUACUAAAGGACACCAAUUAGAAGAAGACACUUGUAUGGGCCAAGAAACAUGAGCAAUGGACAUUAGACUGGUGAAAAUCUGUCCUUUGGUCUGAUGAGUCCAAAUUUGAGAUUUUUGGUUCCAACUGCCGUGAGAUGCACAGUAGGUGAACGGAUGAUCUCCGCAUGUGUGGUUCCCACCGUGAAGCAUGGCGGAGGAGGUGUUAUGGUGUGGGGAUGCUUUGCUGGUGACACUGUCAGUGAUUUAUUUAGAUUUCAAGGCACACUUAACCAGCAUGGCUACCACAGCGUUCUGCAGCGAUACGCCAUCCCAUCUGGUUUGCGCUUAGUGGGACUAUCAUUUGUUUUUCAACAGGACAAGGAUAAAUAAAGAUAAACCGUGGAAUGAGUAGGUGUGUACACUUAUGUAUGUAUGUAUGUAUGUAUGUAUAAUAUAUAUAUAUAUAAUAUAUGUGUGUGUAUAUGUGUAUAUAUGUGUGUGUGUGUCUGUAUUAGCUAUUAUAGAAACCAUUUCAUUAACAUCCAAUGCAGCAAGGUUUGUGUAGUGCUGUCAUAUAGAAAUAUACCCUAUUGAGAUACUUGGUCUAGUCUUGAAAAGGAGAAGCUAGGAAGGCUGAACACAUUUGCCACGGUACUUACAAAAGUAUGCAGGGAUUCACGUUCACACCAAGCUGCUGCCAACUGUCAUAUAUUAUAUAUUGCCCUAAUUUGAUCAGUUUGUUGUACUUGACCGUUAUAUUUGUUUGCUUAAUUGAUGGAUGGUGCUCACCCCCGUAACGAUAUUACUACCCUCUCCUCGCUGUGCCCUUGCCAUAAAGACGAGGCUUCGCUCUCAAAGUCUUCAGCUCAGAUGCCCAACCGUGACGAUCAAUGAAUGUCUCUGUCGCCCAUCACUCUGGCCAUCUGCCUCCCACUGUAAGACCCACACACAUAAUUUCCCAUGGAAAAUCAGCUCCACAGUAUGGAUAUUAGUUGAGGUUAUUUUCUUACUGCUCAGGUACAGCAAGGAGCGGUUAGUGUUGAGCCAGUAACCGAAAGGUCGCUAGUUCGAAUCCCCGAGCCGACAAUGUGAAAAAUCUGUCAAUGCGCACAUGAGCAAGGCACUUAACCCUAAUUUCUUCAGGGUCGCCGUUGAUAAUGGCAGACCCUGGCUGUGACCCCAGUCUCUGAUGGUGUCUCGAACUUUUCACAACCUUGCGGCAGGUAGCCUAGCAGUUAAUGUUGCAUAUGCCGUUAUCAACGGGAUAUGUAAAAAAAGACAUUUCCAAUUCAUGCGUAUUAAUACACACUUGUACAUGUGUGGGAUAAAACAAAUACUGUAUAAGCACCCACUAAAUUCUUGUUAUUAUUAUUACCUCCAGUGGGUUAUUUUAGCGUUAUCCAGCAGUUUCUGCUGUUAUUUCUCAGCUGGCCUUCAUGUCGACGUUUAACACGGCACAGGCAGCAGCAGCAUAAUGUUAUUUUCAUGUUUUUUUUUGUCUUCGGAAUUGGCCUACCAGACUGUCAGCAUGCCCAUCGCCCCUGUCAAGAUGCUCCCUAGGCUUUGGAAGAUUGUGGGAGUCUAAGCUGCGGUAAAGGCCAAACCCGGUGUCAGAUUACUUUGGUGCCGCUGACGACACGCUUGGUUAAUCGCCGGUAGUAACGAUGGCAGAGGGAGAUGCAUCUAAACGACUUCUGGAUAAUUGAAUCCAGGAGCUGAUGUCUAAAUAUUCCAGAGGGCGAAUCAGAGCUCAGAAUCAGAGGGAGAGAAUGGGCUGCUUCUCAGAUUACUUCCACCACAGUAAUUAGCUUUUCAAAUCUGUUAAAAACCUGACCAAUUGGUUUCCUCUUUAGGAGGUUGAAAGCCCUGCAGUCUUGUUUUCCUGUGCCACCAUCACACCCAUCACCAUCACCACCACCACUAUCACACCCACCACCACCAUUACCACCCCAUCACACCCAUCACCACCCCAUCACUAUCACACCUCCCUCUCUUAGCCACAUGUAAAUAGCAGUAGUGACGUUUAGCGUGUUGGGGGACAGUAGUGGCGUUUAGCGUGUUGGGGGACAGUAGUGGCGUUUAGCGUGUUGGGGGACAGUAGUGGUGUUUAGCGUGUUGGGGACAGUAGUGGUGUUUAGCGUGUUGGGGGACAGUAGUGGUGUUUAGCGUGUUGGGGGACAGUAGUGGUGUUUAGCGUGUUGGGGGACAGUAGUGGUGUUUAGCGUGUUGGGGGACAGUAGUGGUGUUUAGCGUGUUGGGGGACAGUAGUGGUGUUUAGCGUGUUGGGGGACAGUAGUGGUGUUUAGCGUGUUGGGGGACAGUAGUGGUGUUUAGCGUGUUGGGGGACAGUAGUGGUGUUUAGCGUGUUGGGGGACAGUAGUGGUGUUUAGCGUGUUGGGGGACAGUAGUGGUGUUUAGCGUGUUGGGGGACAGUAGUGGUGUUUAGCGUGUUGGGGGACAGUAGUGGUGUUUAGCGUGUUGGGGGACAGUAGUGGUGUUUAGCGUGUUGGGGACAGUAGUGACGUUUAGCGUGUUGGGGGACAGUAGUGGUGUUUAGCGUGUUGGGGGACAGUAGUGGUGUUUAGCGUGUUGGGGGACAGUAGUGGUGUUUAGCGUGUUGGGGGACAGUAGUGGUGUUUAGCGUGUUGGGGGACAGGCAGCUCAUUUAGAUCUAUAGCAGAUAUGCUUUUACUGGAGAAGAGGGGUUGGCAGUUGUGAUGGAAGUCAAGGUGACACUGUUUGUUGUGUGGCAGAGGUGGCUGUGUGAGUGAUUGACAGAGGUGUCUGCUGGACAUUAUGGGUCUAAUUAAUCCUGAUUGGCUCCCCGGGCCACUGCUGCAUCUAUUUGAAGGGCUUCUUGGAAAAAUUGACAUCCAAGCAAUGACCAGUCUCCUUAUAGACACACUUACCACUCGAAAGAUAAUUUUCCUGGAAAUAAAUGCAUUUGCUAGUAUGUCUGUCUACUAUUAAUCAUAACUCAAUGCCAGUGCUACUGUAGGCUAAACCCUUACUGCACUAACCACUUGUACAGUAUUAACAUAAAAAAUAAGCUACACGUGUUAGCACAUUACACUGCAUUGUUCAGUUUGUCUUUGAGGUUAAAAAGAAGCGUCUGGGAUCCAGUAAUUAGCAUCCUCAUUUACGCUUUAGUUUAUUUGUCUGUCUGUUGUGAGGACCCUUGUCCUCGGGCGGUCGAGAUAAAGCACGCGAGGGUUCGGUGUUUUCAUUGAAGUUGCAACUUGGGAGCUCAGGGAAGUUCAAGCCGUUGCGUGGGCGCAGUUAGCUGCCAUCGUUGUUAUAGCUUCAUUGUUUUGUAAUGUUUUGUUUCAGCUCUGCGGCUGCUUUGAGGCACAAAGUUUAAAAGAGAUAGUCAGCCGGCUUCUCUCUCUCUCCCCUGUCCUCCUGAAUCUUCCAGAAAACCAUGCAAUUCCAGGAAAGGAGGGGUAGAGAAGAGGGGGGGAAAAGGGAGAGCGAAAGAAAGAGAAUGCACUGCGCCCCCACAAAGCUUGCGGCGUCUCUCCCUGAAUGGACCCGUCCUUGCCGGGAACAAAGUGACUGUAUUAGCAGCUUGAGCAGAGCAGCCCCCAGACUGAUACAUAAUCUGCUUCACAGCAGGGACACUGUCCUCUUCUCUUUUUUACAUUUAUUUUUGUUGGUCUUUCAGCCUUGUACAGUAUUUCGGCCUUGGAUUCAGAUUUUUAACAGAUAUAUUUUAGUCAGGCUAUCUUUUAUCUUAUUGUCAACUGCGAUCUCGUACAGCUUCAGACACCAUACAAGUUGAUGUCUCGAAGGAUAACACGCUUCUGCAGUUUCUCUCUCAGUAUGAGACUCAGAAUUGCAAUUUUGUUCAGCUCGCGCUCCUGUCAUCUCACCAGCUCCAGACUGCAGUGCCAGGUUUGAGACCUCCCUCUCACUCAUCCAGCCUUCACUCUUUCCACUGAGGAAAAAUUGGGGGCAUCUUGUUCUGGAGACAGAUGGUCCAUAAUGCACACCAGGCGUUGUGGUCUGCAGGGCAUCGUGUGCCACGUCCGCCCAGCUCGGCCAGGAACACGAGGCACCGGUCGGCCUGGUGGACGCUUGAUCACGGGCUGCCCAGUUCUCCGCCAUCAAUAAACACCUUUUCUUCCUUCUAGCGCAUAAUCGUUCGCACCUCCCCCUAUCAGCCGUGGUAUGACAAAUGAGUACAAAACACCAUCUGGCGGUUUCCAUCCAUGUGUGCCUCUCCAAUUAAUGAUGUUUACUCUCCUUACUUGCAAAUAAGACUGCAGUAUUGUCUUUUAGAGAGAAGAAACAUAAUUAUCUUCCUUGCAUGGGAUUUAGCCCGCAAGGAAAUGGCUGGCAUUCAUGCGGAACGCGCGGUAUGCAUUGUCUAGUGGUUUAGUCUAGUGUUGUGGUUUUGUCUGUUAGGAACUAUAAUGAUUUGAAAAGGUAGAUGCCCAGUAACGUACCCACCAAAACAACCGGUCUGCACCUGCAUAUCAUUCCAGUUUUAGUAAGACGUGUCACUCCGACUCAGGCUCAAACAACUGCCUCGGGACCUGGAGAAAGGGAUCAUGGGGAAACGGGAGCGUCCUAGGCCCCGAGCCUCUAACCCCCCCCCCCCCCCCCCCCCCCACACACACACACUCAGUACUGGCUGAUGACGCGAUAUUCGCUUGACCAAUGAAAGCAGCCGGAUGAAUUUCCUCUGUCUGUGCGCAUAGAAACUACAUAAACAUCUUGUAUCUAGGGACACACUAGCUGGCUCAAACGAGGCUUAAAACUCUAUCGCAGAGUAGAUUUUCAAAUCCACCUGGCAUACUUUCCACCCGGCUCUUAAUACCAUAAUCAAGCUAAUUAAGUGUUUGGAUUGGGAGGUUAGACACAGAAACCAGUUAAACCUGAUGGGUUACAGACCUCCAAUUCCACCCCCCUCUUCCCUUCCACCUGCUUUAUUUCUGCAUGGAUGUUAAUACUGCUAAUUGCUUGCUUUUACUUUGCUGACCUCUGCUUUAGAACUCAAAGGCUCUGCUUUAGAACACUAAGGCUAUGUCUCUUUGUGUCUGACUGCGGCAGCUUCAAACGUGGCUGACUGACAGGGCUACCCUGGGGAAGGGCUACCCUGGGGAAGGGCCUGCCCUCUGCCCUCUCCCUCUGGACCCUAUUAUCAUCCUGCUAGUUCUAGUGGUUUAUCUGUCCGCUCACCCUUGUGCCCUGCUCAUAGACCUGGUUAGCCACUCAAACACUCACCGCACCACACUUGGUAUCUUGAGAUUAAGCGCAUUCCAAUAAGUGGCCAUUUGAAGUAUGAAACGUCCUCAUUAAUGAACUCUAACUGAUAGGGUAAUAUGAAUGGAUUGCAUCCCAUUUUACUUGAGGAAACCACUUGCGCCUUUCGACAAAUCUGCCAAUAUCGAUGACUGCGGAUAAGAUAGUUGCUCAAGUACCGUGCAAAAGUAACCGUGAACAGUGGUCAAUCACAUCAGGUGAGACCGUUGUUCCCAUGUUAAUCCCUCUCUUGCUUCCUCAGUGGGAUCUGCCAGUUCUCCCAAGCAGCAGAUUAGAGAUAAGUGGGGGAAAAAAGUAUUUAGUCAGCCACCAAUUGUGCAAGUUCUCCCACUUAAAAAGAUGAGAGAGGCCUGUAAUUUUCAUCAUAGGUACACGUCAACUAUGACAGACAAAUUGAGGGAAAAAAAUCCAGAAAAUCACAUUGUAGGAUUUUUAAUGAAUUUAUUUGCAAAUUAUGGUGGAAAAUAAGUAUUUGGUCACCUACAAACAAGCAAGAUUUCUGGCUCUCACAGACCUGUAACUUCUUCUUUAAGAGGCUCCUCUGUCCUCCACUCGUUACCUGUAUUAAUGGCACCUGUUUGAACUUGUUAUCAGUAUAAAAGACACCUGUCCACAACCUCAAACAGUCAUACUCCAAACUCCACUAUGGCCAAGACCAAAGAGCUGUCAAAGGACACCAGAAACAAAAUUGUAGACCUGCACCAGGCUGGGAAGACUGAAUCUGCAAUAGGUAAGCAGCUUGGUUUGAAGAAAUCAACUGGGAGCAAUUAUUAGGAAAUGGAAGACGUACAAGACCACUGAUAAUCUCCCUCGAUCUGGGGCUCUACGCAAGAUCUCACCCCGUGGGGUCAAAAUGAUCACAAGAACAGUGAGCAAAAAUCCCAGAACCACACGGGGGGACCUAGUGAAUGACCUGCAGAGAGCUGGGACCAAAUUAACAAAGCCUACCAUCAGUAACACCAGGGACUCAAAUCCUGCAGUGCCAGACGUAUCCCCCUGCUUAAGCCAGUACAUGUCCAGGCCCGUCUGAAGUUUGCUAGAGUGCAUUUGGAUGAUCCAGAAGAGGAUUGGGAGAAUGUCAUAUGGUCAGAUGAAACCAAAAUAUAACUUUUUGGUAAAAACUCAACUCGUCGUGUUUGGAGGACAAAGAAUGCUGAGUUGCAUCCAAAGAACACCAUACCUACUGUGAAGCAUGGGGGUGGAAACAUCAUGCUUUGGGGCUGUUUUUCUGCAAAGGGACCAGGACGACUGAUCCGUGUAAAGGAAAGAAUGAAUGGGGCCAUGUAUCGUGAGAUUUUGAGUGAAAACCUCCUUCCAUCAGCAAGGGCAUUGAAGAUGAAACGUGGCUGGGUCUUUCAGCAUGACAAUGAUCCCAAACACACCGCCCGGGCAACGAAGGAGUGGCUUCGUAAGAAGCAUUUCAAGGUCCUGGAGUGGCCUAGCCAGUCUCCAGAUCUCAACCCCAUAGAAAAUCUUUGGAGGGAGUUGAAAGUCUGUGUUGCCCAGCGACAGCCCCAAAACAUCACUGCUCUAGAGGAGAUCUGCAUGGAGGAAUGGGCCAAAAUACCAGCAACAGUGUGUGAAAACCUUGUGAAGACUUACAGAAAAUGUUUGACCUGUGUCAUUGCCAACAAAGGGUAUAUAACAAAGUAUUGAGAAACUUUUGUUAUUGACCAAAUACUUAUUUUCCACCAUAAUUUGCAAAUAAAUUCAUAAAAAAUCCUACAAUGUGAUUUUCUGGAUUUUUUUCUCCUCAAUUUGUCUGUCAUAGUUGACGUGUACCUAUGAUGAAAAUUACAGGCCUCUCAUCUUUUUAAGUGGGAGAACUUGCACAAUUGGUGGCUGACUAACUACUUUUUUCCCCCACUGUAUCUGGAACCCCCACCUCUCUCACCACAGCCCUAAAGCAAACUAAAUAACAAUAAAAAUGUAUUUUCUCUACACUAGAUGCUAAACCAUUGCGUGCUUGCAGGGACUACAAACGCGUGAUUGACGUCGGCUCAAGACCCCUGCCUGGCGUCUCUUCACUCCAGCAGACCGAGAUGGAGGCAGAGCAGAGACAGUGGAAAAUGCAUUCCCAGAUUUGCCAGGAUUUCUGUCCACACAUUUUGUCUUGUCCCUCCGCUUCCAUGCUCUGGGAUUGGUAGAUGGCAGGGAAGAGUGAGAAACUGGUGUGAGUCGAUAAUUAUCUUUGCUUAGCGUGAAUGUGCAGCGUUUAUCACUACAGAAAUGGGCACGCAACCAGCGAACUCCCUUCUGUAGGCAUAAACCAAGUUUGCAUAUGUUCCUUUCCUGUUUUUUUUCCAGAAUUUGGAUUGUCUCGCUGAGCAUGGAUCAUAAAGAGAAAUAUAUAUUCCAGUUUAUCACAUUCGCUCGGGUGCCAGGAUAACAUUGUCGAUGCAUAAUUUAUAACAUCAGACAUCUCCUUUGUUGUAUGUUUGCUUUGGUUUGCUAGCACUUAACAUGACUGCUCGCUCAAUGUUCCCUCGCUCUCGGUGGGGUUUGGAAAGCCUGCCUUUCACCACUGUAUCCUCCAUUAAAGUACCUUGUCUCUGUGGCCCAGAGGCCUUCAGCUUUCAGUUAAAUCUUUGAUACCACACCCAAGAGGCCGCAGAUGUCUUGUAUAACUAACUGGUGGUUACCAAAGCUGGAACCCUUUUUUUGUCGGUUAGGGUUAAAACCUUUUUCUACCAUGGAUAGUGUAACGCAACGAUAUGCAACAGGCAUGUUUGCUUCUGUGCAAGGAACAUGUUGUUGACCCUGACAUUUGCAUGUCGUGCCUGCGCUGGGCCCAUAUGUGCAUCCGUCCUGAUUAGCUCUCUCACAUGGGGCACACAGGUGGCAGUGACCCUGAGAAGAGGCCUUCCUGUGGGGCAACAGGCUGGUAUCCCCCUCCCUGUGUGGAGGGCCUGUCACUCAGUCGUUAAUCUGCCAGCCCUGGCCUCUCACACUGUGAAGGACCCUGGAGAAGGUUCUGGAACCUGGAGCUAACAGCCAAAUCCUUCUUCUUGAGGUAUCCGGAGCGAGCUAGUUCUAGCCAGCAGCUGAAAAACUUGUAUUUUCUUCUCAAGAUAAAGCAGUGUGUUAUAUAGCUUAUUUUAUUUUAUUCGAAUUUGAAAAUGCAGUGUGUUAUUGUUUGGCGCGAUACAGAAUUACUAUUUUCUCAUCUUUGAUGAAAUGGGAUCUAAUGUGCCAGUUAUGAACAAAGUUUAGAAAAGCUCCAGUAAUAUAAACAUAGCAUCUAGUGACUCAGUGACUGGAGCUUUUCUGAACUACAGACGGACGCUGUUGGAGGAGACGCUGGUAUUUACAUGAAUGAGCCGGGAGUCACAGACACUUUUGCAAUGGAAGAGCCAUAACAGCCUUCAUUUCCUCCCUCCCCGCUGUCCCCGUAUCAUUGGGAAUCUGGUCACGAACUAGGCGAGAGAGAGAGAGAGGGAGGGAGAAAAAUGCAACGUCGGGGAAAGAUUCAUAUCGCAAUAAUAACGUGGCGGUGUGGCAUCAUUCAUGUGAGAGCUCCACCAACCUGCUGAAACUGACGGAUGGGCAGUGCAGUGAAAAGGCAUCGUGGCACAGUCAAUUAGACAAGGCCAUCCCACCGCUGUGCCAACUGGAAGGCUCCGUUCCCCCAGUCAGGCUCAGUCCCUAGUCUGGUGGAAAGUCACCUCCAAUGCGACUUUCAAAAGUUUGCACACCCACACAAACACCCGCCUGAUUUGUCAACCAGUCACCGACUGUAGCCUUUGCAUUUAGGUCUAGUGAGAAGAACCCCCCCCUGACUUUAACCGUAAAGCCUUUAUAACCAACCUGAUUACACCCCACAUCCUUUGGGGGGGGGAUUGUCUUUCCCCCCUGUCGCUCUCUCUUUGAAGGUAACCCUAACCCCUAAUCCUUUCAGCUGGAGAGACGCUAACCCUAACCCUAAUCCUUUUAGUUGGAGAGAGAGGAGAUGCUGCAGUGUGGAGCUGUUGUUUGUGCUGCUGCUGCCGGCUACAGUAUGCACCCCUCCCCAGGACCCUGAGGGGUAAUUAUCCAUCCACAUGGCUCUGGCCCGGGAACUGCUAGGGCUCGGCUCAGGCAACUGGUGAUGCCCUCGGACCCGGCUCAACAGAGAGGGGGAGAUCGAACUCCUUUCAUCUCUCGCUCGCUCCCUUUUUCUGUCUCUGUGUCUGUGUGUGUUUUAAGCAGGGAAAAAUGGGAUUGUGUACAGCUCAGCAUUUGGAGGCCCCCUCAAAUGUGAUGCUUUACUUUGCCUUCAGUCUCUCUCUCCCCUUCUCUCUUUCACAUCAAUGCCUGGCAACGCAUCCUGUUGCGCUGCUCAUUGAAAUUGGUAUUGUGCGUAGGACAUUGAGCAGGCGCCGUAAUAAACCAAGCCUUCCACUUCCCAUUGUCUCAUCAGCUUGUUUUACACCCUUUCAUUUGUCUGAGUGCACCUUAGCAUUUUACUAUGUCCCCAAUGUUGGCAUUAGCAUCAGCCAGCCACUGAGUCAGUGGCCGAUCCUCGUAAUGCUCAUCACAUUGACCCACGACCUUCCCCGUGUCCUUGACUACUGAGGGAUCACUGCCUCAGCGGUUCGUCCCUGGGUCAGUCCAAUGAUGGGGGUACUUUGCCUGGCAACCAGCCCCGCUUCUGUACCAUAGCCUACCAGCUGAUCCCCCUCAGCUCAUGGUCCAGGCUCAGCCCGACAGUUGCUGAUGUCUUUUCCAACCUCGUCAUGUGAUGUGACCACAUUGUACCCCUAUCCACCAUCAAAAUGCCCCCACGCCCCCUUUCUAGAGUCAUUUGCCCAAUCUCCCCCAGUCCAGAGGGCAGCAGCCUGCCAUGGGGGUGGGGCUGAGGGUUAGGGGAGGGCUCUCAUCAGCUUUGACUCAGAAUCUCGGAAUCUGAUGCAAAUCCGGCAGUAUUUAAACCUCCGCAAAUCAUCCAUGGCCAAAUCCCUUCAAGAUAUUCCCGGCUCAAUUGGACUACAUUAAAGGAUCACAGGAACAGAACAAUACAUCUGGCAAAGGAGAGGAGGAUGGGAGGGAAAGGGGGGAGAGAGGAGCAGGGGGAAGAGCGAGAGAGAGAAUCAUGCUCCGUCUCAAGCGGGUUUACAGCAUGUUUUGCCAUUGGAAAACAUGGAUCGCUUUAAUGUUCACUCUGUUUUUGUUUCAGAAUUUUUCCUCUGACUAAGUCCUGUUGUUAGCUGGUAAUAUCUUCUUUGUCGAGGCUGGCACAGGCAAAUACACAUUCAUAAUGUAUACAUUCAAAUUCUCGUAUUAAAUCAGUAUAUUUUCGUAGUUUAUUUAUAUUGUACGCCUCCCGUUACAUAACACUCAUAGUUUCCGAGACUAUAUACCAGGAUGUAGCCAAACUUUCCAGUUUCCUAUCCAGUGUGUACUUUAAUGCUUCUCACAUUGGGAGUGUUAGUGUCAGAGACCAUGCGAGAACUGCUCUCUGGAGUGUGUAGGGAGGAGAGUAAGGGGGGAAAAACAUAUCUUCUCUCCGCAAAUUCUUCCUCGGUAACGAGCCACUGUGUAUGUCAGGCAGCCCUGAGUGCGACAGGAUAUUGAUGGUGCUGCUGCUGAGAACCAAGGUUGCCCACUCCGGCCCAAUAAAAGCUCCUAAUAAGCCCCAUACAUCCAGCCUGCACAGUGACAGGGCCUGCCAUAUUGUCGCACAGCUAUGCUAAUGCUAAUUCCCCACACAACUUUCCCUCCAAAAAGUGACUGUACUCUGGAGUCUGGAUUGGCAGCGGAGGGGCGGAACACCUCUGGUUUGAGUUUCUAAUCUGACUAACUGGUUAGGGUCGAUUCUAAUGACUGCAAGGGGAUUUUGCCUUGCUAAUGAGGUUAGCGCUAGGCUAACUUACUGACGUGUCUUUUAAAAGUGAAGGAGCUGAAGCAGCUUUCUGUGAGUGAAGGGAGGGUUUUGUUUAGAUGGGCAGCCUAGUGUAGCGCAGUGUUGCAGACGAUUGCGUCUUAAGUCUACUGGGAGAUGAACGGUGAGGGGAGGAAAAUUGCCUUUGAAAUGUGUGGCACGAUUUGAAGUGGGGACUAAACUGUACUUUCUCUCUCCGCUUUUCUCUUAAAUGCUACUUUUAUCACAGGAGUUUUUCAUGUUUCUUGUCUGUGUGUUGUAAGUAGUUGGUUGAUUGGAAGUGGAAACUUUAAUAGGCCUUUCUUCUCUGCUUUGUAUUCUUCAGCUUGGUUUUUAAGCCCUAGGGGUUGAACGUGCUUUGUAUUAUUCCACUUGAUUUGGUUACUUUUUGGUGUUUUCAACAUUCAACAAAUGUCCCUCUUGCUCUGUCUGUCUGUCUGUCUGUCGCGCUCUCUGUCUGUCUGUCUGUCGCGCUCUCUCUGUCUGUCUGUGUCGCGCUCUCCUGUCUGCCUGUCGCUCUCCUGUCUGCCUGUCGCUCUCGCCUGUCUGCCUGUCGCGCUCUCCUGUCUGCCUGUCGCGCUCUCCUGUCUGCCUGUCGCGCUCUCCUGUCUGCCUGUCGCGCUCUCCUGUCUGCCUGUCGCGCUCUCCUGUCUGCCUGUCGCGCUCUCCUGUCUGCCUGUCGCUCUCUCCUGUCUGUCUGCCUGUCGCUCUCUCCUGUCUGCCUGUCGCUCUCUCCUGUCUGCCUGUCGCUCUCUCCUGUCUGCCUGUCGCGCUCUCCUGUCUGCCUGUCGCGCUCUCCUGUCUGCCUGUCGCGCUCUCCUGUCUGCCUGUCGCUCUCUCCUGUCUGCCUGUCGCGCUCUCCUGUCUGCCUGUCGCGCUCUCCUGUCUGCCUGUCGCGCUCUCCUGUCUGCCUGUCGCGCUCUCCUGUCUGCCUGUCGCGCUCUCUGUCUGUCGCGCUCUCUGUCUGUCGCGCUCUCUGUCUGUCGCUCUCUCUGUCUGUCGCUCUCUCUGUCUGUCGCUCUCUCUGUCUGUCGCUCUCUCUGUCUGUCUGUCGCUCUCUCUGUCUGUCGCUCUCUCUGUCUGUCGCUCUCUCUGUCUGUCGCUCUCUCUGUCUGUCGCUCUCUCUGUCUGUCGCUCUCUCUGUCUGUCGCUCUCUCUGUCUGUCGCUCUCUGUGUCUGUGUCUCUCUGUGUCUCUCUGUGUCUCUCUGUGUCGCUGUCUCUGUCUCUCUGUCUCUCUGUCUCUGUGUGUGUCUGUUGGUCUGUCUCUCUCUCUGUCGGUCUGUCAGUUCAAUUCAAUUUGCUUUAUUGGCAUGACAUAACAAUGUACAUAUUGCCAAAGCUUACUUUGGAUAUUUACAAUUAAAAUAAUAAUACUCAAUAUUGUAAAUGGGACAACAGCAACAACAAUAACCAAGGGUCAAAAUAUCCAUUGAACAAUAAAAAAAUAUAGAGGACAUGUGCAGGUUGGUUGGUCUGUCAGACACUGUCCCUCAUCUUAUGGCAGGCAGCAAUGUAGUGUGCUGCCAACCACAGCUCUCUGCAUCCUCCCCCAACAGGACAGGGAGCCUAUUCUCAUCAGAGAGCUCUUUGAAAUCUUGAAAUACGGUUUCACAUUUUGGGAAAUGACACUAAUUGUUUUAUAUUUUUGACCUUUUGUCAGGAAAUGCUGUGGUGCAGUGGUUGCACAGACUUUCCUCUACAGGGAGCCAGGUUUUCCUGUGUCUAUCCUUCUCAAUGGCAAGGCUGUGCUCACUGAGCCUGUACUUUGUCAAGGUUUUUCUAAGGUUUUGAUCAGUAACCAUGGUCGAAUAGUUAGCCACGGUGUACUGUUGAUUUAGGGCCAGAUAGCACUUCAUUUUACUUUGUGCUUGUGUUUCCCAAUAAGCAAUGUAGUUUUGUGUUGUAAUUUGGUUUAUUCUGAUUUGAUUGGAUGUUCUGGUCCUGAGGCUUCAGUGUGUUAGUAGACCAGGUUUGUGAACUCAGCCCCAGGACCAGCUGGAUGAGGGGACUAUUUUCUUUGCUCAGCUCUUGGCAUUGCAGGGCUUGGUAAUGAUAUGAGAGCAGGUCACUGCUAUUUUUUGAAUUUUUAUUAUUAGUGGAUAUUGGCCUAAUUCUGCCCUGCAUGCAUUGUUUCUAGUUUUCCUCUGGACGUGUAGGAGAAUUUUACAGAACUCUGCAUGCAGGGUUUCAAGUGGACCCCACACCUCACUGCCAUAAAGUGCAAUUGGUUCAAUGACACAUUCAAUUAGUUUUAGCCAAAUUUUAAUAGGUAUUUCAUUUUGAAUUUGUUUUUUAAUGGCGUAGAAUGCCCUGCGUGCUUUCUCUCUCAGUUCAUUCACUGCAUCAUUAAGGUGUCCAGUUGAGCUAAUUUUUAAACCUAAGUAAUUGUAGUGUGUGGAGUACUCUAUAUAUUUUGGACCAAUUGAGAACUUUGGUCUAAUUCCCUGAGAUCUGGAUCUUCUCUGGAAAAUCAUUAUUUUAGUAUUUUUGGGGUUGCUCUAGCAGGUCCAGGCUCUGCUGUAGGCCAUGUGCUGUGGGUGACAGCUGGCAUAGGUCAUCUGUGAAGAGCAGGCAUUUAACCUCUGAAUUGUGGAGACUUAACACCUGGGGCUGAGGAUUUUUCUAGAAUAGUGGCCAAUUCGUUUAUGUAAAUAUUGAAGAGUGCAGGGCUCAGAAAGUAACCCUAGCGAAGGCCCCACCCCUGGUUAAAGAAUUAUGUUAUUUUCUUGCCAAUUUUGAUGCUGCACGUAUUGCCAGUUGAUUUAAUUAUGAGAUAUAUUUUACCCCCUACACCACUUUCAAUAACUUUGUAGAACAGUCCUGUAUGCCAAAUAGAAUCAAAUGCGUUUUGGAAGUCGAUAAAGCAAGCGUACAUUUUGGUGUUAUUUUGGUCGACAUGUUUAUCUAUCAGGGUGUAAAUAUGAUCGGUCUUGCAAUGUUUUGGUAUAAAUCCAAUUUGGCUUUUACUCAAGACAUUGUGCUUAUUAAGGAAGAACUCUUACAUUUAUAAUACUACAGAAAACCUUCCCCAGGUUACUGUUCACGCAAAUGCCUCUGUAAUUGUUAGGGUCAGAUUUGUCUCCGUUCUUAAAGAUUGGGGUUAUGAGUCCUUGAUUCCAGAUGUCAGGGAAAUAACCUACACUCAGGAUCAAAUUAAACAGUUUUAAUAUAGCCAAUUGACAUUGUUAACAUUGCCAAAGCAAGUGAAGUAGAUGGUAAACAAAAGUGAAAUAAACAAUAAAUAUUAACAGUAAACAUUACACUCAGAAGUUCCAAAAGAAUAAAGACAUUUCAAAUGUCAUGUGUAUAUAUACAGUGUUGUAACAAGGUGCAAAUAGUUAAAGUACAAAUGGGAAAAUAAAUAUAUAGGUUGUAUUUACAAUGGUGUUUGUUCUUCACUGGUUGCCCUUUUCUUGUGGCAACAGGUCACAAAUAUUGCUGCUGUGAUGGCACACUGUGGUUUUUCACCCAGUAGAUAAGGGAGUUUAUCAAAAUUGGGUUUGUUUUCGGAUUCUUUGUGGAUCGCUGUAAUCUGAGGGAAAUAUGUGUCUCUAAUAUGGUCAUACAUUUGGCAGGAGGUUAGGAAGUGCAGCUCCGUUUCCACCUCAUUUAGUGGGCAGUGUGCACAUAGCCUGUCUUCUCUUGAGAGCCAGGUCUGCCUACAGCGGCCUUUCUCAAUAGCAAGGCUAUGCUCACUGCGUCUGUACAUAGUCAAAGCUUUCCUUAAGUUUGGGUCAGUCACAGUGGUCAGGUAUUCUGCCACUGUGUACUCUCUGUUUAGGGCCAAAUAGCAUUCUAGUUUGCUCAGUUUUUUUGUUAAUUCUUUCCAAUGUGUCAAGUAAUUCUCUUUGUUUUCUCAUGAUAUGGUUGGGUCUAAUUGUGUUGAUGUCCUGGGGCUCUGUGGGGUCUGUUUGUGUUUGUGAACAGAGCCCCAGGAUCAGCUUGCUUAGGGGACUCUUCUCCAAGUUCAUCUCUCUGUACGUCAUGGCUUUGUUAUGGAAGGUUUGGGAAUCACUUCCUUUUAAGUGGUUAUAGAAUUUAACAGAUAUUUUCUGGAUUUUGAUAAUUAGCGGGUAUCGGCCUAAUUCUGCUUUGCAUGCAUUAUUUGGUGUUUUUCGUUGUACACAGGAUAUUUUCUGCAGAAUUCUGCAUGCAGAGUCUCAAUUUGGUGUUUGUCCCAUUUUGUGAAUUGUUGGUUGGUGAGCAGACUCCAGACCUCACAACCAUAAAGGGCAAUGGGUUCUAUAACUGAUUCAAGUAUUUUUAGCCAGAUCCUAAUUGGUAUGUCGAAUUUUAUGUUCCUUUUGAUGGCAUAGAAGGCCCUUCAUGCCUUGUCUCUCAGAUCGUUCACAGCUUUGUGGAAGUUACCUGUGGCGCUGAUGUUUAGGCCGAGGUAUGUAUCGUUUUUUGUGUGCUCUAGGGCAACGGUGUCUAGAUAGAAUUUGUAUUUGUGGUCCUGGCAAUGGGACCUUUUUUGGAACAUCAUUAUUUUUGUCUUACUGAGAUUUACUGUCAGGGCCCAGGUCUCCUCUCUCUCUCUCUCUAUCUGUGUGUCGGUCUCUGUUGGGUCUCUCUCGCUCUCUGUGUCGGGUCUCUCUCUCGCUCUCUGUGUCGGGUCUCUCUCUCGCUCUCUGUGUCGGGUCUCGCUCUCGCUCUCUGUGUCGGGUCUCUCUCGCUCUCUGUGUCGGGUCUCUCUCUCGCUCUCUGUGUCGGGUCUCUCUCUCGCUCUCUGUGUCAGGUCUCUCUCUCGCUCUCUGUGUCGGGUCUCUCUCUCGCUCUCUGUGUCGGGUCUCGCUCUGUGUCGGGUCUCGCUCUCUGUGUCGGGUCUCUAUAGCCUGGGGAGUUCUUGAUAAGUUGUCAUGGCACGGUGACUAGAGUAAUUACUAUUCUCCAGAUGUUAGUUUGGGAGGGAAAUGAAGGGAGGAGAGGAGGAGGGAGGGAUUGGGGGAAGGAGAAGAUGAGAAAAAACAGCUGCCCGUUUUCAGGCACCCCACCCCCCUGUUGCUCAACGUGAAGUCAUUAGUCCCUCACUGCACUCCCCAUCCCCAGAUACGUCCUUUACCUUUCCUCUACUUUAUUUUCCCUCUCUCCCUGCCUCAAGGCCAUGCUUGCCAGUCUUUGUUUACUCUUGUGGUAAUUGGAGAAGUUUGGAAGGCAACCAGACCCGUGCCCAGCCACUCCCCUCCUCUUGUUAUGACUGGCAGCAUAGACCAGUGAAGAAAAGCAUGGAGGAGCCAGUGUCAGCCCACUGGGGGAAAAGGGAUUGUUUUCUCCCUACAUUCCCUGUCUUUCUCUCUUUUCCCACUCUCUGUCUCCUCCUCUCCGCUGUAUGUCAGAAAGGCCCCUGCCAGACGUGAGCAAACACACCCACCGCAGGCAGGGCGCUUGAUCUGUUUAUUUGAGGGAGGGCGGGUGAGGGAUAAGGCAAGGGUGUGGCCUUCCAAACAUUAUGAUACACCCAUCUGUUGCUACAGCCGUGCUGUCCACACAAAUCACCACUAGUGAACUGUUUAUUUGAACGUGUUGAAAUCUUGUUUCUUUUUCGUGGAAUUUUCCAGUCCCAUGAUGUUCCAGGAGCCAUUUGUCAUUGUUUGUGUUUACGGCUCCUCGCUCCUUCCCUCCCAUUCUCUCCCUCCCUUUCUCUCUCUCCCUCCCUUUCACUCUCCCGUUCUCUCCCUCCCUCCCGUUCUCUCUCCCUCUCUCCCUCCCGUUCUCUCUCUCCCUCUCUGUCAGACUGUGUGUGAGAGCAUGAGUGGGAUUCGUGACGCCUCGGGUAACCUCAUCCGUUGGGCUGUCAGGCAGGCAGAGGGACAACACGCCUCUCAUCCCCCAUCCUCCACGAUAGCUUCUACUGCUCCACAGAUUGAACACAUAGGCCACAUUGAUUGAAUCUGAUUACUGUGAAUAGAGCAGGUUUAUUCUGGGCCUUUCGCUGCUAGACUGUGUGUGUCUCUGUCUGUGUGUGAUGGUAAAAGGGGAUACUUUCACUCCUUGUCCUCAGUGUUUGUAAUCCAUGCAACAUUUCUCUUGGGAAUCGGGGAGCCCAUUCCCUCUCAGACAGAGAUGAUUCCCCUUCCGUGCGCACACACGCACACACACACUGGGCAUCCUGACAGCCGUCCUGAAUGUUUAAUGAGGAAACCGGGAGUGUGUGAGGUGUGCCGACUCAGGAUUUUGUUAAUUGCUCUAUGGUCACAGGGACAUCAAAGAAAUAUCUAGUCCCUUCAUCCUGGCACAUGAAACAUGCAUUCAGUCUUCAGGAAACUCUCAGUCCUGUCAUAGUUCACCCACUGCUAGAUCGUAGCAGACAGUAGACGCCCACUGUCUGUAGCCUUAGUGUGACCCUGUUCCAUCCAGCUCUCAAAUCACUCAAUACAACCAUUAGUAUACUAAUAAGUCAUAUUUAUAAUAGGGUUUCAGUAAUGUACACAACAGAAGCACUAGCUUUGUUGUUUCUGAAGUGACUAGGGGAGUAAAUUGACCUGCUUCCAUGUGGCCAUUAGGAAGGUUUUAUAACAGCCUGCUAUGAAGAAACAGUUAUGCUAUGAAGAGCUGUGUCAGCUGGAUUCCUGAGGGGGUGUGCCUGCCCAGAGUUUGCUUUCUGUUUGCCUCCACUCUCCGCCACACACACACACACACACACAAUACCUUCUGUUUUCCUCUUUGCCACACACACACACACACACACACACAAUACCUUCUGUUUUCCUCUUUGCCACACACACAAACACACAAUACCUUCUGUUUUCCUCUUUGCCACACACACACACCCAUCCUAGCAGCAUCUGACACCCUCCCCUCUACGUUGCUUUACGCCCCUCACAGCAGCACAUCCCCUGCUAUGCAGAGCCGGAGAGAUGUUGAUAGUGACGUACCAGGAGCCUCUUUAACUCUUCCAACCUGCAAAUCCAUCAUCCUCAACCCCCUUUCCUGUUCCUGUCUGCCUGCGACGCUCUCACACACACACACACACCAAUCGCACUCAUCCCCCAGCAUGCAUUGCGCUGCUGAGACCCGGCCCGAUGACCGCCCACUCCCUCUUAUCCACAGCGCUAUCUCAGUGUUCGUAAGCACCACACACACACACACACACACACACACACACAAACACACACACACACACACACAAACACAAACACACACACCUAGGAAAACCAGCCAGGCCUCUCCUCCCCAUUAAAGGGAAAACAACCUGUUUCCAACUCUCAUUAUUGGGCCUGUAUUUAAAAAGGUUAGCCGCGUCAGCUGCAAGGGAAACAACCCAAUGGUUCUUCAAUCUCACCCGCCAACCUCUAGCCGCUCUCCAGUUUGCACAUUAAACGGCUUGUUGUAACAGCGUUGUAAAUGUGUUGCCGGCAAAACACACAGUAGGCCUUUAUGUUUGGGAUGGAGGGUAGAGCACAGACUUGGUGACCUUGCAGACGCUUCAGGCGAAGACUGAGGGUCUCUCUGUCAUUACUGACUCAGUUCUCUAACCACUGAGCCAGGGUCAGAGUCUACUCUGCCAUGAGAUGUCUGGCUCCUCAUAAAGGCUAUUUUAGAAACUCCUUUUUGUCACUGAAAACUGCAUAUGUGCAACCGAACACUCAGCGCGACCUCGCCGUGACUGUCUCCGUUUUUAUGUUUUGGCUUAGUCACUUUUCAGCCUUGGCUCAGAUCCAAACCGGCUGACACAGUUUGGGGCCAAAAAGUGAGCAGAGAGAAAGAGAACCAGCUGUCUCUUUCCUGAGAAUCAUCUUACCCGACUUGGGAGAAGCUGUCUAGAACGUCGUCGUGGUAACGAUCUGAUUUUAAUUUGUGAUGGUAAACAGGGAAGGGAGGCAGACGACGGAGGAUCUAAUAGAAUGGGCAGCUAAAGAUGUUCACUCUACCGCAACCACCUCUGUUUGGCAAGUGUUUAGGAAGCUAAAAAGGCCUAACUGGCUCCUCUGACUGGGCUUUGUGUGGAGCAUUUAAACAGCUAAUUAGCAGUGAUUUAAGCCCAUUUUCAGGUUGAGGGGUCCAUGUUAGCGUUAGCCAUUCUCUGUGAGCAUAGCUAAUUAGGCGUUCUGCUCAGCAGGCCUGGUAUUUAGAAUGUGAAGUGGCCUCACUCACCUCUGAGGCUGGGGAGGUUGUUGUAAUAGGCACUGAAUGGGCCUGGAUCCUACUAGGAUCAGUGUGGGUCGUGUGCUUUCCUUCAAUGCAGAUUGUCCCAGAAUGUUCUGGGUUAGUGGUAGCACUAGCUGAAUGCUCUGGGUUAGUGGUAGCGCUAGCUUAAUGCUCUGGGUUAGUGGUAGCGCUAGCUUAAUGCUCUGGGUUAGUGGUAGCGCUAGCUUAAUGCUCUGGGUUAGUGGUAGCGCUAGCUUAAUGCUCUGGGUUAGUGGUAGCACUAGCUGAAUGCUCUGGGUUAGUGGUAGCGCUAGCUUAAUGCUCUGGGUUAGUGGUAGCGCUAGCUUAAUGCUCUGGGUUAGUGGUAGCGCUAGCUUAAUGCUCUGGGUUAGUGGUAGUGCUAGCUUAAUGCUCUGGGUUAGUGGUAGCGCUAGCUUAAUGCUCUGGGUUAGUGGUAGCGCUAGCUUAAUGCUCUGGGUUAGUGUUAGCGCAACUUAAUGCUCUGGGUUAGUGGUAGUGCUAGCUGUAUGCUCUGGGUUAGUGGUAGCGCUAGCUUAAUGCUCUGGGUUAGUGGUAGCGCUAGCUUAAUGCUCUGGGUUAGUGGUAGCGCUAGCUUAAUGCUCUGGGUUAGUGUUAGCGCAACUUAAUGCUCUGGGUUAGUGGUAGCGCAACUUAAUGCUCUGGGUUAGUGGUAGCGCUAGCUUAAUGCUCUGGGUUAGUGGUAGCACUAGCUGAAUGCUCCGGGGUAGUGGUAGCGCAAGCCGAAUGCUCCGGGGUAGUGGUAGCGCAAGCUACUCCCUCUUAUGUUUCAGUAGUUUACAGUACAGAGUCGUGGGAAUGAUUUAUCCACCAAAAUGCAAGGUGAUUGUAUUUAUUUUGACCGCCUUCCAUAAAAAUGUGUAUAUUUGGACGUUGAAGAAAAGCUGUUGCAGACUGUAGCACGUAGCCUAGUGUGUAGUCUGAAGCCACAUCUUUCAGUAGUGAGUCAGAGACCAGACACUGCCACUGAUGCUCUCCUCCCUCCCUCCCUCCCGUCUUCCCCUUGAAAGGAGUCUCUGCGGAGGUCUUAACUUUGUGCCUUGCUCUCCACUGCUACCCCCACCCCACCCCAGCCUGAUUGAAUAGAGCAGGAAACUGCUUUUGAACCGGUGAAUUGCUCAAAGAAAAGACUGUGAUAUUGAAUGGAGCACAGAGAUCUGUCUGUCCCUUGUCUUUAUUGCUCCGCCGUUAACAGCCUUGUUCCCCUUUUAAUCGGGAGAAAAGCUGCGUCUGAACAACUCGGCCAAAAACAAAACCUUGUCAUGCCACUGGAGCUCUUGAGUCUGCUCUCAGGGCUCCAGACUGCGACCAUUUAGUUGCAUUUUGAGACCCUUUGACUUGGCUGUGCAAGUUACAAUUUUUAAUUGGUCGCAUCAGUGCGAACUGAACAUUCAUUCACCUUGCUGAAUGUUCUGGGUUAGUGUUUCAUAACUUCCUAUUUUUGGGGGUGGCUAAAACCCUGAUUUGGUCAAACAGUAAAGUGCAUUAUCCUCAUUAUUCCUGUAAUGAGUUUGCCCAGCCCCUGGGCCUGUUUGGCUAGAGCCUGGUGCUGUGAUGAGCGAGCCACUUGAUGUGUGGUCCGGGAGAAAGAUUGUAAAUCACUUCCAAAUCCAAUGGUGAAGGUGCAUGAAGAUGGCAGCGCCCGUGUACUUACCAAAGAUGCCUCGUUUGCUCAGUUCGCCAUAUUGUGCAUUUCUCUCAGUUACAAUUUUUUUGGUUUCGGCGUUAGCGCAGUAUACAUUAUCCCAAAUCUAGCUCCAAGAUGGCGGCAAUUUGAAUAAACGCAAAAAGUAGAUUGUGCUGAUUUACUGGCACAUUGAACCAUGUUGGCACCGUAGAUUAAAGACUUUGUAGGUAGUGCUAAAAACAUAGAUGUAAUAUCUGAAUUUCUUUAUGCUCCUUCGCCAUUGCUGGAAAUACAUAGCUUUGGAAGCAACUACAGUUCUCAGCAUAGUAAAAAAAAUCCCCAUAAAAUUACGUCAGUUUAAGCUAAACAUAUUUUUUUUUGUAUAUGAUACGUCUCAAUCCACUGCAUCCGCCUAUGUAACACUUCUGCAUCUGUGGUGAAAGGUGACAGAGCUAGAGCGGUAUUUGUCAGACCAUGAGACAUCCCGAAAAUCGGUCUUCUCACAAAAUCGUCUGUAGCGUCCGAACGGUUGGGCCUACACUGUUAUGUCCCCUCUAUGGAAAGAUGACUCUCACGAACACAAUGUUGUUGUUGUUUUUUAUAUUACUGCACUGUUGGAGCUUGACGCACAAGCAUUUCGCUACACCCGCUAUAACAUCUGCUAAACACGUGACAAAUACAAUUUUAUUUGAUUUGGUGUUCUCUCAGUUUUGCUCCCCCCACAAGCGUAUUGGGACUUGUCUGAAGUCGGUACAGCUGAUCUGCCAACUUCUGUCUGUAGUUUCCGAACAGUUUGGGCUACGCACUAAUUGGGCUCCCGAGUGGUGCAGUGGUCUAAGACACUGCAUCUCGGUGCUUGAGGCGUCACUACAGACCCCCUGGUUCGAUUCCAGGCUGUAUCACAACCGGCCGUGAUUGGGAGUCCCAUAGGGCGGCGCACAAUUGGCCCAGCGUCGUCCGGGUUUGGCCGGUGUAGGCCGUCAUUGUAAAUAAGAAUUUGUUCUUAACUGACUUGCCUUGUUAAAUAAAGGUGAAAUAAAAUAAAAUAAAAAAUAUGACCCCUCUGUAAAGGUGUGACUAUCACGAACACGUACAUGUCGGUUGUUUUGCUCUAGGACGCCCACAGGACUCGAGACUCGUCUGAAGAUCCCCCGGUACCAGUCGAAAACAUUGAUGGAAGAAUGUAUGGAGGGGUUAAAUACAUGUAAAAAUAUAUAGGAUAGACACUUCAGAACCAACUUCCUUUAGAUUGUUUUGGGGGGGGACUAUCUGUUCCAUGUAGUGAAUCUGUUAUUCAAUUCAAUUUGUAUGGGCUAAUAGCAGUAAGGUCAAAAACAUGUAUAUUUGGGAUACUUUAAGGGGUCUUAAAAUUCAAAAUCAAAGAGCAAAAUGAUCUAUAGUUUCGUGAGCUAGUGCCACCAACUGAAAUGGCUGGUGGCACCAGUACCACCAGGGGAACAUGUUAGUCUGGAGCCCUGUCCGUGAAGCAUUGGUCUGUCUGAAGCAUAGAGGAGAAGUCUGCAGCAGCCUUGUCUGUCUGAAGCCUCGUUUAUCUCUCUGUCUGCUGCAAUCACGCCAGUCCUUCUUUAUUACGAUCUACCUGGAAAAUCACUGGGUUUCUACUUCGUUGUCAUGGUUAUGGAGCGUUUCGUCGCUUCGGGGAGAGAAGGGGAUGGGUGCUAACUUAAUUGCUCCAUGAAUAAUUUAACUUGCCUAAUUUGGGCGAUAAUGACAGUGACACCACUUAUGUAUUUAUUUAUCCAAACAUUAAUUGACAGGACUGACAUUAGCUGGGCCUAUACCGUGCAUUUGAUUGCGCACAAGGGGGAUUUAAUUUUUCCAGUAAUUAUCUUGCUUAUAAGACAGUGGUUUAUGCAUGCGUUUUCCCUGCCUAAUGUCCCUGUCAGCGAUUUAGCAAAACAUGAGAUGAUGCAACAUGACAAUGGUGGUGUAACUUAUUUCGAUGCCUUCCUCCCCCAUGCAACUUGUGCUUAUGGAGAACUAGCGAUUGCUAGGGUGUAGUCACUAGGAACCAAACGGAACAGGAAGGGGCCUACCUGAAUUUGUCCAAUAGAAACUCGUGUUCAUUUCAAAAGGUUUUCUGUUUUCAGCUAUUUGCUACGGUGUCCUCUAAUGAUUACGCCUCUGGAUGUCUGUCCCUAUGUACCCCCCCUUGCAAUAGUGACACAGCACAGUCAAAUGUCUUAACAUGACUGAAAUGACUUGUUGUUUGUUGAAAGGACUUGUUGACUGACCUGUUGAUUUGUUUGUUGUACCAGGCGGAAGGCGAGGAUAAUCUGAAGAAGAUGCAGCUGAUGGAGCUGGCCAUUCUCAACGGGACGUACCGAGACACCAACAUCAAGACACGUACGCUUUACAACCACACACACGCACACAUACCAGCCGCCCUCACACACACACACUACACGAAGGUCCUGUUUGGAUCCACAUUGACUAAUGUUACACACCAAAGCUUAUCAUUAAUCAUCUUAAUCCAUCUGUUAUUGUAUUAACCAGCUAGAACCUCACAAUAACCAGCUAGAACCUCACAAUAACCAGCUAGAACCUCAGAAUAACCAGCUAGAACCUCAGAAUAACCAGCUAGAACCUCACAAUAACCAGCUAGAACCUCACAGUAACCAGCUAGAACCUCACAAUAACCACAGUGAAGAAAUGCUCAUGAUAUACAGUUAACUGUGUGCCUCUGCCUCAUGUUUGUAGUCAUUAUUUUUAUUUUAUAAACUUAUGCACUUUUCUCUGAAGUGCUGUCUGACUCAUGUCUACCUACCUCCUAAAACCACCUGUAUCCAAGUAGAGCAGUCCCCCCCCCCCUUUUCCCUUCCUUCCAUAUGGAUGCAAUCACAGUUUGCUGUAAUGUCGGUGUGGCUUCUAUAUGCCUUCAGCGCACCGCAGAAAUCACUCGCUCAUCUCUGCAUGACGUAGUUCACGCAUCUGUUACAAACACUGUUUAGUUUUCCAAUCACCAAAGUGUUACUUUCUUUGGAAUUCAUCCCACCAAGAGUUCCCACAGUUCUGCACUUUCAUGCUUGUGAUUUGUAUAAAUGCAUUGCAAAAUUCAUGUUUCUUUGGUGGCUGCUUGGAGUUUGUCACAAUUUUCGUUUGCAUUAUUAUCAUGAUUUGUUACUGAAUUAUAUUAGUCAUGUUUUGCACAUUUGGUCAGUCCAAAAAGUCAUGGCUUGUUUUGAAGUAAAAAUCUAAUUUGGAAAACGUGUAAUAAUUUGACUUGGCAGACAUUGGUUUCUAACACCAAUGUCUGGACCAGUGUCUGGUUCUCUCGGCUGUGUUGCCAGACCAGCGAUACUUAGCAUGAAUUAGCCACGGAGUCAUGGCCCAAAGAGCCACAUGUAAAACAUUGAUUCAAUCGCCCCCGCUGUCAGUGAUGUUCACUAUGUCAGAACAUUUGUAAAUGCAAAACAAUUUAGAAAAUCUUUUGUCGAUUUCGUUUGUCAGCCAACCAAAAUGGUCUACGGAGUGGCGUGUAUCAUGUAGAGGAGUGGAGUGUAUCAGAACUGUAUUUAUAGUCUGGCAGAUUUCAACUAGUCGGUCCAAAGCAAGGCCUCAUAGGCCCAGAGAGUCGUCCAAUAAACUGGAUUGUCUGUUUUAGGGAUUGAUGUGAUCCUAUUGGUCCUUAUCAGAAACUGGCACUCCAUCUCUCCUCUCCAUGGCCACCGGCUCCAUUUCUGUUGGCUUGUGUACUUGUGCCGUCCGCAGUACAUUAACUCGUAGUUGUCAUGGUGAUUGGUAUGCUUAAUAUUGUCUGUGCAUUGGUGGUGAUUGCAGCAUUUUCCCUUUAUCUUUUGGUAUGGGGUUCUUUUAUUAUUUUCUUGUUUAUUUUAUUUUCUUGUUUGCUGGUUCACCGUAAUCAUUGCAUGGACUAAUUUUCAUUUUUUUCGCCCUCCUCUCCUUCUCCCCCCUUUUUCUACUUUUUGUAUUUUCCGACUCGCUUCUCUUCACCUGUGAUUUUGGUCAACCGCACCACCACAUCUCUACCCCUUUGUCUUGUAUCUCUCUCUGUCUUUCUCUGUCUUUCACUCUUGCUUAUGGCAGACCCCCUUGCGUUCUCUCUUGCAGCGGCGGCUGCCGCCGCUCAGGGCCCCCGUCUAAUGCAGGCCCCUCAGGGGCAGUUGAUGGCCCCCCAUCAGCAAAUGAGGCCCCCCACACCGGCAGGGCCCCCCAUCAUGAACAUCAUCCGACAACCCCAAAUGCAGGGCAUGUUACCCAACGGCACCCCAACCCUGGUGCCUCCCUCGCCGGAAGGCGGUAUCCUCUACGCCUCCCCGUACGACUACCCGUACGCCCUGGCGCCCACCUCCCUGCUGGAGUACCCCAUCGACCACAGUGGGGUUCUAGGUAAGCGACCCUGGGGCCUGGGCGGCGGCCCCUUUAGCCCCGGACAGGAGGGCAGCUUGUUUUACCCUGGGUUUUUGGACGCGGCUUCGAUGAGCCACGGUCAGGACUUGUUGAAAGGUAAAUAUGUCGUAUCCAGCUGAAAAAAAACAAACAGGGUUGUUAUGGGUGUGACCUUAUGACCUGACAGCUGAACAGGAUUAAUGCGCUAACAAAGGGCAAGGGGGACAGGGAUUUUUUUGGGGGGUAGACAUUUUUUAUUUUAGCUCAUCUCCCCACCAUGCUUUUCCUGGCUCAGGUUUAGUUUGACAUUUUAGUCAUUUAGUAGACGCUCAGGCGCAAUUAGGAUUAAAUGCCUUGCUCAAGGGCACAUCAACAGAUUUGUUACCUAGUCUGCUCUGGGAUUCGAACCAGUGACCUUUCAGUUACUGGCCCAACACUCUUAACCACUAGGCUACCUGCCGUUUUCUCUCUGUUCUGCAGCUGCCAUUAUACUCCCAUGCAAUAUAAGGCGAGUUGCCUUGUCUGAAGACACACUCUGACAGCGACAUGCUGCUGUGCUCUAGCCCUUUUAUGCACUCGCCAACAGCAGAUUCAGUCUGACGGUGGAUCCCCCCGGAUUUCACCGGCUUUUGAAAUUAGUAUUAUUUUUUUCCCAGCUAACUCUACAGCUCUGGCCUUGAUGCCAGUAGAAACCCUUUGUCCCGGUGGGGAUGUUCAUUAAAUUCACUGUUCUCAUUUUUCCCAUUGGCUCAGUUUUCACGCUCUUGAACUUCAACUUAGUACGAGCCACCGACAUUCCCCAGUCAAUACGUCGGCCGUGGGAAUUACAUUCCGUAGGUGCGGGUGUGUAUGCACACCGGCGCUCACACACAAAGCAAUAUCCUGCCAAAGAAACAUUUAGACGUAACUGACGAUAAUAACUCACAUUUUUAUGGAGGCUAUCGCACUCUAAUUCGACCAAAUAAUGACUGUGUGCCACUGCAUACCUUGUCAAGUUUUGACAGAGGCCUUUCCUGUUUGUGUCACUGCCUUUAAUGACAUGCCUGAGGUGUUGAUCCUGACAUGAGACAGCGGAUACACAGGUGCCAUGUUAGCUGACCCGUGUCUUUGUGUGUGUGAAAGAGGUGCCUCUGGGAGCUGUUCUGUAGUACAGAGCCUACUGGCUUUUCUCUCUAACUCGGAUGCCGUAUUGAUCGGUGCCUUCAGCAACGGAGCGCCACCGGAACACAGCGUGCAUUUGGCUCUACUAGCCCUGCUCAGGACUCUGCGUUAGCUCUGAGGAAACCUCAGGACAUCUGAUGCUGCAGAGUGGAAUGUGGGCGGGCUGGUUUGAUCAUCAACCAGCACUGUGAAACAUCGCACACAGCUUGCCUGCCUGCCCUGCCAGGAUAGAUAGAUAUUAGUCUCAGGGCCGUUCCAAGUGUGAUGUAACCGUCACUGGCUUAUUCCACCAACUCUCCAUUUCAGCAUGGAAACCUACCCAAGCCAACAUUCUGAGUUGUCUCCUUUUAGAAGUGCUCACUUGAUAACUGCAGAGAAGAGGGUUUAGUAGUGUACCAUAUGACAGGAUGCCCAGAUGGUUGUCACGGUGACCUGUUCUGUGGGGACGGCCACCAUUUAGCCAUUGAAGGGCUCUGACACAAAUCUCUUUAAACGCUCUCUGGGUAAUGAAGAUCAGAGAAAUAUGGCCUCCACGGCAUCACUCCGCCAUCUCUCUGUCCCCGAGAUCUGGGAGGCUAUCCUUCCCUGGCUCACUAAAUCAGAAAUAUUGACAUAGCCGCAUAGAAGCCCAAGAGAUACGACCCCUGAGUGCUGAAAUGGUGUCUCGCUGACUGCUCUGAGCUCUAGCUAGGCUUUUUGGACAAACUUUUAGAUUGUCGGACUCGUUGCAUUAAGGAUUUACCUUGAACAUUUUUCAAUCUGGGAUUUCUUUUUUUUGGUCAUAGACUAAUUCUUUAUCUCUAUGCACGGUCACAGUUCCUAUGCAACCAACAUGGUAUUUUACUCCAUUUCCGUGUAUGAAAUCAAGAGAAACCACACUAGGGUAAUUGAAAUGUCUGUCUUCAUUUGUGACAAAUAUUCAGAGAGAAAUGAAUGCUACUGCCAGUGAGAAGAUUGAUACUGAGAGAUGUAGAGACGUGAGAGAGCCAGGUGGUGUCUAGCGCCAUCCAAUUAGGAUCUGAGCUGCAUUGGAUUUUCACAACUUUUAAAAUCAGCCAAUUCUUUUCUCUAUCCCCCUUCUGCGUCCCCAAUGGAAGAUGAACAUGUUUUUUUGCUAGACAGCCUUAGUCCCCUGUCCCCCUGCCCACCGGUUCCACGAAUCCUCUAUGUAACACUUGAGUACUGUGAAAUUGUAUUACCUAAGUUAUACAUUUAUAGAUAUCAAGUUAAAGCAAAUGUGUAAUUUUUUUUCUAUGCAUUUUUAUACAUGUCUGUAUCAUGUUUAUGUAUAUUAUAAUCUAAUGUAUAAGCAGUAUAUGUGUAAAAUGUGAAUAUGUAUUACUGUAAGACUUGUUUUUCCCCUCCUAAAGUGAAUGGGUUCUAACCUUGUGGACUUGUUGCAAUCUAGGUGCAAUGGCUACCAAAGUGAGACGGUAUGACUCGCGGGUCCAUCCUUACCAAAGGACAGUGACCGCAGACAGA